GUCGAGUCAUCGCCAGGGAAGAGCACGCAGCAGACGGAGCCGCCGUCCGGUGGCUCGAAAUCGGGGGAAUAACUGUGGAUUACUGUGAAUUUAAUGCACCACACGAAACAAGAGGAGAAACGGCACAUACCGGAGCGGACUGGACGUUUUCACGCAUAGGGAUACUGCAUCUUUGAGUUCGACUUUUACCGUUUACUUGCGGUUGCAGACCCGGACACAGACAACGCGGAGACAGGAGGAGAAGUACCAGAGCCGCCGCGACACCAGCGAGCGAACUUGUCUUCUCUGCCCUGUGGGAGGUGUCUGUCUGUCGGCUGUGGCUCGCUGCACGUACCCCCUGACCGCUUCGGGCGUUCGGACCCUUUAAACUGAAGCCGGUUAUGAUUGUGACUAAGUUAUGUCUUUGUAAAUAGCAUCUUUUUUUUCGGGUUUUACUUUAACCAACUGUGGCUUUAACGUGACGCACUACACUGACAUUAGUGCUGUGUCGGAGCGGACCCCCUCUGCAGAGGAGUUAAAGGCUUUUAAAUCAAGUUUCUUUUUACAUUCACAUUUCUUCUGUGCCAACACUACCCACUCAGAUGUAAUAGGUAACGAUGCAUUUUAAUUUUACUACAAUGCUUCUUUUACAAUUCGUGACUGGCUGUUGCUUAUGUCUUGUUUUGCCCGCAGGCAAAGUUAGCUGCAUUGCUUUGGUUUUUGAGGUCCUCAACAGGCAGUGAACCCCUCUGCAACAGUUUCACACCAGCCGAACAAUUCAGCAGAUUUGGCAAGGGUUUACACGCUUUCAAGCCUAGUUAGUGACUUGAGUGUCUUUGAACUCGUGUGAAAAUGGCAUUUUUGCACGACCUGGGGACACAGCUUACCAUAAAUCUGCCUUCCUCGGGUGUUUCAGGUGCUUCUGUGAAGAUAUUUUGUUCAUUUGGCUUUAACGAGCCGGAGUGUUCAAAUGGAGUGAAUUGAAUUGCUGUAAAUGUGUUGACGUUAUCGAUGAGAAACUGUUUAAUUCGUGCCACCUCCUCCUCCUCCUGGCUAGUUUGAACAUCUGGGUUUAGCCAUGCUCCAAUGUUUAUAUGUGCAGGAGACUGCCCACAGAUGAAUGUUGACUACCUGGAAAAGUACAGCUUAGGUUGGAAAUGCUGUAAAACACUGCAAAAUGCCAUGGAGAUGACUUUUUUAAUGUUUAAUUGGUGAAUAUUGUAAGCUUAUCGAAUUAGCGUACCUGUGAUAAUUGAACGUCGCGCGACAGCUCAGCAUGUCGAUAUUUUAAUGCUAAUAUCGCGACACAAGCGUGGCGCACUUUAAUUUUAACUUUUCAUCUACUGGUGGUGUUGCUGUCAUCAUUCUUCUAUAUCCUUCAACUGUGUUAACUUUUCUGUUUUCAUGCCUGCUCAACAACACCCACCGACUGUUGUGAAAUCGUCUCCCGCAUCAGCUACAGUAUGUCGUAAUUACAAUGAGAGAAAUGCAGAUGCUCCUCCUCAGCUAUAAGGAUGAAUGUGUGUCUCUAUCUUUCUCCUCUGAAUUGGAAACACCACACAGCUUACUGUCUGUGCAGAACUCCAAGGUUGUAAAAUGGGAUAUUGAUUUGUGGCUUAAAUGAAACACACCCUGCACUUAUUGAGAAAAGCUGUCUCAUACUGAAGUCAUCAGUCUUGUCUCUCCUUGUGAUAUCAUGGUCAGAUCACUUAGUCUAUUGUCAGGAUAGGGGCUUUUCAAUCCUCUUUGCACCUGGAUUCACAACUGGUCGGCUUUUCCUCCCUCUAGGGCAGCUAGGUGCCAUAAAAUGUGCACUAAAUUCCUGGACCCGUAAUCUAUAAGAUUAUUUUUUUAGGGAAAUUUAAAAACUUGUUUAACAUACAUAAUUGAAAAAAAGGUAAAGAAACAGGAUAGUGUGGCUAAGGACAUACAUCUUUGAAAUUAAAAGUUAAAAAUCAGUCUAUGCCUUGAUGGCCUUCAGGCACAUGCCUUCUGUGACCUCUCAUGUGCUAAUCUAUCACCUACUUACCUUAAUUGAGACAAUAUACAGUAGCCUGUGGGGCUCAGUAAGUCCCUAAUGUUUAUGGCUACCACUAGAUUUAACUCUGUGGUAUGUAAAAGUAAUAAAACAGGGACAUUUUGACAAACAUUUUUGUAGUUUUCUAACCGUUGUUGUAUGUUUUAAGUUGCAAACAUAAUUUUUAUUGUCAGUCAUCGGAAACAAAUGUAGUAUGCAACUUUUUGGGUGACCACAUGAAAAAAGGAAGGUCAUUCUAGGUGUUUUUUGUGCGUCCGUGUGGUUGUUGAAACAGGAACUCAUAAUUUGAAUAAUUUCUAACAUCGCACUUCAAAGCUGCUUUUCUCUCCCACUUGAAUAACAGAGCAGAAGUUAUCUGUGCGGGGGGAAAAUUGCUAAUUCAUUAUGCAUAUUUCCUCUAAUGUAUUAGGUUUUCUGUAAUGAACAUGCAGAGUAAAAUGCUCCUCUGAUUAGAUGUCAGUGCAGUGUUUUUCUUUUUUACAUCUGUGUGUCUUCUUCCUUCUCAUAUUAAUCUACUGAGUUAGCUGCAGGGUAGUCAGACCUGGAGGUCAGACCGGCUGUGGUGACUUGUGGCUAAAUUUGGAUCAUGAAGCACUUAAACGCACACGCCACUGCUUCACUCAAGUGCGUUAAUUUAACGGUGUUGAUUUCAAGGGGCGAGCGUUUACAUGAGAUGCAGAUCUCUUUCAUGUUAACAAGCCUGAGUCUGAGUUUCAAGAUUGUGCAGGGGGUGAACUGCAGUCUGCACUGAGAGUGAAGUAGUGGAAUCACUUAAAUCCACGCUCCAGUGUAGGUUAAAUAGUCACUUUUUGGUGCAUGACAUCUGACUUUUUCUUGUGGUGCUGACCUAGUUUCUCUAUUUUACCAACCAACAAAGGAAAGAACAUCCGGAUGCAGCUUUGAUCUCCACUUAGUGGUUGGAGGAGCUGACAGAUUUGUCAACUGCAACCAAAAUUUGUGGCAGAUGUUGACUGGUGUUCAUUUCCCACCCUGCCUAUGUGACACAAACAAAUCAUCACUGGGCAAACUGUGGUAAAAUGAGGCACUUUAUCCGUCAGCUUGUAUGUUCUACCUCCAGCAGUUUUAGCAGGGAACCCAGCGUCAUUUGGGGGUCUCUUAAUUUUUAGUGGGGUUUGGUGAGUAGAUGGUGUCAUUUGUGGUGUGUGGUAAAGAAAAUAUGGUUUCAACUUACAGCUCACUUGAUUUUCUCUUUUUCUUUUCAGUGAAAAGGGCCAAAGCAGAUCCAGGUGGGCCAGGCUAGGCCUGCCCAGCCCUCUGUCUGGCCUCACCAGGCAGGCCAGCAACCCCUCCAGAGAGCACCCAACCAGCGUUUGACGUCACCAGAUCUCCAAGUGGAGCUGUAACAGAUUGGAUUCCAGUCAUAGUUUGUCUUAUCAGCCUUUGGGAGGCCACACUGGUCUGUUAGAUCUCCAGUUCUUCCAUGUCGUGGACGCUCCCCUCUGGAUGUUGGCAGCAGGAUGGAUUCAGGUGUUAAUUUGACGUUUAUCACCUCAUUGCAGUGCUUGCAACCCCCUGUUUUUGACUGCCUUCCAUCUUGCCCCUCCCCAGUCUUUAGGCGAAAGCCCCUUCCUCUCUCUUGGGGCUUCCCUGAGCCCUGUUCAGAAGGGCCUUGUAGGAACUGUAGGUGGUUUUGAAACUGCUGACAUUGCCAAGAAGGAGUAGAGUUAAUAAAUCCUUGCAAAACAAAAACAAAUGCACAAUGCAGAUUUCUACAUUGGAUGGAUUUAAUUGAGCUACUUUCACCAACCCACCCUUUUUCUUUCCUGGAGUUUGAUCUGAGGUUGGAGGGCUUUUAAUUUGAAGCUGGCUAGUUGAGUUUUGUGCCCUCUGGUGAUCUCUUAUUUAUCCAGAAAUUCUCUGGUUUUGAUCCGAGCCUUAAGGAGGGAUGUCUGAAAACAACAGCAGCAGCAAAGCAGUGAAAUUCAUUGCCCCGGCUCCACCCUCUGCCUCUGCCUCUCCCUGUCCAUCACCCCAGUCCGCCCACAAAAAUGUGAACGGUUCUGCUAGUUCAGACACCCACUUAGUGGAAAAGCUUACUGGACAACCUGAGGUCCAACGUCGGCGUCACACGAUGGAUAGAGACUCGAAAACAGCUGAGCACCGCUUCUUUCGCCGGAGUGUCAUCUGUGACUCCAACGCCACAGCUCUGGACCUGCCGAGCAAAGCAGCUGUGAUGCUCACCUCACCUCCAGACUGUGAGGGGCCUCCCACCUUCUUCUCUUCUCAGCCUUCAGGUCUUGGACCCGGAGUAAGAGAUGCUGAAGGUGAGCAGGUCCAAAGUUUGACAACUCAGCCUGGCCUUGGAGGUGCAGACGCAGAGGGUGACAGUAGAAAUGCUGAGGCAGAUUUAGGUGCAGGUAGUACAAAGCUGGCUGCUCCUGUUUGCAGCAGUGUUGAGCACAGUGCAGAUGGGGCGGUCAAAGAGCCCAGCCCGACAGCGUCGGAUGUUACAGACAAAACAGUCGGAAAACAACUUGAUGUCACAUUGCAGCCUGAGGACACACAACAGGUGGGAAAAGACGGUAAAGAGGCAGACUCAGGGAGCCCCAGCAGUCCAGCAGAGGACAAAGACAAGGAGACGGAGGAGGAGAGAGGGCUAGCAAAAGCCCGGGCGGAGCAGAAAGAGGCAGAGAAACGAGUACAAGAGGAUAUAGAGGAGGCAGAGACUAAAGCUGUGGGGACCUCACCGGAUGGACGAUUCCUCAAAUUUGACAUCGAGAUUGGGAGAGGGUCCUUUAAGACGGUUUACAAGGGACUGGAUACAGAGACUACUGUGGAGGUGGCGUGGUGUGAACUCCAGGUGAGUGCAGAGUUAGAGUGUGUGGCUUUUCCUGCAUCUGUGCUGUCUCUUCCUGUUUAUCUCAUCAAGUCAUCCUGUGGUUGUGGUUGACUCAGAGGUGACAAACUUUAAUCCAGGUGCUGAUGUGAACCUUUCAUUUGUUGCAUGUCCUCUUUUGACCUCAAGAUUACUGAUAUUUCACUCUCUUUGAUACUAUCCUGUGUAAUUUCUUUUGUAAAAUGAGAUUACUGAUGUGCUUUGGGAUACCGUUGCAUAUUACAUUCGGACUUAAGCUGCAUGUUUUAGAUGUUUUUUAUCUUUGCUGCAUUUGUACAAAUCCAUAAUCCCAAAAGUAGACCGCGUUUUAGUCCGAUUUCUCAUCAACAGGUUGUUUGUGUGUCAUUCAAAGCAGCAGAAAUGUGGAGGUCUUAGAUUGUGUGUCAAGGUUGUGUUUCACUGUGAGUGCUUUGUUGCAUUGGCAUCACCACGGCUGUCAAACUGUUGUUUACUCCAUGAAGGAGAGAUUCUAUCUCCAGGUCAGUCAUUAAAAUUGCAAGAUGAGCUGUCUCUCAGAGGAGGACACUGCUUGAAGGUUUUUGGUUGGCUGGUUAUUACCUCUGUUUGGCAAGCUGCUUGGAAAGUGUAGAGAGCAGAGCUACCUGUUACUUUAUUAAAUGACGCUUCAUAGUGCUGAGUCCUGAGGGAAACAUGGCUGGCAAAGGUACAACAUGCAGGUUUACUAUAUCAGUGGUGCUUUUUUAAAGAUCCAAUCAUUAAUUUGGUGUUUUUAAGAGACCACUCUGUCCUUCUGUUACUAGAGAGAACAGCAUGUAUUAUAGUAUUUCAUUCAGAAAACAGUAAUGCUCCAAACUUACUUCAUUCAGUCAAAAUCAUCACUGCUGACUGCAGCACUACUACUGACUUUUAAAGUUGGUUUAAACUUAAUGAAAGAACUGCUUAAUUUGUUGUAUUUUUGUUGUUUUGCAUGAGAGCAGUCGAAAUACACAGUUCGCAAAAGUUAGUUUUAUCCCAGUAAAUAGGCAAAAUAAUUUUACGUGAACAAUCAAUGCUUCGCCAUGAACAUGAUGACAUUUUGAGGUAGGAAUAUUCGGCCCACACUCAAGGAGAAAAGACAAGUAAGGUUUUGAGAAUGAUUUCGAAAUGGUCCUGAGUAAAGAAAAGCAUUCGUGUCAUUAUGAAAUGAAAGUUCUAUUGAGAAUAAAGUCAAAUUAUUAGGAUAAGAAAGUCUUGGUUAAAUGAAAUGACAAGAAUGCAGUUUUGAAUUCAUGAGAGAAAGUCAUAAUCUCAGUCUCUGGUUAGCUUUUGUGUCAUUUUAAAGGAAAAAAAAACAGAAGAGCAGCCUGCUGCUUGAAUACUUGAGUAUAAGUUUGAUAAAAACUGACCAUAUAAUUUUUUUAUCUCAUGAGCAACACACUGUCAUAAGCAUCAGGAUUCUGAAUCAAUUGCACUGGAAACUAAAUCUUAUUUAAGACUUACAGGUAGCCUGCACACACCUGUGAAUCUGCAGUCUGUCUUUGGCUCUUGUGUCUAAUUUUACAAUAUGAUCCAUGUUCUCAUUUUACUGCAGAUAGCUGACUGCAACUUUAUUUUGUCCUGACUUGGUUGUCAUAAUAUCACUGCUCUUUACGAUGCAAUUCAUGACUUCACCACAACUUUAUUCUCACAAAAAUAUGACUUAAACCCUAGACAACCACAACUUUAUUUUUGUAGGACUUUAUUCCCAUGAAAAUAAAUUUUAUGCGCAAUCUUAAUUUUCUUCUCCUCCUCAACACUCUACUGUAGACUCACAAUGUUUGGUGCAAAUAUAGAAAAGAAGAAGAAGAGUGGGAUUCCUUUUGGAUCCAGGAAGAAAAAAAAACAUGAUUUUAACAUAAAUCUUUUAAAAAAACAUGAAUUAAACAUUGAAACUGCGAGUUAAGACUGAAAAUACUCUCUGUAAUUUGUAUUUAUCUUACAUCUUUAGCAUUGAUAUCAUCACACAUAUCAUGCAGGUGCAGUUAAGAUCUUCACCUGUAGCAGCCCUCUGGACCAGCAUUGUGUCUGUAAAACUUUUACACACAACGUUGGUCCUGGAUUUCUCAGAUUCUUCAGGACUCCUUUGCUACCCUGAGUUAGCGUGACCGACUGAAAAAUCUGACAAACUCAGGAAAUACCGUGCAAAUCCUGGAAGUCUGCACUUUUCCUGUUACUCAUGCUUCUUCUUCAUUGCUUCACUCUUACACUGUCCCUUACAAGAGUCUCCGACAUUCACGGAUGUUCUUUCAACGUGUGAACGGAUGCUGUGGUGCGUCAGAUUACCACUACCAUAAGUUUCAUAAAUAGGCAGAGAAUGAUAAAGAGGAUGCUGAACAAUCAGUUUAUGAGUAAAGCAUGGUUUGACUGCUGAGUCAGUUUGUUCUGGUGUUUCUCAGAGCAGCAUUAAACCCCAUGGCCAUGACUAAAACGGUCCUCAUCCGAAACCUCCUGACCGUCUUGUAAGUUUAGGAUACAGACUGUAAAAGAGAAGCUCUCUUACAUCUCUCACCUACUUCUGCUGCUCAUGAGCAUGACAGAUAACUUCCUGGCUUCAAAAAAGAAGUCUGCCUCUUGAGCACAGAGAGAAACAUGAGACAGGAUGGCACAUAUACUUCACCACAGGAUGCUGUUGCUACAUUACAGUGCACUUUUGCAACUUCUGCAGCAAGACUGUGCAUCAGAAAGAUUGGGAGAGACAGAAGUGUAAACGAGAGGGAGGUGAGGCGGGCAGAAAGUUGAAAGAAAGUGUAUUUCUGCAGUUUGUGUUGUUGACGAGUAAGCAGAGAGACACAGAGAGGUGCGUUCAGGAGUUGGAGAUGUAGAAUAACAGUCUCAGCUGGUCAUAUGAUGUUCAGGCCUCUGACUGACUUAGCUUAAGGUUUAGCAAAGGGAGAAAACAUGGACAUGGACUCACGUGGAGCUGCCUGCCCCGAUGAAAACACUUGUUCUUUGCAACAGACACACAUGAACUUUCUGUCGGCUAUUUUGGAGUUUUCUCUGUAGAAUAAAAGAUAAAUACUCACCACGUGUUUUACCUCAAGCUUAUUUAUCUUCUUUUACGACUGAUAUUUGAAUGCAUCAUAACCAGAAAAGUAAAAUUAGGUGAGUCUGUGGUGUUAAACACUUCCCUGUCAGAUCUGCAUGUUAAAAUUCCUCAGCUGACACUGUUUUCCUGAGGGAGUUUGUCCUGUUUCUCUGUCAUCUCCAUCACAAGAUGCUCCUCGAGUCUCCCUGAAUCCCAGGAGCUAAAAUCAGCUUCGCCUGAUGCCCCCGCAUCUAGGAAACGCCGGUUUGUUUAUGGGAAAACAAACGCUGAAAGCAUGUGCCGAGCUUCUUUGCCUCUUUGUGUUUUGAUUUUUUUCUGUCUGUCUGUCUGUGUGUCUCUCUCUCUCUCUUGAAACCUUGUGAUUGUUGAUGGUGUUGUUGGUCAGAGGGGUUUUCAUCAGGUCAGAUUCAGACACCGGGAUGAUUCCUGCAGUGGUUUUAAAAGUUCUUUAAAUGAACUAAUCAGAUUAAUCUGGAUGCUUUCAUUCAUCUACUCUGUCUAGCACAUUCUGGAUCAGUGGGAUGAGAAUAUGCAUUAAACAUAUACUUACUGCGUGUGUUAUAUAAGAGUAUUGGAGGCCUGUGGUGACUCGGCUUCAUGCAUGCAGAGACAAGUACUCCUUUACAGAGCUGGGUUAUAAUCCUAUGUGUGUGUCUGUGUGUGUGUCAAACAUGACUGAGCAACUGCUGACAUGUGGCAGAAUGGUGGGAGUUAAGUUACACACACACACACACACACACACACACUCACGCACGCACAUCAUGCACACAGACACACAUGACAACCAAUCACAUCCACACACUGGGUGGGCACGAGAACUGGAGACCUGUGGGAGACAGGAUCAUCUGGAAUCUGUCGGUUUUCCGUGCACAUGUGUGUGUUUGCACAUAAGCUUUUGUUGAAGAGUGUCUUUCCAUCACUUUGACUCAGAUGCAUACCUAACCCAGGUUGUUUAAAGUCGAGUGUCUGUUUACGUGUGUUUCAGAGAUGGAUCUAAGGGUGAAUGUGUCUUUAAAUUCUUCGGCGUCUGAUCCAGAACAGGUGAACCUGUAUUUCCAGGAACGAAAAGAUGGAUGGAAACAGAGGAAGGGAUGGAAGGGAUGGUUUGCUUAAGCUGUAGAGAAAUGUGAGAUUGAUGAGUGGACAGGAGGAGGAGUAGGGUGGCUCUGCGGCUUAUCAUAAGGUGGUCUGUUUGACUGAAAAGUGGAUGGUGGAUGAAGAAGAGACUGACGUAGUUCUCCUUAAAUCCCAAAAAUGAAGGAGGUCCAUGCCAUGAAAAUAUUCUUAUAUGUGAGGGAAAAAUGUAAGUGUUUGAAGCUGAAAUGUGAAGCUCAUAAUCAGAAAAAAUGCUACUUGUGAUAAUAAGUUUUUAUGUGUGAAUCUGAGACAAAUUUAAGUGGGAUAUGAGAGGGUGAAAGAGGUGAAUAAAAAGGAAAGAUGUUGCGAAGAAGAAGUGAGAAAUGAAGUUCCUUUUGGAGGGCAAGCGUGGAGGGAGGAGGGGCAAAAGUCAAAGUUCAGCCCUCCCUGGUCCGAAGUGAUGACUGGGAGUCUGUUCAGCGUUUGGCUACCUUCAGAGAGGAGGAUAGAGUGAGACGUGAAGAGCAAAGUUGCAUGAGAUUAGAUUAAGUAAACUGUUAAAACAAAAGUAUUAAGAGUUGGAAAAUGUUUGUUGGACAGGUGGUCUGGGGCGAUAAUCGUAAAAGGAGGAUGAAGAAUGUGCCACAGGUUGAGAGAGCGAGUUUCUGGUGUUGGAGGGAGUUCAACAGGAGAAUAGAGAAACGGGAAACAUGGGGAGAAAGGAGGAAGGGAGGGAGGAAAAGUGUGGGAGAAAGACAAAGGAAAUGAGAAGGGAAGAGGAGGAGGGAGAGGAGCAUAGAAACUGAGGACGCAAAAAAAAAAAGGGACCCCAUGUGUGAGUUUGUGUGUGUGUGCGUGUGUAUGUGUGUGACCUUAGGCUCUUGGCUCCACUGGCAAUCAAAGACCUUGAAAUUUCUCUCUCAACAGAGGGGGAUUAGCCCCCUCCUCACACACACACACACACACACACACACACACACACACACACACACACACACACACACACACACACACACACACACACACACACACACACACACACUCACUCACACUCACUCUUUUGGGACUUGAAGGCUCUCCUUCAAUAACGGUCAUUCAAUCACUGCCAUUAGAGGAAAAAUGGUCUCAGACAUGAAACCAUAGCUCCAGAGCAGACUGCUGGUUUGGUUUGGAUUCAUGUCACAUCAAAACUCCUUAUUUCUAAUGUUGUGACAUUUUGUAUUUUUACUCUAUGCGUGAUAAAAUCAAACUUUUGGAGUCUGCUGUUGUCUCCUGACCUGGAAUAAACUAAUUGUAUUAACCAAGGCCAAUAAAUGUGGCUCACAGUGUCCAAAUUUAGUGUUGCAGCUAUUUGUUUAUAGUGAUGACCCAUUUUAACCUGCUACAUGGCCUGAAAUCCAUCCAUGAGCUGGAAAAAGCCAGAGGGGGGCAGGGACAGGAGAAAGAAGAUAGUGAGAAGAUUGUGUAUCAGGUAUUAAAAAUAUGCUGCUGUAUCUCAAAGGCAGUACCACUGAAUAAUGAACUCUGUGGUGCUCUUUAAACCCUUGCAGGCUGAUAAUUUUUCUGGAUGUUGACAAAUUUAUCUUCCAAAUAUUACAGUUAUGUAUUAAUAGCCUAAAGCAACCGGUUUCCUAAACUCUCGGGUCAAAAGAAACGGUUGGAUCAGUUGAAAUAUUAUCUUUUGGACUUAAAGCGGCAUUUUCCUGAAGGAUAAAUAUCUCCAGAUUUUCUCGGUGCUGCAGAGCUGAGGUGAAACGUUUGGCCUCUCCAGAGGUUCAGAUUUCCCUGACAAAACAACCCAAAGCAGCUGUGUCAAGCCUUCAGUCGGCAAAGACCAGUCCUCGCCGCUGAUUGAUUCUGAUGUUGCUUUCAAGUCGUAACGGCCACCCUCCCCAAAACACACGCAGACUCCCCAAUGCACCUACCCAUCCUAAAAGGAGAGUAUGAACUCUGCCUGAAGCCGUUUCUGUGGAAACUCUCUUUCCAUAUCAGCAGCUAGUCUAAUGUAGAUGAAAGUGUGUAAAUGGGUUCAUGUGGGGGUGUGGCUGUGUGUGUGUGUAUGUGUGUGUGCACAUGCUGCAUCAAGCUUUGGAUUUUGCUAACUUAUUCAUUUGGCUGAGCCGAGCUGCACAUGAGCUCAGCUCUUCAAUAAUAGAAGAAGCUAAAGUGGGUAUGUGUUUUAAAACUUGCAGGAUGCUUCUUUUCUAUUUUCCAGUCCGAGCGGUCCAAGCUGACAGCUGGAAUCAUUGUUUUCCUCGCUGUAGUCAGUGUGGAAAAUCACCGCUUGUUGCUGUGCAGUCGGUGAAUGGCUCGUACGUACGUGCCGAUCGGUUCUGAAUCUUGAUGAUCACAUCCCUCGUAAAUCUUCCACUGCUCUGCUAUAACUCCGGCUGUAAAAUGGGCGAUGUUGCGUUUGAACCUGGGAAUCCAGCCGUCAUUGUUGUCAAACAAGUUUGCUCCCUGUCAUAUAACUGCAGGUUUGAAGCAAAUCCAAGAAUAUAAAGAUGUGCACUUUGUUAUGUAAAGAACCCAAAGCCUAGCCAGCUGGAUUUAUGAGUGAUAUAAAAAUAAAACGCCGUGGGGUUGAGGUCACGCUGUGUUCAGCUCUGAUGUCACAUCAUCAAGAGAUGACGGAGGAUAAGAAGAGGGCACCCAGGAAACCUUCGUUUAUCCAUUCACUUUAUUGCUCAUAUUCUAACUAAAGCACGCGGUCGACCUCCUGCUUUGUGUUGGUCCCGCUUCAGAUCUCACUCGUGCUGUCUCGCUUGCUGUCAUGUGUGGCAGCGACCAGCUGUGUGCAACAAAGGAAAGGAGACAGAGAGGCUGACACUUCCUCAUAUGCAAACCCUUCUUCCGUGUAAUGUGUGACUCUGAAUUUCCCCUCAUGUUCCGCCGUAAGGUCAGGCCACCCUGCUUUUAAGAGGUUCAUCUGUAUCGAUUUCAGUGGAAGAGCGAAGAGUCACAUGAGCAGGGUCAGCGCAUAAUGUCAUAAAAUGAGGUUAUAAAGGAGCAAACAAUACUCAGUUAUUCAAGCAGCUAAAAAUACUGCACCGAUCUAGACCUGCCACCCAUCGGAGCGAGCAGUAAAUCUCACUUUAAUGACAGUGAGACCCUGAAUGUGUGUGUGUGAGUGUGUGUGCGCGCUAAGAGUACAGUUAUGCUUCUGUUUGUGUGUGUGUGUGUGUGCAGGGUGAAAAAUGACUGUCCUCUCUUCCUCCCAUCUGUUCAUCCUGAAAAACCAAAAGAGGAGUGUAAAAUAGAACUGAACUCGUUUUGGGUCUGUGUGCAAAUGCGCCGGUGUUUUUUUGGCACCUUUCUUUAAAUAAAACCAUCUGACAGAUAAAAGAGCAGUGAGACUCAAAGAUGCAACAGAUCAGCUGAUGGUUACAUAACGUUGAACAGAUCAGAGUGUGUGUGCUGUAAGUUAGUGUGUUUUAUGAUGAUUCCAGUGAGAAACAGGGUGUGUGUUUGUGCACCUUGUUGACUCACAACGACAUAACAUGGGAUUGUGUGUGUUACGGGGUGAGUCUGGGACACUGAAUGCAUCACACAGAUGUUCGAUGACUUACACAGUUGCACAUGAUGACAUAGCUAAUGCUCGCCGUGGCUUUCUAUUCUCUCUCACGCUGCAUCUCUGCUUUUUCCAAUCACAUUCACUCCUCCCUCUUUUGAUCCCCUCUCUUAUUUUCUCUCCUCUCAAAUCUUUCGUCUCUCUUUUUUUAAUCUUUUCCCCCCUGACAUCAAUCUCAAUUCCCACAUUUUUCGUCUGGUUCCUCCUUCAGUGCUGCUAACUCAUCCUCCCCAUCAUUGAUCUUUUUGUUGUCCUCACUUUAAAAGGUUUUUAUCGAGGCGUCACUGAUCUGAAAUGGAGCGGCAGGACAUAUUUUAUGGUGUUUAAAGGUCCUUUACUUGAACUCACAACAAAACAACCGCACCAGCAUUGUUCUUAAGAUUACCUUGAAUCACACACACAGACAGUGCAGCACCUACUUAAUGGAAGUUGUGUGUCUGAUUAGUGAAAAGAGGGUUAGUACUUUCCAAGUUGCUUUAUUUUUUUUGCCAGGAAACAGCAAAACAAUACUGACAUUGUAAAGACUAAUCACUUCCUGGAAAUUCCAAGCUAUGAUUGGUCAGCAGCAGCCGCACACAAGCAGGGGAUUGGGUCACGUUGUUUUGAGCUCAGUAUGAUAAAUCCAGGAUCAGAUGGGUGGCUUUUGCAUCCCUAGACUGACUGAAACUACAGUGGAUUCUGAUAAUCAAAAGCUGAGACCCCUUAUUACACACAGAAAUGUUACCGUUAAGCUUAACACUCUUUAUUUUCUGAGUUUAAGUGAUAGGAAUUUAGUCAUGAUUAUAUAUUAAACAGCAGCAGUUAGAUCAGUUCAAAGAUACUCUGGUUGAAAUUAAAUCUUUAACUACUGCAGGAGAAGAAAAUUACACAUUUUUACACAUAAACAGGAGAUUCAAUGACACAGGAUGUUUGCGAGAUGCAUAAUCAAAAGCAAGAGCGCAGCUUUUUGUGAUGCACGUUUCAUCACCACAACAUCUGGGUGGCUGCUGACUUGCUACUCAAGCAGCUGUAAUGAUGAUGCAUCAGCAAAAGAGGCAAAUCACGACACUCAGAUUGCAUUUCCAAGCACCAUGCACACAGUCCGGUUGGAGAACUAAUGCCAUCACUUCACAUUAGUGAGGAGCCAGAGACCUUUCGUCUGGGUUUUUCAGUCUGUUGCUUCCAUUUCACUUUCAUCCUCCUGUCAGUUCACCCGUUAAUCUCUUUGUCUCUCAAAUGGUCCUGUCCACUGCAUGUCUGCCCAUCCUUUCAAGAUGGCUCUCUCCUUUUUUUCCCCCCAAGUAAGGUCUCUGUUUUCUGAACCGUCAAGCUUUCUUCUCUUGAUCUUUUCCGUGCUGAUCUGACACACCAACACUCCGGUUGGCUUGUCUACCUUUCCCUGACCUGCUGAUGUUCGGCUUAGAUUCACUGAAAUUUCUAUUAGGCAAUUUGAUUAAAUGUUAAUCAGAUUUAGAUGUCGUUACACUGACUCAUGACUGGUGAAAAACGACAAGCAAAGGGAAAACAGUGUGACAGCCAGAGCCUGCUGGGCCCAUUUUCGACAGACCAAAGACCCCUCCUGCAUUUCAAAGGUGUUUAGGUGACUGUGUGUGUCCCUGGUUGAAAAUAGAUCUGGUCUCUGAACUGCAGGUUGUUUGCAUCAGCGUAAAGUGACCUGUGCUGCACUUCUAGUCUGCUUGCUCCACAACACUGAGGGUGAAUGUGUGUGUCUUUUCUUUCGGAGUGUGUUUAGUCUGCCCUUGCUUUUGUCUGUGCACUGACUCUGCACAGGCUAUUUUUCUUUGUGUAUGUGUGUGUGCGUGUGUACAAAGUCUGUUGGAUGUGUGUGCAUGUGCAAGUGAGUUCCUGUUCCUUUCUUUGCGUUCACCUCUUGUUCUUUGUGUGUGUGCGUGUGUGUGAGAGAGAGUGUGUGUUUAUGUGUAAUUAGAGGGGGGCAGCUCCCUGGUUUCAUGGUAUCCCACAUUCCAUUGAUAAGAUGUCAUUCAUUGUUGAACGAGGAGGGGGUUCAUCAUGGUAUGAAUCUCUGCCUGUGACAAAUGUGAGGACAGAAGAUUCUGUUUCAUUUACUUUACUGUCUUGAAUUUAAUGGUGUAACUUUGCAAAUUCCCCUUCUCUUCUCCUUUUUUGCUAAAUAAUGAUGCACUUUGCAGAAAUCACUUAUCUUCAAAUAGUGUAUAGAGCAUGGAAACUCUUAGUCAGGGUGACCAUAUUCUGACUUCCCAAAAAGAGGACAUGACUGUGUAGGAGCGGAGUCAUGGAGUCGCACAAAGUUAAUUUUGAGAGUUUUUCAGGUCGGAUCGAGAGCCUUUUACGCGGUUCCAACUCAGUAAGUCUACGUGACACAAAUUUAAAACUUCCGUACAAAACCGCAGACAUUUUGAGGAUUUCAUAAUCUUCCCCGGACAAAGCCGGACAAGGCUGGACAGCCCCCCAAAAAGAGGACAUGUCCAGGUAAAAGAGGAGGUAUGGUCACCCUAUCUUAGUGUGAUUUCUCCUAAUGGUUAUUUACAUGUUUUUCUACAUUAUAUCAGUAAUUUAUUGAAUAGAUAAGGAGGAAAACAAGAGCAGAUACCCUCAACACAUAGCGCUCUGCUUUAAAAUUGCAUUUUUUUUAGCUUGAGCAACAUUUAAAAAUCUGCAACAAUUUCAGUCUCACUGUCCGGCAUUCCAACAAAGAUUGGAUAUCAAUAGAUAUCCAUACUUUUCUCAGUGUAUUAAACAGCUUCUAUGUUGGUUUUUCUAAAUAACUUCAAAAACAGAAGUAGGCUGCUGCUGUGUAUUACCUCAAGGCCAACACAAACUAACAAAUUUUGCACAAGAAUGAGUCUGAGGGUAGUUCUGGGCUGGAGGAAGCUAAAUCUGAUUCUUGAAAUAGUGUAAAUGAAUGACUUUGGAUUAUUUCACAUGCUGAGUGUAAAUACAGAUGUGUUUGGCAUUGUUUUUUUCAAUGUAUUUUUAUCAGUCUGAUGAGAUAGGCGGUUAUCUCUAUAUAGGAAGUUAUUUAUCGGUCUUAAUCAGCUUAUGCUUCCUUACAGGCUGGAUGUUUUGUAAACUUUGAGGAAACCGGUUUUAAAUGGAUUAAUUACCAUAUUUUCUCACUGGGAGAAAAAAUGUGAAAAUUAAUAUGUAAAGCUGAUAAUAAUGUUGGGCACUUAAUGAAGACUUGCACACAUCAGCAGAGAGCUGCAGCAUGUUAGCUGUAUGAAGUAUUUUGAAGUUUUACAUUAUUGUCACAGUGCAGGGGCAUCCCCAUAGGGAUCUACUCCCUGGAUAUAUUGUUAGUUAACACCUUCAAUUCAUGUCCUGACCAAAAACUCGCAGCCUCACAUGCAGCCAAGCACACACCAGCACUCCCUCUGGAAGGUAGACCGACCGAUUGUUGUUGUUCUUUCAGGCUUGUCUGUGAUGUGCCGUGUCUAUAUUAGGAGUAAAAGUAAACUAAAAUUUGAUUCUUAGAGAGUUUGGGUUUAACAGGUUCACUCAUGUCUGAAAAUAGACCUGAGGAACGUUGAGACAGAAAGAACAAAGUGUCAUAUUGAUGCUCUCUGUCUGUGUACAGCUGUGAGACUGUCUGUGUUUGUCGCUUUGUCUGUUUUCUCUCUCUGUCACUGCCCCCCUUUUUUGUCUCUCUCUCUCUCUUUCUCUCUCUCUUUUUCUGUCUUUCUCUCUCACGUCUUGGUUUCCCUCUGCAUCCACCAUGACCUUAACAAAAGCCUCUGGAGAGAGAGAGGAGGAGAAACAGACACAGACAGAGGGAGAGAGAGAGCACAGAAGAAGAAGAGAUGGGAUUUUUCCCCCUCAUUUUUCCCUCCUUUCUGAUCUAUAAAUAGCAGCAGACUGUCAUCUGCUCAGCCAUAACUAGAGCAGAAUGAGUGGGGACUCUAUGUGACCGUUUGUGUCAGAGUGGAUGUGUGUUCAAGUCUGUUGUGUCUUGUGUGUGUGUGUAGGGUGAGGAUCUACUUUCUUCACGUUACUCAAGAUUUUACAGAUAAAAAGGCUGUGAAGUGCCGCCUUACUGUUCAAACUAACACUGGGGAACAUGGCUUACAAGAAAGGAUUAAAGAGCUUAAAUCUGACUAAUGAAAUAUUUAGUUUCAGUCUCCUGAAAAAUGUUCAUGCUUUUUCACCAGUUGUGAUAGUGUGGUUAAUUCAUAGGGGCCAUUAGCCCAAUAUUGGAAGAAAGCUCUGGUGUUAAAUUAAAGAAAUGUUCCACUAAAAACAAGCCUUUCAUUGAGGAAUAUAGGGGUGGGAGAAAAAAAUCUAUACAGUAUGGUAUUGCGAUAUUUUUUCUGGUGAUAUAUUGUAUAGUCUUACUUACUAAGUAUAAUUUUUUUGAAAUAAAUUGCUAAUAUAAAGUCAAGUAUAUGAUAAUGAAAAAAUACAAUCAGCUGUUUGUCCAUUGAGGUUGGCAGAGGUGACAUCAUAGAGCAGGAGAAAGUUAGGGCAACGAAUAUUUAAAAGGUUUGCAAGACAUGCUACAUGAAAAUAAAAUACAGCGAAAAUAAGACAAACAUAAAGGAAAGCCAAAUGCUAAAUAAGCUAAAUAGUUGAAAAAAUGUUAUAGAACGCAAUAUAUUGUGUCACAAUACUCACUGUAUUAAAAAAUGUCAAAAAUCGCAAUAAUAUCGUAUCGUGGCCCAAGUAUCGUGAUAAUAUUUUAUCGUGGCCCAAGUAUCGUGAUAAUAUCGUAUCGUGGGCCAAGUAUCGUGAUAAUAUUGUAUCGUGGCCCAAGUAUCUUGAUUAUAUCGUAUCAUGGCCCAAGUAUCGUGAUAAUAUUGUAUUGUGGCCCAAGUAUCAUGAUAAUAUCGUAUCGUGGCCCAAGUAUCGUGAUAAUAUUGUAUCGUGGGGCCACUGGUGAUUCCCACCCUUAGUGGAAUACAAACAACUAAGUUUGGCAUAUUUUAAUGAAAUAGGUCAAGAGAAAGUGCCUUAAAUGUAAACAAGGUGGCAAAAACAAAAAAUGAAACCUGCUUUUUUGAUUGUUUCACGGCGGAUAGGCAUUUAAUAACCUCUAAACACAUCUACUAGUCGAUGGCAGGUGCUGAUGUUUGUUAGAUCCUAUUUGCAUGUAAUAAGGACACACACCUCACAUUCAUAUCUGUUGUCAACACACAGAGAGCAAACAGUCAACUAUGUCUCUUGGUUCCUGUGUGUUUCCCAUCAGUGUGGACCUGCAGACUGUUGACAGGGAGCUUCACAGCACUGCAGAGUGAUUGACACCUAUGAAAUGACCAAAUGUAUGAGAAAAUUAAAAAAUACUGAGAGAGGGAGCGCAGUUUGUGUAUCUCUGUGUGAACACACACCUGAAAACACACUGAAAACUCUCUCCUUCCCUCUACCUUGUUCUCUUUUUCUCACCCUGCCCUCUCUCCUACAGCAGUGGCUUGAUGGCUGUCUGGCAUGAGUCUGGUCCUGCUCAAGGUUUCUGCCUGCUAAAAGGAAGUUUUUCCUCGCCACUGUUACUCAUGUUAGAUGAGAUGGGUUAAAUCUGUCCCAUCUUAUGGUUGGGUCUUGAUAAUUCAUCACCACGCUCAUUGUUUGAUCAAACAAUGAGUGUGGUCUAGACCUGCCCUUUUUUUCUUUGGAAAGCGUCUUGGGAUGACGACUGUUGGGAAAUGGCGCUAUAUAAAUAAACUUUGAUUUAGUUGACACCCCCUCUAACUUCUCUUAAUUACAAAUAACUUAAAAAACCUAUCAAAGUUUUGUUGUGCAUCAAUUUUAGGCAGAAAAAAGAUAUUUAUUUUGAGUCGAGGUUUGGUCUGUGUUCAGUGACGUUUUCAUUUUGGCUGUCCAGGAGUUUAAGAACAUGUAUUGCAGCCAUAAAGGUUAAAUUUGCCUUUUUUUUUUUAAAGUGAUAAAAUGAAUCUCCUUUGCAUAAGCACUUUCCUGUUAAUGCCACUUCAGCCUAACAUUUUUGAGAUACAUAGCUGGUAGCUUUCAGGGUCAGCAUGUGGGGAGGGAGUCAGCAUGACAGAAUGCUGAGUCAAAGUAAGCAGCAUCAACACACACACACGCACACACACACACACACACACACACACACACACACACACACACACACACACACACACACACACGCAUUAACACACUACAACUCACACACGAUCACAGAGUAUCACACGCACUGUGGUUGGUGAGGUAGGAAGUUCUCCACACCAGAUUAGGAGUCAAUCCCUCAUAAGCCACAGUCUGAAUGAUGUAAUCACCACAGAGCGAGGUCACAUGGAUGGUAUGCGACGCUCAGUGCCGUUUGCACCGAAUGGGAAAGCCCCCCCUGUCCUUUUAAUGGUGUGAGGGUGAACAGCUGCGUGAUUUGCAUUUACCAUCCACCACAAAUGGCUUUAACAUGUAACUGACCUGGAGCUGUUGAGGGUGAUCCAAAUAGAGUAAUGGUCCCAAAGUUUGCAAGAUGAAAAUGAUGUCUGUGGAUUCAGGGAGUGUUUGACCGGAUUCACCUGAUAAUAGUUUGUAUCCCUCUGCAGAGGUGCUGAAAAAUUAUUUUCUGUGAUGAGAUAAGACAGGAUAAGAAAUAUUGCAUGGUGGUGUUAUCUCAGGAUCGAAAGGUCAGAUGUUUGAUGCAGCAGCAAACGCUAUGGACGGUAGAAGUUUCCUUUUAGGGUAAAUUCAACCUUGCUCUGAUUUUCUGGCAAUCGAUGACUAACGGAAUUGAGCACAGCAGGCCUGAAACAAAUACACUUCAUACGGCCAUGGAGUCGGAGGCAGAUUGUAACUGAGUGAGGUAAACGUCUGAGUCAGUUCUUUGAAACCAGAUUACAGUUUGGCCAAAUCCAGUAAAUAUUCAUACCUGAUAGUUGGAGAACUUCAGUGGCAGCCUGUUUUCAACACAUUAUUCUGAGUUUGGAUGAUAUCAUUUAACCAAAGAUAAGUUAAAGUGUAUCUCGACUGCAAAAGCUCAUAUAACAUUCCUUUUUCUCCCAUAAUGGCUCUAACACCCCUAGAGAAACCAAACAGUGUCCCACCCGUCUUUACUGCUCACAAGCAUGUGUGUGGCCACACACACACACUCUCAAAUUAUGGCAGAGCAGGGUUGACAGAGGGGUCAGCUCUGUUGUGUUUACUGUUGUUCUUCCUUUGUUUGCUUGAAUGUGUGUGGGUUGUGUUGCGUUGUCUAUUCAUUGUGUUAUGGGUGAUAAACAGCUCACCUCUGUCACCCUCUUGUUGACUCUGGCUUGAGAGGUUAGUGCCAAGUGAGGAAAGAGAAGGAAAAUAGAAGAAGUGCAGAAAGUAAAAAGAGAGCAAAAGAGAGAGAGGCAGAGAAAUACGCAACAAAAGGCAGAUAUGUUGCUUUUUUGAUGAAUUUCUUAGGGCUGGACCUAGAGUGGUUUCAGCUGGGUGUGUGCGUGUGUGAGUUUCAUCACAACCUGCAUUCAUUCUCCAUCAAUAUUUUACCAAAACAAUCAUUCAUCCUUAGUUUUUUCUUAGUGUGCAUGCGUAUUCUUAUGUGUCUUUGCAUGUGUGUUUCCAGAUUACAGCUAAUGGAGUUAUAAGCAGCAGUCAUGCAGAUAUACUUAAACAUGCGUGUACGGUUAAGUGUGCAAGUCAGGUCAGCGUUAAUCUUUAUUUUGUUUUCUCAGGUGGCUAAAAUGUUUUUCCAGCUUUUGUUUUUGUGUGUAUCAGUCAAAUCAGUUUUCAUCGUCAACAGCUGACCUUUAGUAGAAGUUGUAGAUCAGUGUGGGGGAAAGGGAAUAAGCAGCAGCCUCCAAAGAGAGCCCCUGAUGGGUGAUAGGCUGUCAAAAAUCGCAGCAAGAAGGAUCUUAGGAAUAAACCGCAGCAAAACCUCAGUGAAAUAAGUACACCAGGAGACAAUCAAAGCAAAAUACAAGAGAGAGAUAAAGGCAGAGACAAAGACGGGGAGACGGCCAGACAGUCCAGAGAGACAGAGAUGUCUGAUUUCAAAGCCUGGAAGAGAACGUGAUAAAUACAGACAGACAGGCAGAGAGAGAGAGAGAGCGAGAGAGAGAGAGACCAGAGCAGACAGAGGGAGUAAGUGAGGAUGACACAGACAGGCAGAGCGAGGGUGAGACAGAAAGCUAAUGGGGAGCUUUAGAAGGUAAUGGACUGUGGAUCCCCUGUGGUCUGAUGGUCAUCCCAUUCAAACCUGUGUACUCAAAGCAUUGUCUGCUCCUCUGUAUAUUCAGUAUCCAGAUGCUGCCCAGCCCGGGGGCUUUAGCAGAGAGUACAGAGCAGCUCACAGAGACAUCCAGUGCAGGGCUGAAGUUUACUUUCUGUCAGGAGAACAACGAUUCGAAAUGUUGGGUUGAAUUUGUAUGUUUCAGUAAACUAGUUUAGUUUAAGGGCAUGUGAAGUAGCAUGCAUGGCUUACUCUGCAAGUACUCUUACUCUGGGUGUUGUUGUGACACUAUAUCAUAUUAAAUAAUUCCUCCCCUAGCCUCUCUCUCUCUCUGUUUGUGUGUGUGUGUGUCUGUGUGCAUGCUGUUUGUGUGUGGGUGGCCAUGCGUGCAAACAUUUGUGCACAGCCAUGUGGCUCUGUUUGCAGAAGAACAGGUUCAGGUGUUGAUGUGUCUUUGAGAGCUGACCAAGAACAGCCUCUGUUUUUCAGUAUCCUACCCUGAAUCCUACGAUCAUUAAAGCCUUUAUCUCAGUUGAUUGUCUGGAGUAUUAUAUGAGGGGAUUAAAUUUGUAAUUUGCCUUAAUAUUCUCUGCUUUCUAGCAUCAGGAGACAUUGGUGUUUGCAGCCCAGGCUUUUUACUGACGAGUUUGUGUGGUCGUAAACUAAGAAAUCACCAAAAAGGCAGGAAAAAUUUGCAGGGUUGUAACCUAAGAGGUGCAGAUGGUAUUUCACCACACCACAGUUUGCAGCACUUCAGCAUGCUGUGGUCGCUGUAUGAACGCAGGUACUUUGCAUGAGGUUAUUUCUGUACAUAAAGAAGUAUGUUUUAGAUAUUGUGGUGAGCUACCCACUUCCUGUCUACAUAGACAUGGUUUACUUUUACAAAGGGCUGCAUGAUUAUAGUCAAGUCUUAGUUGACUAGGAAAAACCUGGUGAGGGUGUGAUUGAUCCUGGAGUAGAUAUCUGCUGCUCUUGCUGACACUGGUUAGCAUCCUCAUGUACUGUCUGUUGACAGCAAAAGGCUAAACAUGUAAAUCAACACUGUUGACAACCUGGUGUUUGAAUAAGUUCACUGUUGACAAGCUGAUCCCUAAUGAACAUGUGCGCCGUAAGAACUGUGAAACCACUAACACCUGUAGCAGAUAAAAAUAUGUUUGAUAUGUCAGGAACAUCAGACUGGCUGCCAUCGAGUGAGAGCUGCUAGAUUAUAACCUCCGUCUCUGUUUCCUCCUAAUAUUUAGUUGUAAAUCUCUUCUCCUGCAGACAAAACGAUCAUUCCUGUCCACUUUCUGUUUCCGUGUUCUUUCUCCACUUGAAAAACAGCAUAAGAAGAUCACUCACUGUUUCAUCUUACUGUCUUGCAUAACUACUUUUGCAACAGAGCACGGCUUUGUUUUAGGGGGUGGGUCGUGAGCCGAAAAGGCUAAGACCAGCAGGCAUUUCACCUUCCAGCACAUUUAAGGGGGUAUUUCACUCUUAAGUCUUUAAAAGACUUCCUUUUUGGUGAAAAAGCAAAUCUGCCCUGACUGCCGCGGUGGGGAAUGUCCUUAAUUAGCCCAAACAUUAGCUCAGUUUCAGCUCAGUAGCUUGAAGCGGGCAAAUGAGGGGAGGAUGAAGAGAUACAGAGAGGGACAGGGGUGAAAAAGGGGCAAGACAGAGAGAGGGAGGGAGGGAGGAGGAAGAGGAGGGAGAGAGUUAUAAAAGAAAAAGGGUCAAUCAAAUGCAUCAUGGGUUGGAUGAGUUCUGAGUGAUGUUUGAAUGUGCCUGUAGGAGUGGUAAUGCACUUAAAACCCCUUGUAAUGGGACUGGCAAUCUUUCAACAGUGUGACCGCAAAGUCUUUUAGAAGUUAGAAGACAGGUUCGGCCAGCAGGUUUAUCUGCUUCCGUAACAAAAUCUUUUAUAUGAUACAAUCAAACUGUACUCACAUACACUCAACCGUAUACACACCUGUCUUUGUGACGGAGGUUUGGCAAUCUCAACCCAUCUUGUUUGUCGUUACGAGGUUUGAACUAAAAGACGGAUGUGGCAUUAGUGCAUGAAUGGGUGUGGAAAAAUUAUUGUGGGUGAGGUGAGCAUGCCCAUAUCUUUCGUUGAGUGUUGAACCACCUUAGUUCACUGUAUGACUGAUAGUUGAUUUCCAAGUUGGCUCACAAUAGUCGAGAGAAAAUAUUCUCAGGCUGUCCACUUUGAGAGAGGAUACUGACAGUCAAAAUAAGUCCACUCAAGAGAAACAUUUUCAGAUAAAAAAAAUAUAUAAUUUUUGUUUAGUUAUGAAUAAACACCCAUUUUUUUACCCAUACAUUUAAUCGUUUAUACUGCUGACAAACCCUGCACAUUUAUACAACUCCUUUUUCACAAACAUUCAGAAGCUCUGUAAAAAGUAAAUAAAAAUGGAAAUUCAUGGUUUACAAACUAAAUUCCUGUGUUUAAUUGACAUUAGCAUAAAAACAACGUAUUUCAUGUUAAAACUGAAACAUUUUUUCAUCCUAUAAAAAGCCCAUAAAGCAGCAUGUCUUAUAGAGAUCAAGCCAGCAUCCCUAUUCAAAUUCAGUCCACCUUAAAGGGACUCAGAGCCAGAGACGAUGCCAGACAGUGUCAGAAUUCAUCAUAAUUGAGGAGGAAAUAAAAUCAGCAUUACAUUUUUCUUCUGUUAACAGAGAAAACGUUGCAUAUGAAUUCUGGCACAUUUGAUUCGAUCUGACGGUUUAAGUCUUGACUCAUGCAACAAACACUCCACUUCCAAAAGGACUUGUUAUCUCAUGUUGUGUGUUGGCCCUCUGCCUCCUCCUACUGACUCAGCUCUGCCUGAGACAGGUUCAUACACCUGUCUGAGUGGAGAGUUACUGGCUGUCUGCUCUUAAGGAGCGAAUUUAACUUUUUCCAUCACCUUACCCCCUCCUUUCUUUUGCUCUCUUUAGCCUGUGGCUUGCCCUUCCAUUUAUUCUCCACACAGCUGCAGUUUGACCCUGCUAUUUUUUAGUCUGGUGCACAAUCAUUCAGCCAUCUCUUUUAUUCUCUCUCUGUCCAACUUUGUCAGCCACCCUGUUCCUCCUUUUUCUAUCCCUGUCCUUUUUUCCUCAGUCUUUUUCUCUGCUGUUUGUCUCUGAUCUUCCCUUCCUCAGUGCUAUCAUCUUGCUCUGUCUCUUUUCCUUUCUGUCUCUCUCUUUCUGUCUAUAAAUAGCCGUCUCGUGGGCUAGAGGUGUUAGCAGCAGUAACAGCAGCUCAUGAUUCAUAUUUUAGUUCUGCCAUUUUAUUUACCUUUGCUCGUGUCCUCACCAGGCACCAAUUUCUCCUCUGUAUUUUCUUCAUUUUCUCCCUUCUCACGUGAAGGUAUCUGGAUAAUAUUCAAAUUACUUUCACCCCAAUAAACUCUGUGCAUGUGCGAGCGUGCUUCCCGAAUCGAGGCCGUGAACAAUCAUGGUCUCCAUUCAUCAAAAAGGUGCCCGCUUUAGACUCCUACACAAUCUCACUCGGCACACACACACACAGAGGAAAGAAGAUUUAGGGGAGCUAAACUUGUGAAUGUGAAGCACUCAUCGGUUUUUCACAGGAAGUUUUCAGAGAGGACAGAGAGACUUCUGUCGGCAGUGUUUACAGCUGAGGAAAGUUUAUUUCUUCUACUUCACUGACUGAAAACACACUUAGAGGUAUAUGGCAGAACAGUAUGUCCUGCUAAACCCAUUCAGAAACCAAAGAUCACUCUCUCAGGGUUAAAGUUGGGUCUAUAAGCAUUAGUUGAAGCAACAUUUAACCUGAGGAAUCCGUCUAGAAUGUGGUUAGGAGGAACAUAAAUAUAUUGUGCACCAGAGUUUUUAUGUAUGCUUGAAUCGUGCAGGAGUGGGCUUUGUCUUCCCAGUGUUGCAUUUGUAACACUUGGAGGAAACCUGGCAACAUUAAUGUGCAACCAAAGUGUGUGAGAUAAGUGAGAGACAAUGGUUAGAAGAAAUUAUGCAUUUUUUUUCCUGGUAUGAAUGGUCUGAACUUCUUGGGACAAAAGGCAGAGGAACAAAAAUGUCAGUGUUGCAUCAACAAAGCUGCUAAUAGAGGGGUUGUCCUUCUUGAAAUGAACUUAAAAUAAAUAAACUAAAAAGUGUCUGCUGUACUUUGUUAGGAUAGUCAAAGGUGCCUGUGGAGUGUUCAUGUAAACAAGCUAACGUUGUAUUUACUUUCAGUCUAACUCACCAAAACAUUUUGAUGCACUUUCUUUAGAGUCAAACAUUGCAAAGUUAUUUUUAACAGUGUUAUAAACCCUUAUUGGUGUAUGGCAGUGGGAAAUGCAGGGUAACCCACAAUACGAUAUGAUACAACGCAGUACCAUAAUAUACAAUAUAAUACAAUACAAUACAACAUGAUACAGUGUGACACAAUACAAUAUGAUACAUACAAUAUGAUACUGCAGAACAAUCAUGUGAUGAUAUAUUCAACUUACUAGUUUGAGUGGGUUUUUUAAAAUAAAAAUACCAGUAUACCAUGUCACACUAAAGACUCAUUCAUGCUGAACAUUACAUACGUAUCCGGAUACGAACGGAGAGCUCAGCCCGUGCUUCGCGUUCUUUUCAUCCGUAUUUCUGCACGUAUCAUUGAAGCUUACGGAUAUGGGCCAGAGCAGUACCACCAGAAACCAUGGGGGAAGUGUUGCUGCUGUCACUACCCAGUUUGCAUCUCUAGAGAGAAACGAAGAAGACAAUGGCAGGGCUUUUUGAGGGUUGGCAUCAAUUUCUCUUUUCGGUACUACUAGAGAAAAGAAUUCUCCGUCCUCCAACCGAGGCAUUUGGUGGCCUGACCGACCAAUGCCACCUCCAACGCUGCCUUCGUUUCUGUCUCCUAUGUGAAAUAUACAUUAACCCUAGCUCCGCCACAGUCGCCAUCUUUCUUUUUUUUCUGUUGUUGUCAGAAACUUUUGACUCCGGCCUGCCCCCUGGUGGAUGUAACAUCAAUGUCAAGCACAUGGCGAGCAUAAAUCAGCCUUAAUUGUUUAGCAUGAGCUCAGAUGACGCCAUCAUGACUUGUCUAUGUUUUGUCCUUGCUUGUGUUUCAGCCCAUGACUUCUUCUAAACAGUGUUUGUGUCCCUGUCUUAGCUUUAAGGUUGCAGCGUAUCUCGACACAGCACUGCUAACAAUUAAAUAAAGCGUGUUUAAAAAAACAGAUUCACUUACGACAGAAUGUUAUUUUUUAAUUCAGUCUAAAUUUGUAGACCACUUGUUGGUUUAAUCAUUUUAUACCACGCACAAAGCUCAUUUUAAUCCAGCUGUCAUUCAGACUUUAUUGUAUUUAGACCACAGACUGCCUUACUUCACCUCUCUGCUGUUUAAUAAAGGCUCUUAAUAAUGAAAGUUGUAGACAAAUACAGAUGGCUUUCUGUGUGUCUGCAAAUGCUUAAGGAUACAUACACACUAAUGUAAAUAGACAUAUGAAUGCAGUUUAAUACAUGUGCAAACAGAGUAUGUGAAACUUCCCAUAUCAGUGUAAUCAUACGCCGACAUGCUUGAUAAAAAAACACACACACCUCUGCACAGUUCAAAAGAUUGAGGCUCUCAUGAAGGAGCAGGGUCUGAGGUCAGAUUCAGGGUCACUUUAGGGAGAAUGAUGAUGGGAAAAGACAGAAAGAAUAGAGAGAUGAAAAAGAGAGGAAGAAAACAGCGGGGGGAAAGUCAGAAAACACAUGAAUCAUAUCUAGUGUCCUGUGCCUCACAGGAUGUGAAUGUGCAAUUGCGUAGUCAUUUCUGGUGUAUGAGUGUGUGUGUGUGUGGGGGGGUCCGUCAUCACUCUUCCUUAUCUGCGUUUGGCCCUGUGAUGACCUGUUGAGUUGAAUGGUAGUUUGGUUUUCAUUAAGAGAACAUUAAAGCAGGUAAGUUAGGGUUCUGCUGCCGACUUUAUCUGGUUUGGCUUUCAGUAUUAUUUACAGCCAUAAGGGAGUAUGACGCCCUGAAGGUAUUUUGGAGUGAUGUAGGGGGGAAACUCAGGAUUUGUCUUGUAUAUUCUAGUUUCAUUCCAUUUCAGAAAUGUCAAAACACUCAUCAUAGGAGCUUUAACUUUGCAUUUUAGGACCUACAAGCCUGGAAAGCAGACUCCAUAAGCUUAAAUCUUAUUAGUUCUCUGGUUUUGAAAAUCUUGAACCUGGUCCCAAAACCUGAUUUAGACCUCAAAGCCUAUUCAUGAGUCUUUUAAAUUACCAUAAACUUUUUUCUCCAAAAUCAGACACUGAAAUUUGAACUUUAAUUUCUAAAUGAGUUUUUCCCUUUAGUCGAAGAAAAAGAAGUCAUUGGCUGGAUAAGAACUAAAUCAAACUUGUCUGUAUAAAUCCACUAUAUCCACUGCACUUCCCUAUCCUCAUUCCACUAUUGCUCUGCUGCCAGUAGAUUCAACCUUUGUUUUGACAGUACCAUCACCACCAUGGCAGAUAUUGGCAGCUCUACCCGUAGUUUGUUACUCUUGACACUUCUGUAUCUGUAGCAGUUACAGAUGAACACAAAUAUUCAAUAAAUAAACAGUGAAUGACUCUUGGUUUGCACUCAGACACGUGGCAGAUGUCUGAUCAUACUUGAAGUUCCGCAGUGUCAAAAAAGGCGUUUUUAUGACAGGGUUGUUUGUCAGUAUCAAACCUGGAUAAUGACAGCGUUCAGUGAUUCACGUUAGCACCUGUCAGCAAACUAUGCAAAUGCACAGUAUGCACAGUAGCAGCACUUGUACGGGAACGUCGUGAUAGAUUUAUGAAGACUGACAACACACCUUUUUUGCAUUGUGUUUCCAUCAAUUUUUCACUCAACAUAUCACUGUAAUGCCACUCGAAGAAACAUGUGACUCGUGUUGUUUUCGACACCGGGAAGUUUUGAGCUCAGCACUGGAAGGUUUGGGUGUUUAUGUUCCUCUUUGACCAAAAGCGGACUCCAAAAGAGGAUUAAAAGUGGGAGAAUUACUCACACUUAUGAUGAAGACAACAACAACUCACCAAGAGUGGGUGUUUUGAAGGUUUUAACAGAGACAUUCAUGAUUUUCUCUGGACAUUACUAUACAAAACUCAUCGUCUCUGAUGCUGCUGUAAGUGUUGGCACAGCACUCAGUGUGGACAGGUGUGGGAAGCCUUUUGAAGCUGUAGGUCUGAUGGCUCCAAUCAUAGCAAACACAAGCUCUCAUCUCUCUGCGGCUUUACACCUGAAUGAAUCUGAAUCUCAGCCAGGCGUCUAAUAAGUGUAUGUGCCUUCAGGAGCUGUUUGAACAUGCAGCCAGUUCACUAAAUGCAGAAGUACUCGUACAGUCAGUGUGUGUCAGCCCCAUAAUCUGGAACCUUCUUACCUUCUUUCCUCUCCCCUCAGACUCCCUCCUUAUUUUUCUGACCCCUCAUAAACCCCCAGCAGUGUGAUGUAACGUGUUUGUGGAUGUGUACACGUGCUUUUGUGUGUUUUGAUCUCAGCCAGAAAGCCCAGUUGAGGCAUUUCUAUUGAUGUUACCCACUCAUGCCCCCCUCCUGUCCCUCUCAAUGGGCAAUUUUUCGAGAUUAUUCUGCAGCCCUCUCAUGUGCAUGGAUGGACACCUGUUUUUAUCUGAAUUAUACUGGCCCGUGGUUUGUAUUUAGCGUGAGUUAGUGGUUUAUUUAUACACUUCUUCCAGGAAGUACUUGCUUCCCUUUGCAUUUGUUUUCAUAGUAAUGUUUAGCACAGACCACUUCCAUCCUCUUUGAAAGUAGAUUUAAUCAGCAAGCAAGCCGCGCUUGAGAGGUGCACAUUAAAAUGACCUAUUUUGGUGCCUUUUCAGUUGAUGUUUAACUUUUUAGUUUGUCCAAUGUGUGAAUUUUCAGUUAUAUGAGCUAUUUCCAACAUGAGACCUCGGUACAAAUAUAUACACAUUCUAGUCGCUUUGUAUCGCCAAUAUUGAAAGAUAUUGUGUCUUUCUUACUUAAUGUCUUUGAGAAGGACUGAUGACAGUAGAAAGACCGAAAAGACUUGACAGUUUUUGUGCUUCAUCGACUCCCUCUCAGUGCCAACACUAGCCACCAAACAUCCUUUUAACUUUGUCUGAUUUCUUUAGCAAAGAGACUUAACACAACUCACCCACUCUCUUCCAGCAGCCACUUGUUUGUGCAGAGAAGUAAUGAUCAUAAAUGUUCUUCCUUGAGCUGCGUCACCCCAGCUGUAGUCCGUAAUGGACUCGUCUGAGGUCUCCGUACAAACAAGCUGGAAGAGAGUAGGUGAGUUGAAAUUAGAGAGAAAUUAGGCAAAGCUAAAAAGAUGUUUGGUGGCUAGUGCUGUGAUUAGGACCCUAUAUGUACUGUUGAUGAAGUUAGGUGCUGUUCUGAGCAUUAUUUGUGGCUGUAGAGUGGCGUUUUGGUUGAGGUUUGUGUGUGGCUCCUGAGACCGCAGUGUAUUGCUAUCGUGCGGUCGUUACUAAAGUUGGUAUAACUAGAGAAGCAAGGGGUCGGCAACAUUCAUCUCUUGAGGGGGUGUCAAACUCGGUGUUACGGUGUGUUUGACCCUUAAUUAAUUUUAUGCCAAAAUAUCCCUUUAACGCAUAGAUGAUAUGCAACAUGGAUGUAGAAUCAGUGAUAGAUAGAAGCAGCCUGAUGUCAACUCUUAUGCACUUAAUGACAAGUGGUCCCAGUGUUGCUACAAAGAGGCAACUCUAGGAUCUUCUAGGAUCUUGGGAAAAAAUUACAAUUUUAAGUUAUUAAAUGAUAACUUGAUUUGUAAAGAUACAACUUAAAGAUGUGAGGUAGUCAUGACAUUGAUAUGUGGGUGAAGCUGUACUGAGAUCAGUUUCAUUUUUUAGCAGUUGUGUAGCUUAAUAAUAGGUUAUAACAACAUAAACAUUAGCUUUUGUCAUGGUAGUUAAAAGAGGCAGGGACGGUUACACCCAGUCACACUGUUAAAUGUUCACUUUAACCACAGUGUGUAAUGUGCCACUCAAAAACUCCCCCUGCAGCAGCUGCUCAAACUGUAGUCUGGAUUUGGUAUCAUGGUAUUUCCUCACUUCAUCUUCUAGAAAUUCAAAACCAGCAGCAUUCACGGUCCUGCUCACUUUAUCCUCAGGCGUUUGCUGCUGAACUUUGAGGAAUCUGACACAUGGAUAGAGUGGAGAAAAAACAACAACUUUGAACCAGACCCUGAUGUCACUGUCAGUUAUAUACUGCAGACUUGGGAAUGGUAUUGUCAUCGCUCAUUGUUGUCAUUGUUCCCCAGGAAUAAGGCUGGAUAUCUCUGUUCCUGCCCUCCGAUUGGGAGGUGUAAAGUAGUGAAAAGUGUUUUGUUAUCGAGGACAUGUGUGUGCACUCCUGCCUUUGUGAGUUUGCACACCCUGUGGAUUUUCCGGAUUGUGUGCAUUCACUCAGAUCUCUACCUUCUUGUGUGUCUGCUCUACGUGUGCACCAUGACAGCAAUAGGAGCACAGCCAUUAUGCAGCUCUUUGUAAAAAGCUAAUUGUAUCCAGAUGUACCAUGUGAUUAAUUACAGGCUUUUCUUUCAGAGGCGACAGAGCUGUACAUUAUUGUAAUUAUCCAAAAUCUCUCCCCAUGAGAGAGUCUGCCUCCCAUUACAGCCAAUCAGAGACAGCUGAAAAAGCUGAAAGUGAGUUUCUGAAACUUUGGGUCAGGACCAAACUGGGUCAUGAGUUGAACUUUGGUUUGACUUUGACUCCACUUGCUUGAGGUACUGUAAACUUUUGAAACCUGAAGUCCUGAUUUAAAAAAGUGAAAUGUUGUUUGGGAUUUUUUCCCCCUUUCUUCACUCAUGACCUUUUUUCAGAUUUAGAGCAAGAUUUGUUGAUUUUUCAGUUUUCUUUAUAAGGGUUGUAAUAUGCGUAUAACAGGCAGUUUUCACAGGUGCAGCUCUGAAAUAUGUAGAGGAAUCGAAUCAUGCAUUCAUGUCAAAGCCAUAAAAAAAAUGGUUGAGUGCAGAACUGUGUGUGCAAAUUGCAUCUGAGUGCAAACAUAAAUAUGAGGUAAAAUCUGAACACUCAGCAGGGGCUGUUUCAUCAAAUCUGGAAACAAAACUAACAAGUCAUGCUUGUUGGGCUGAGGGUGACUUGCAUGGACCUGAGUUUAGAAAGUUUGAAGUCUUGGUUGCUGAAGAGGUGCCAGUUUACUUCUUUGGCCCUGCCAAGGUACCUCUAAGCAAAUUACCGAGCCCUCAAACUGCUUGGGGCAGUGAUUUGGGUGCAGCCCCCUCACUAUGUAGUCUCUCUAUCAGUGCAUGUUAGGAUCCUGUAUGUGCAUGUCAGUGUUUUUAGCGUAUAUAUGCAUAGCAUAAUCAAAACAGAGUGAAAAAAUUAAAAAAACUUCCCACAGAGCUUUAUGAAGUUUACAUGCCUCUUCUUGUUCCUUUACAGGUGAAUAUAUAACUCUUAAAAAAAGAUAAGAAGAACCUUCUUGUUGUCUAAAGACUCACAGAUUUGUAGAAUAAUUGUGUCGGCUGCAAAAGAAAAAGAGCAGAAUUACAAAAUAACAUAAUAUAUUAUUCUGAGAGGCUACCACACACUUUUUCAUGAGCAGUCUGCCUUUGUGAGUAGUUGAUUUGAUGAGAUAUGAAAAAUGAGCAACAACAUAAAACAACUUAAAACUUAAAAAAACAAGCCAACUCCACGUGUUAAUAUUCCAGUGUUAGCCAAACUUCAUUUGCUAACUUUGUGAAGAAACCUUUUAUCACCUCCUUUGUUCAAGUGUCUUUGUUAAAAGUUGUAGUCAUGGUAGGUGGAUAUUUUAGUAUAAUAGACUAACUCUGCAGAAUUGUGUUUGAGUAAUUUUGCGCUGUCGUUAAAGAGUCCUCUUUGUCUCGACUGCACUUUAACAUACCAAGAGCUGGGCUCAUUAUGAAGUUAUACAAUCUGGCUUUUGUCUCAUUAUCUGGGCUGUCUCCCCUCCCACCACCUCAUCCCACUCCCCCCUCUCUCCUCCUUAAAUCUGGUCUUCUCCCUCCACCUACUUGUGCUCAUUUGCCUCCUCCUGAUCGACCAUUAACAUCUGUCUCCUCUCAUCUUCCUCCCCUCUUCUCUGCUCCCAUCUGUCCCCUCCUAUUUAUACUUCACUAACAUAUUUCCCUCAUUUCUCUCACUUGCAUCCUGCUGCUUUUAAAACCCUGGCGUCUCUGCUCUUUCACCUUCCUUGAAAAUUCUUGGACGUUGUUGCAAAAUUUCUGUCCUGGACACUAAAAAAAAUGAACUGUUAUAACUGUGUUUUCAUCCAGCGUUGUGAACUCUCUGUCUCGGUGUUUCUCCCUGACAAAGACAGUGUGUGUUUCCAGUUGAUGUAAGUGUUGGAGUGACCCAGUCAGUCCUGGUGACAUUGACAUCUCUGUCCGUCUCAGCGAAGCAUUGCUGAGACAGACAGGCACCUCUGCAGUAACCCUACACCAUAUGUGUGUGUGUGUAUAAGUGUGUGUGCAUGGUGCUCUCGCUUAUUGCAUCACCGUGCCAUAUAAUCCAACCUCCAUUUAUGCCUCCCUUGUCUUCUCUCCUCUCCACUUUUCUGCUUUGUUGCCAUCUAAAUGCUUCACAGAUGUCUGCACUUCUGCUGUCAAGAAAACUGUUACUGUUGAGGAAGCUGUUCUUUUUAUGGAUGUGCAUUUGAGGGGGAAAUUUUCACCGAGUAUUAGCUGCUUUGCGUCUGUUUGUGGUGAUGGAUCGACGUUUGAAUGGAAUAUUUCUGCAUUGUUAGUCGUCCCAACAGGAAAAGACUUCAGAGGACAAAUAGGGCCAUUUCCUCUUCCUUUAAACUCACUUCCAUCCUCUCUUCCUCUCGAACCCCCUCCUCCUUGCUUUCCACCUCCGUGUUGUCGCUUUUGAGUUCACAAAUUUUCUGCAUCUGUAUCAGGAAUAUAACCAUUCUCAGAUUUAUUGUGAUCUUGUUUAUAUAAAGAAAAGAAGAAGCCAAAAAAAUGCUCCUUCAGUGUGACUUUUUGGUGUUUUUCAGCGUAAUUCCCAAUUCUAGUCGCCAUUUAUCAACAUAGAGUGUAUUUGAAAGCUUUCUUAUUUAAUAUUUGCACACCUUAAAUCAUCUUUCAGCGCACAAGAAGAAAAAGUAGGAGAAAACUAGGCUAAUGUCUUGUAACAGUGUACUCUUUGGCAGUAAUGCUUCCUCAUCUGGAACAAAUUAACCCGAAAACCUGCAUGUAACCAAUCUACAAUCACUCUUCAGACACACUCACAAUAAAACAUGCACAAACAUGAAUACCAACGCACAAAAGAAAAAAAAAACUCCAACAUUUUCAACGUGGAGCCCGUCCAGUUAUCUGCCACAGUUUAUGUCAGUAGCCCGUAUCUAUUGAACUUCUCUGGUUUCUUGUCAAAGCUGCAGCCUCAAAUCAGUUCCUCUUAUUCGUCUGAACUAACCAGCUGCAGAUAAAAUACAGUUUUAGGAAAAGGGGAGAGACAGAUGGAGAGGGGACUGGACUGAUGCCUUCAAAAGUUAAAUUUUUCUUUAUCAUCAUUUCCCUCGCUUUUAAACCCAACCUCUCCCCCACUCACUCCUCCCUUUUUCUUAUUCUCUUUCAUCUCUUUCCACACUUUCUUCUUCUAUCCACAUUGCUAAUCCCCUUUUUAAAUUUACUGUACAGAUUAAACUAGUGUUUUUUUGUACAAUUUGCACGCACACAUAUAUAUAUAUAUGUGUGUGUGUGUGUGUGUGUUUGUGUGUGUGUGAGGGAGUGUGUUUCCCUUCAGGGUUUCUGUUAAUCUGCUAACAACCUCAGGGGGCCUGUGGAGGAGUUGAAAAACCAGACCACAGCAAAAUGAAGAGCCAAAAACACUCACAGGCUCAAACGCAGCACAGACAGAAAUGCGUGUAAUAAUCUUGGACGGAGUGUUUGUGCCAAAGCAACACUGUAUACAUGUAAACAGACAGCUGGUUACUCUCCCUAAAGUGGUUGUUAGGCUGACAGAGUAGAAAUGCUGAGUGCCUAAAUGAUUUAACACAUGGCUUUUAUUUUGUCUUUUUUUCCUCGACUGUCUCUGAACUAAAAGGAUUAAAAGUUUCUUUUAAAAACUCGGAAAAUGUAGUUUGUUGCUGUGAUUGAAAGUUCGCCAUCAAGUGAUAAACUGUUAGAAUUGUAGGUUGAUGUUGGUGUGAAAGACACUCAUUUGUAGAUAAACACCCUUUAAUUUCGUCUCUUUUCGCUGUGUAGCUAAAUCUAUAUUGUGUGUUUGCUCACCUGACUAAUUCCCAGCUCAUUUAUAAUCAAAGCAAAGCAAAGCCAGCUAAGUCUUUUAAUUAGGCUCUUUAAGUCUGUUUCUGUCAUCAUCUAGUCAAACACAGGCAACUCUGUACAAACAAAACCGCAACCUUGAAGUACGAUGUACAACAACAGAGAGCUGGCCAAUGAAGAAACUGAAGUUUUUGCAGUUUUUGGCACUUUAGUGUUGACUUCAUUUUUCUGCUGCGGUGGCUGAUGGUGAACAGGUGGUUAUGCAAACUAAAUCCCUUCAGGGUGAGGCAAGACCCCUCCACCUCUCGUUGGGGUCCUGCACACCCUGCUAGGACUCUGAUCUGCACAAUAACCAGACAUUUUCCCUACAAUAUCCUACUGAUGACCCAGCCAUCCACUUAAGACCAACAAAUGCUUUGUGGCACUUUCAUGGCAAUAGAUUUUAUCCGCUUCUUUCCACUAUUUUCACAUUUGACACUUAUUUUCAAAAAGUGUCUUCAUUCACAACUUUUACCACUGCUGCUAUUAUCAUUACUCCGCUGAAGUUACUUCUGCUGUCAUUGUCUGGAUUGCAGGACAGGAUCCUUUGUCACAUUUUCUUAUCAGGGACAGUUUGGGUCCAGUGUCCCCUCGAGCUGCACUUAUAUCUGUGCCAUUUUUCCCAAUUGGCUAGUGUGAGGCAGAGUUGACAUUUUUGCCACAGUGUCAACAGGCAGAGUUGAUACGUCGAUUGAUCUGACGUGAGUGAUUAUUGUGUCCUUGUGGUCACUCUUGCUUAGGUCUGGGCGAUAUGGCCUCAAAUUAAUAUCAUGAAAUAUUGAGCAGUUAACCUGGAUAACGAUAAAUGGACGAUAACUACUCCACAAGCUGCUCACCCCCUCCCACAUUAACUUUGUCUACUUUAGCCGCCACAACUUUUGAACCGUCCUCCAUCUCCCCAUCUGUCUUUCCCUCUUUGUUACCGACUGGAUGGGGUGGAGUCACGUCUCCGACCUGUGACAGCGUCUUUAAAGGACAUGAGACCAUAGCCUACCUACACUUGUCCAAAACCAACAUUUAUUUAUUUUUUUUUUUGACAUUAAAUAUAUCGACAAGGGCAAAAUGACGUCGGUUACUGUUGUAAAUCGGUAUCGGUAAAUUUUUCGGUUUAUCGCCCAACCCUACUUUUGCUGAUCGUCAAGAUAAUUGUUGUUUUGGUCUUGGAACCAAUCAGAAUCCAGUACAGCCAGGAUAAAAUAACCUUUGUAAAUUAAGCUAUCCUUUGAUAAGAUAAAGCUACUUGUGUGUGCUGGUCAUACCUGCGUAGCUAAAUCUAUAUUGUGUAAACUGACGAAUCCACAGCUCAUUUGUAAUCAAAGCAAAGUUGGCCCUGAAGUCUCUGAAUUGUCUUGAAUCAAAUCCCGCAGCACUUUCUUAUUCUCCCUCUUUAAUUACUUCAGUUUCACACUUUCUAAAUAAAGAUUAACAAACCCAAAAGUGACGGGCUAUAACAACAACCAGUUUGUCCUACAAACAUAGAAAGCUGUGUCUUGAUCGGACACCUGUGGCAGUCGAUGCUUUAUAAAGUGAAACAUUAGAAGUGGUAAAGUUCAUCCUGGGUGUUUACAGCGGAGGCCUGCAUUUAACGGAGUGUAAAGGGAUAGUCCUCGCGCAUUAUGUAAUAGUUUUAUCUGGAACAGCCCUCGCCCUCUCUCCACACUGGCCUGACCCUCUGUUAGAUCAUCAGUUACUGUUACAGUGUCAGGGCUCCGCUUUAAGACGUCAUUUACACCCUGUGGAAUCCGGAGCGACGUGCACACAGACACACACUAAACAGAAACAUGAAUAAAGUGUAUAAUGUUUCUGAGUCAUAAAACUGGUAGUAUGUGUCUGCAUUAAGCAGGUUCUUGCAGGAACUUAGCCAGGAUUCCUCCUAAGUUUGUUUCUGCUUCAUAGCCAUGCAGAGUUCCUCUUGGUGCUUAACCUCUUGCAGACGUAGACAUCGUGAAAAAGAUCUAGAGGUUGUAAUCGAUCCUUUCAGAGUGACUCCUGUCCAUCAACACAUUGGGUUUAUUUGUUUAUGAUGUGUUAACACAGAGGCUGGUGGAUGUACUCUACUGCAACCUUUUUUAUGCAAAUAUUUAACACUCUCCUCCCCUUUCUUUAUGCACUCAAAAAAGCCUGAAGUUCAUAUAUUCUUGCACAUAUAGAGGCUUUAUUCACACUUGACAUACAAGCCGCAUAAGCGCUGCGUGGCCUCUUCUACAGAGGGGGUCAAAUCCUUAAAAGUUCAAAGACUCCUGUGUCCCUUCAGGCAGACAGGAUUGCUGAUAUAUUACAGCCAUUACUUUUGAAUGUCUCAUGUUUCAAAUUAAUCUUCCAUACAGUUCAAAGAGCGUUUUACCACUCAGUCAAUCAAUCAAGACACACACGAAAAAAUGCAACAAGGAAUUCAAGGCGAUGCAGCACGCUUUUCAAGACUUUUCAUUUCUUACUUACUCUUAUUUGCUGUUUUUCUUUGCCCCGAAUCUGUCAAAGGUCAAAAGAGUCCAAACCCUGCCCCUUAAAUACACAAAGUCCUUGAAACUUUGAUUUCCUCCGGAGCAUUGCCAGAAGAUUACUGCUGAUAAUCUACCGUUAAUACAGACGUCAUAAUGAAGCUGACAUAAACAGUGAAAAACAUUUUAAUGUGAUUGAUGUCAACCUUUUGACCUUUUGGAAACUUGGAUCCUUGUUUUCUUCAUGUGACUUUAUUUGGAUCUUUGUUUCCUGUUCGGGGGACAAAGGAGGUUGUUGUUUGUCGCUAAUCUUUUCAAUCAAAACCACAAUCAGCGAACAGAGCUUGAUUAGAGACUUGGAAGCAGGUUUACUCAGGAUUUAAACUUAAGACUGGAUGGUUAUUAUUCUCAAAAUUAAAGACGAUGAUCUAUGAUUUGUUGGUUUGAAAACAUGACGCCUUCUCCUUGUUUUCGAGUGUAAGAUUUCACCCUUGUAAGAUGUUUGGUCCUCCUGCUGUCUCUGUAACCUUUACAAGCCUGGCAUGUCAUCAUUUUCACCCAUUGGCUCCGGGUUUUGGAUAAUUCCCUGUAUAAUGUGAUUCUCUGUGAAUGGCAUGCUGUUCUGCUAAGGAUUAACAGUUUGGAGGGGGAAAAUCUAACAGCAGAACUUUGAGUCAUUAGCCCUAGAUUUCCUCUAAUUAUCCUUGGAUUGGGGCCGAUGAAUCAAGUGAGUGAUGUUUGAGGGUUAAAAAAAACAUCCUGAUUUUAUUUUGUUGAAAAUCCUCUGAAUGAAAAAGAAGAAAAAGAAGAAGUAAGGGAGGAGGUAGAAAGAGAGGAGGAGAGACGAGACAUGGAAGAGUAGAGGAGAUGAGGCGUGACCAGCAAAGCAGAGGGUAAUGACUGCACAGGCACAGUGUGUGUGUGUGUGUGUGUGUGUGUGUGUGUGUGUGUGUAUCGCACAGCCAGGCACAGAGAAAUGAGACAAUAAGCUGCACAGUGAGUGGCAGGCUGAGAUGGCACCUAUUGUGAACACACAUGAGUUUGCAACAUGUGCACACUCACACACACACACAUUGGGGUUGUUACUGAGCCGGUGCAGCUGAAUGGGGUCGUUUGUGGUGUCUGUUACAGAUCAUAAGUAGAGAAAAAGCUCAACAUGUUUGACUGAUCCCAAUGAAAGGUGAUUUUUCAUUGAAUAAGUCAUAAAUAAAUGUGCUGUAACUGUCACCAAGGACUGAAACCAAUAAUUGUUGCCCAUGCAGAUCAGUUUGUCCAUUUCUUUCUAUGAUACUAGUGAAAAUGUUCUAUAUUCGACACCCAAAUAGAUCAUUAAAUGGCUUUUAUUUGUAAUUACUGUAAACUACAGUAAAAUACCUCUUGGAUCAUUACUCAUAAUCCAGAAGAGGUUCAUGGUGGUGUCAGUCUGCAGAGAGUGUGUGCACUCUGUCUGUGUUUUUAAAAUGUAACUGCUAUUUAAAGCUCCUUUAAGGUCUUUUUUAGACAUUUAUGGAAAUGCCUGAAAUAUAUAGCAGUGCCUUUUUAUGAUAUCCUAAAAGAACAAGACUAUCAGUAAAAAUCAACAAUAUUUAUGUUGAAAUUUUGAACGCCUGAAACAGAUGCGAGGGGACAGGUGUCAGAGGAGUGAGUGAGUGAGGGACCAGCCCUGGUUUUACAAUUUCCACAUAAAAUACUCACAAUGACGGACAGAUUUGGAUGAUUUUCUUGCCAAAAGACACUAACACACUAUUCAAGCAUGACAGGGACAAGAUAAGUGAACUCUGCUUCGUCCACCGGGAGGCGCUAGAAUUGACCUCACAGGAGCUUUAAACAAUAACUUCUCACUUUUCUGUUUUCCAUGUUUAUUUUAGCAUCUCUCUCUUUCUCUCUCUCUCUCUCUCUCUCUCUUAACUUUUUGUUGAUUGACCUCUGCUGCUCGUCCACUUUCCUUCAUUAACCUUUGCCUCAGAUUGAAAAUAUGAGUGUGGGCGACGUUUAUAUGGAGGUUUUUGUGCUUUUCAACACCAUUGUACAUCAGAAUAUUAAAUAUUAAAUAAUUUUAAGGCACCCGGUAUCAAAAGUUUUAAAGAAAACGGCCUAACUCCAGAAUGAGUAACAUAACAUUAAAGUGAGUUAUAUAAUCUUUCCUUGUGUUUAACAUCAGGAGACCAUAGUUUAUGUUUAUGGCCACUUUUUUUUUUUUUUUUUUUUUUAAAGAAAAGACUAAUUUUUGUAGCCACAAGUAGGCCAGGUUAGAGUACCCACACAGAUACACACACAUGGCCCUGGUUACUGCAAUAUGUAGAGCAGUGAUUGAUGGGGAAACCAAAAACCACCUAAACAGGAGGAAAAGGGGGGGAGUGGAGGAACAAAGAGCAAGUGAGGCAGCUGGGGAGAGUAAGAUGACUGAGUGGAAGGAGACAAGGAGGGAUAAACACUCGCAAGAAGUACAGGAGGAGGGUGUGAACAAAUGGACUUCCUUCUGUGUUGUUGUACACUGCGGACACACCAUCACUUUCUCUCAAACUUAUUCUUCCUCUUUUCAGUCAUUCUUAUAUAUAACAGAUGCCCACUCUCUAACUCUCUCUCUCUCUCUUUCUCUCUCUCUCUCGUAUGUUGGCUAACCAUAACAAGCUGUGGUGACUGUUUUGUUUUGGUUUGUGUGCCUGAAUGAAACAUGCGAGCAGUGUGUGUCAUCUUGUGCACAUGUUUAUGAAGGUGUGUGUGUGUCUGCAGGAGGUUUGUGGGUCUUUGCAGGGGAGUGUUUCCAGACUUUAGGGGGUCUAAAAGAUAUAUUGGAGACAUACUUACUAAUAGACACACUGGGCCCCUUUUUCAUACACACUCACACACACACUCCAACACACACCGCCAUCCCACCAUGAGGCCCUUUCCUCCAGCUUUGCUGCUCUGGGUCUUUUACAGCUUAUAGACACAAAUCGGCUCUUUCACUCAGUGGAGCGUAAUGUAAUAAAGAUUUACAGCUCCUGAUUUUUCUCUCCACUUAUAGAGCGGCAUUCUUUAAAAUUUGGGUCAGGGACUCAAAGGUUUAUCAGAGGAAAAUCAAAGUGGGUCAAACUCACAUUAUAGACCCACAAAGAUGAAAAGUUUUGUACAUAUGGCUGAAGAAAGGAUGCUUCAGUCAUGUUGCUUUUAAUACUUUCAGGUUAGUUUCAGGAGUUUCUGUGCUGGAUGCUUCAGCUGUUUGGUGCGGCUGUGCAGUCAGCUCCAUUACUCUGGCUUGUGCUUUUUUUUCCAGUCCAUUUUUUUUUUGGAAACAAAGAAAUGAAAAGUAAUUUGAAGAAACUAUGGCAGGUCAAAUGUUUCAAAAAAUCGAACCAGAGCGCAGAUAGUUUUAGAUAAAUACAUGGAAAUAAUGUUGGGAAAUGCCCUUAUAUUGGCAUUAAAAAUUUGGCAUUGGAACUUAUUUAGCACAUGCAUGCCAAGAUUGCUAUAGACAUGCAUGUUAUUUAACUCUGGAAGUUUAAAGAUUUUCAUGAGCGAACAAACCAGUAAAACUGUGAAUCAAUCAGGACAUUCAAAAUAUUUUAAAAGGCUUGCUACUUUAUUCCAAAACAACCUGAUAAACUUUAUAAAUGGUCCGUGUAUUAUACGUCUAUUCAAUUAUUCCAUUCAGUCUAGUAAAUGAAAAAUGAAAAAACAAGUCAAUAUUUUGUUAGUUUUUCUGUAUAACCAAAAAAUAAAAGACUAGUGUUAUAUAAUAAAUAUAAUAUAUAAUAGAGAUGGAAAAGAAAACAAAAUAAUAAAUCUACUUUUAGUUUUUGCGUUAUUGAUGUCCCCAUUUCCCAGGGUGCCUUUCUACUGUUCGCACAUGUGCAUUGUGCAACAAAGUAGCCAACAACGUGGACCAAAGACUCCAGGCCAGCGCGGUAGAGAAAGGCUAACCUGCUGUCAUGGAGAUGGACGCAUCCUACGUAUUAUUCAAAGCCGCCAGGAGGGUCACGCUGAAGGAAGGCAUGACUAUGGAAAAAAUUACAACCAGAGCUCUGUUACAACGUAAGAUUUUGGCACUCGAACCGCUUUGUCGCAUCUUUGCCAUGGUAACUGUCACUGAGGAUCAUGGGAAGGCCAAUGUAGCCUCCAUGCACGUAUGCUCUAAACAGUCGCACUCAAAAUCAGAAACUGUUAAUAAGAUUUAUUAUUUCGUUUUCGUUUUCCUUCUCUAUUAUAUAUUUUACUUUGAGCUGAUGAUACGAAAACAAACACUAAUUUUUUUGUUUUUUGGUUAUACAGAAAAACAAAUAAACAAAAUAUUAACUUUUUUUUGUUUUUCAUUUACUAGAUUGAAUGGAAUAAUUGAAUAGAUGGCUAAUUCAUGGACCAUAAAUACAUACUUUAUCAUAAAUGCAUUAUUUUUCCACCCACUGAUGUGUCUCUUUCCUCCUGUUAUGAAUUGGUUUCUCUUACAUAAACAAAUCUACUUCACUGUUACGUAAUCAAAACCCAGAGAAACAGACAAUUUUUGUGUCAGACAAUCACAUACAAUCAAUCAAUUUCUCUUGAAGACAGAGAGAUUUGGAGAUUUAGACUACCUACCUCAUGAGGGUUUACCCACUCAAAAAAUAGAAAUAAAGAUAUAAUACAAUCAGGUACGAUUUAUCCAUGUUGGUUAGUUUCUGAAUUUCCUGGCGCUGGUUUCGUUGUCCUCUAUUACAUCCUCCAUCCAUCUGGUGCUGUUUGUGCCAUUCACUCGCUGGGGGUGCAAAAUACCACAGAAGAAGACCAGGGCAGAUGAUCAGUGAGUGUUAAAGCACAGCGGGAAGUCCAGACUAGACGAGUCGAUCAGAGAGUAUCAGCUUACAGCCUCUCUGCAGGAAGCUGCAUAAUGCCUUAACACCGCUGAUUCGGUUUCUGCCAGCCUGUCUGUCUGGCUGCCUCGCUGUGUGAAUGUGAAUGUACAGUAUGCAUGUGUGUUCAUGUGUGUGUCCUCAGAUGAUAGAACCGAAAUAGGGGUUUACGUACUCGAGAUGUCACUAGCACUGAGAUGUACUUCUCACAAAUCUGAUGAACUUAAAGAAAUGGAGCUAAAAGGAUGCUGGGCUUAUAGAGACACGCUGAGAAGAAGUGUGUGUGUGUGUGUGUGUCAGAGAGGAGGCAGCAGAUUUGAGCUCAUCUUGGUUAGGUGUGUGUUUGUGUGGAAGUAAAAGAGGGAGAGGAGAAAGGAUGGAGAGAGAGAGAGAGAGGGCGUCUCUGAGGCAAACAAACUCAAAUCUCAUGAUGUUUUGAAGCUCAGAAGAGAAAAAAUGGAGUGAGUGAUAAAAAAGGAGAGAAAAAUCAUGCGUCAUGGAUCAAUUUAAUCCGUAAAUCUGUACCACAGUUUUGUUAUUUGUGAAAUAUUCUGGGAUAUGCACAUUAACUGUCUCUCACAUCGCCUUCUCUGUGUUUGCAAGUUGUGUACCCUGCCCAUUUUGUGCACUAGAAUGAAGAGGGAAACAUUAAUAAUGUAUUAGGAAACCCCUUUAGACUUGCUGUCUGCUCACAUUUAUGGAAACACACAUGCACAAACACACACGCACACACACACACACACACACACACACAGUAAGAGAGGGCAGAGAAACACACAGAAAGAGGGAGAAGUAAUCUCCUCGUGCCCUGAGGGAGGUGUCUCACAGUGAAACGGGUGGUCAGGGUCUUUUCUAAGUGCUGCUGGGAAAUGGACUGUUUACUUCCAGUCAGUCACGUGACCUCCAGAUAACGUCAUGUGACCGCAGAGUCAUGUGAUCAUAAUAAAGAAAGGAGGGCGAGCACAUGCGUGGACAUUCUCUCAUUCUCUGUGUUGCUAAUGGGCCAUCAUCUGCAGAGUGGUUUCUGCAGGAUGAAGGGAUAAGCUCACACACACACACACACACACACACACACACACACACACACACACACACACACACACACACACACACACACACACACACACACACACACACACACACACACACACAGAUCCACACAUAUUAAUGCACUUAGAAACACACAGGGGCUUUUAGACUUUCUCAGUGUGCAUGUGUGUGUAAGUCAUAUGAUAUAGAUGAGGGCCGGGGUUAUACAAUGUGACAAUAUGAGAUCAUCCUAAUCUUUGAAGCAGCUCACAAGGUUUUCUAAUAGAUUUAUAACAUUUCUAAAGAGCUGAUGUGCUCGAAUCUUUGCACCACGGAUGAUGGGAUAGGACUGGAUUAGUCAAGUCAAAACAACACCUAAUGAUUUACUCAUCUUCGCUGUGAUUAUAGCAUUAGAAAGUACCGCCAUUUUCUGGAAUUGUGGGAUUUGGUGGCUCUGUAUUUUUAAACACCAUGAAUCAUUGAUGCUGAGCUUGUGCUUUGUCUCAGAUGCUUCGCCCUAAUGCGCUGGCUGCUUUUUUCCCUGUCUUAAAUGUUUAUUCCAUGUUCAGAUGAAGUAUUUACAUAAAUCAACCCCCAGGCAACAAUUCAGAACAUCUUACUGUGUGUGUAAAAGUUAGCGGACUGUUUUAUUUUUGUGAAUGAAGCAUAAGGGAAAGUUUAAUUUGAGGUAAGGUAUCCUUCAUUGCCUCCUGUUUUUUUUAGCAACGGUUGCUAUGGUGAUAAUCCUGACAAUAUUCGCGGGUGUAGGUGUCUAGCCUCCAACGUCUGAUCUUGCGUCACCUUAUCAACCCUCUUGCUUCUUUAAAUGGACCUCCAUGUGAAGCUGGUUUUUCUUGCUGCCUUUUUCUGUAGUCUUCAUCAGCUUUACUCAGUUAUACUCAAAUAUACACAGACUGCAUCCGUGUCAGCACAGCAGCUCCCCAUGUACGUGUGUCUGCAGACCAGACUGUAAUUACAUCCUCUAAAAGGGUCACAGACAUUUUGAAACACUCAAAAUUUGUGCCUUGAUUUGCUCUCAAAAAACACGACUCUGUUUUUUCAGGUUUAUUUGGAACAUGUCAAUUUUGCUUUCAUAUCCGCUGACACCUACAUGUGACUGCUAGUUACUCUGUAAAACCAUCAUUUCACAAAAAAAUUCACUUUAUUUUGUUACUGUCAGGCAUCAGAUUCAGUCUAUUUUGGGGUCAGUGAUGUGCCGAAUGUGUCAACUACGGUUAGACACGGAGCUGAUGAAGCAAUUAGAAACACCACUUUUCAAAAAGGUUAAACAAAUUAGCAUAAAUGUGCACACUUUUACCAAUACAAAAGAUGGCUAGCAAGUGUUGUAACAGCGCCAGUUGUUAUGAGUUCAGGCUUUUCUUUGAGUCAUAACCGAUUACGAGAAAACAAACCCAUAGGCUAGACUUUCCUGAAUGCAUGACUCCCUCUACACACAUGCUCAUGUUAAAAUGCCCGCACGUACACCCUCACUCACUUUACAAGACGUGACCCACCCACACUGCCCUUUGCAUGCUUGUUUAUGGAAGUAUAAGUGGUCGAGCUGGAAUGCCCGUUAAACUUUGUUUGUAGGACUUUUCUUAGACGCUAGUCUGCUGCACGAUGGAAGAAUGCUGAUCGUAACUCUCACUGGGUGGUUAUGAUGCUCCUACUGUAAAAAGACUCUGUUGAAACCUGGUGUCACUGUUAUAAAGUAAAACCAACGACACUGAGGAGGUUAUUGAAAGUCAUUUUUGCAUCUGUUGUUGAAAGGCCAGUCAGGGGUUGUGUUUUUGUGUACUUGUGUACUGCAGAAUGGUCUUAGCUAAUAUGUCAUCUCAUAUGUUAUCACUUUUUUUCUUCUUUUGGGGAAUGUACAGGAUAGGAGAAGAUUAGCAAAAUAUAAAAAGUACCACUAAGCAAUGCAUGUUUAGUUAAUAGUUAAUACAGUCUAUUGAGCCAGUUAAAUGCUCUGUCUCAGCUGUACCAUAUCCACCUCCAGCAAGCAAGGGCUUCAGCUCGAAGAAGACUGAAAGCUAGUGGAUCUACGUAACUCUGCUAACCUCAGUUUUAUCUAUGUGUUACCAAAUCAAGUUUGAAAGUGUCUUUGUGGAAAACAGCGCUGAUCAUUUUUUUUGACUGAUAAUGUCUCACAACAUUAUCGUCAGAUUUAUUCACAAUGAAAAGUUACAGCCCUACACUCCUCAAUAAUCGCCACUCUUGUUUUGAUGCUUAUAGAUGCAGUUUCAGUUUUCAUGUCAGUGUGGUUUUAAAGUAAAGAAUAUCCCUGACAUUUAUUUUUUUGUUACUGUGUUUUUACAUUUAACUUCACACUCAGAAUUUAGGUAUCUAAACAAAAUGGCAGAAACCGCAGUGUGAUAUUCUCUAUUGAACAAGGCAUAUUUAUACCAAAGGAAAAACAUAUCUUGCUUUGAAAACAAGCACUGAACCUUAUUUGACUCCAGAAUAAAAUAAAAUUAGUUUAUUUUUAAAUCAGAAAGUCACAAGGUGCAGCUGAGAGAGAUAAAGCCUGCUCUGUGGUGAUAAAAAGGAACCACAUCAGAAAUAGAGCCCCAGACUCUAAUGCAUGUUUGUGGCGUCUUUGAGCAAAGAUGAAAGGACAGUCUGCAGUUUUAUCCACAUCCUCUCCUGGUGCUUCUUUUUUAAUGUCAUCGAGCACCCAUUUUCAAAGCACCUUGUUCCGUCUCUCAGCACACUUGUAUUUCAGUGGCAUGUUUGGAAGUUGUCAGAAAAUGAUUGUAGUUUGAAAGUACUUUUUUUUACUCCACUACUUUCCUCUCCUCCUGUCUUGUUUUGGUUUCUCUGUUAAUGAGCUUUCCUCUCCCCCUCCUCAAAACCAUUUCCUACCUAAUUUGAUCGCUCUCACACUCACCGCCUAAGUGUUGGACUAUUAAUGGAACAUGUUUUUUUUUCUGUUAAUGGUUUAUCUCUACAGACUGCACAUCAACAAUACUCCCUUAGUUGUUUGAUGACUGACUUUCCUCCUCUUCUCUCUUGGUUGUAGGAUCGCAAGCUCUCCAAGUCGGAGCGUCAGCGCUUCAAAGAGGAAGCGGGGAUGUUAAAGGGUCUCCAGCAUCCUAACAUUGUCCGCUUCUAUGACUCCUGGGAGGGACCGUGCAAAGGAAAGAAAUGUAUUGUUCUGGUCACUGAGCUAAUGACAUCUGGCACACUGAAAACGUGAGUAUUAAAUGGAUAAAUGAUUUUCCAACAUGUGUGCUUUUUGACCUUUGUGGAGGGAACUAUAUUUAGCUGACCAACAUGUAGCAUGUUUUUGUAGUUCUACAUUUGGCCAAUUUUGCACUAAAAUUUAAAGCUGGAUUGAUACUGAGCUAAUCACUCAAUGGAAAAGUAAGUCCAAAAUGUAUAGUAUCAUAUCGUAUCGUAACGUAUUGUAUCAUAUCAUAAUGUAACGUAACUUAACGUAACAUAACGUACCAUAGCAUAACGUAUCAUACUGUAUCGUAAUGUAACGUAACUUAACGUAGCUUAACGUAGCAUAACGUAACAUAACGUAUCGUAACGUAACGUAUCGUAACGUAACGUAAAGUAACGUAUAGUAAUGUCAUGUAUCGUAGCAUAAUGCAAGGUAUCGUAAUGUAACAUAUUGUCUCGUAAUGUUAUGUAUUGUAUCAUAUUGUAAUGUAAUGUAACUUAACUCAACAUAACAUUACAUAACAUAAUGUAUUGUAAUGUCAUGUGAUGUAACGUAACAUAAGUUAUCGUAAUGUAACAUAUCGUAACGUAAUGUAACGUAUCACUUAGAUUUGAUCUUCUUGUUUUCCAUUUUAGCUUGAUUGAAAAUUGCACACAGCCUGCCCAUCCUAAUUGUCUGUUUUUGUCUAUUAAUAGAAACAUAAUCUUAGUGAUCAUGCUGUAAAGCCCUACUGCUUAUAGACAGUUCAAGUUGGGUUAGGUACUGCUGCAGGUGCAUCUUGUUUUUUUAAGCAACUUUUUAGUUGGCAAAAUGUGUCACCAAGACAAAUGCACGUCAAGCCAGUUUGUGUAUAAUCCAACUGGUUCAAGCUCUUAUACAGGACUAGACUAGGAAAACUGGAUCUUCUACUCCAGCUAAAUUGGAUACAGACGUCAGACUGAUGUAUACGCACGUCAGACCGAUGAACGCAGAGCUGCUCAUGUGCAACAUUUGCUUAAAAAAGGACUGCUUAAAAUUCUAGGUAUCACCACAAAAGCGAGAAGUUUACAAAAGAUGUUGUUGCUUGUCACAAGCUGGGAUGGAAAAGCACUUGUAGAGGUUGUUUUUCACUGCUCAUCACACUUUUUGUAGUGCAUAAAGACGAGCACUUAUCCUAAGUAGAACCUUUUGAGCAGCUUUUCCCCCCUUUGCUUUGUGAGGACACUUUCAUUAUAGAUGAUGACUCACCUCCAUUUUUGUUGUUUAACAAAAUAAAUAAAAAAACACAGUUAAGUUGCCCUCAUUCAUGUCAAGCCAAUCUGCAGCUCUUUUUGAUUUCAGCUGUUCAAAUGGUCUUUCAGUGUUGUAAGCACCUGAGGUCCCAGCUGGAGAUCAGAACUGGGUGCAGCUGUUUGUGGGUCAGCCUGUGUGUGUGACUCAUUACAUGUUCAGAAUGUGUGUACGUGUUUGUUAUGUGCAGUAUGUGUCUGGCUGAAGGCCUGCAAAUGUGGGUUUCAAUGUCUGUUCCCUAAUGAGGUGUUUCAAGUGUCAAAUACACCAGAGGAGUUUUUCAGGCUGAAGAAUCGUCCUAACGUGUAACAGGCUGUACUGUACAUGCGUCUGUUUUGUAUGUAAAUAGCAGGAGCGUCCAAUAGCAGGCGACUGAUCCGUCAGUUGAGGUCAUUGUCCACGCUGUGACCGCAUGACAGUCUUUAUAGAAUAGAUGUGUGUCUGUGAAUGUGAUUGUUGGGCUCCUGACACAAUAAAAGGCUACAGUAAAUGUCCGGCAUGUGGCGGGCGGCGUGUCCUGUGCGGCGCGUCGUGGGGACACUGGCCCACCUGCCAGCUGCUGCUUCUGCUGCAGAUUCCUCUCAUUCCUGACAGACAGAAAAAAGGGGAGGGGUCGAAAUGAGGCGAGCUGGUGGGGGGCUGAUUAAUGAUCGGACUGAUGCUUAUAUUCAGAGGGGUUUAGGAAGAGAUUCAGACAUAAUAAGAGAGGAAGCUUAAGUGUCAAUCAGCCAGAGAGGUGAUCAAUAGACAGAUAUAAAACUAGACAUCUGUCCUAAAAGCAGCUUGACAGAGGGGCUCAUAAACCCACAUACCACCUAUGACCACAAAGUAGAGAAUAAAAACCAUCUGUACUGAAGUACUUAGGGAAGUAGCGCCCUCCACUGGACCAAACAAGCUUUGUUUAUCUGUUUUGAACAUGCAGAAGCUGAGUAAAUGCUUUUAUUCUGCAUCUGUGCAUCAUUUUUCAGACAAAACCUCGAACUUUUCUGUCUCUUUUUACUGCAAACCGUGUAAAAAGCUGGGAAAUGAAAGUACUAUGAGGUUUUUAGGAAUAAAACAUAAGGCCUUGGGCUAGAAUGAAUCACCUUCAACAAAAGCCAUUAACAAAAACUGCCUUGACAUUAUCAACGAUAAUGAGGCAACAUAACAUCAUUUGUGUGUCUUGUUUCCUACAAUCAAAACUUUUAACCAAAUAUAUGCAGCAUAAAACAACAAAAGAAUUAAAAGCAGCUGUUAUUCACAAAAUAAUUUGGAUUGAAUUGUUUUUCCUGUUUACUUUCUUCAUCCAGAACAAUUUAUCUAGGACAUAAAGUUUCCUCAAAUGCAGAUGUGUUCCCCUGUGCGUAUAAUCCGUGCAUGCACAUAUAUGAACAGGGUCAGUGCUCCGGGGAUUUGGCUGUCAUCCAGAUGAAGCCUGAAAAAGGAGAGGGGACCGCUGGACGCCGGAGAGGUGGAAAAAUGAAAGUGAGAUGAUGAGAGGGAGGACUGAUAGGGAAGGAGGGAGACAGUGAGGAUGGAAACACUGACCAGAGCAGGCUCAGGGUAUUAGGGGCCUCUUAUCUUUGUGUGUCCAAGCAUCUGUGUGAGUGUGUGUGUGUGUUACAGAGACAAAGACAUGUGAUUGUACUUUCUUUUUCUUGUGUGUCUGUGUAUAAAUACUUGCCAUUCAUGCGUGAAAAUGUACUGUAUGUACUGUUCACAUUCUGUGUAUUCAGAUAUACCUACAUGUGUGUUGAAAAGGGAGCACGGUUGAGCGGCUCUGUGUAGAGCGGUGCUUUGUUCAGCAUCACCCCGACAUCGCAUGCCACAGGGUUUAACUUUUCUGUCAACGGUGUUCUGAAUCCAGACAGAUAGGGGAAGAAAGUAGAAGAGACGAGCGGAGGAGAGGAGGCUGUUAAGGUAAAGAGAUGGAAGGUAGAGAGGGAGGAAGAGGAGGAGACGUGCUGCUUCUGAGGAGAUAAGUGAGAAUGGGAUGUGGAGCGUUAGGAAACGGGGGAAGAUGUCGCAUAAAUACAAAGUUUUUUCUUGAGAUAUGUCUGCUUAGAUUUGCUCCACACCCCGAAGGCAGACUCUGUGUUAGAUAUGUGGAUUCACCAAAUUCUCCUGUUUAUAAUAAACAACCAUCAUCACCCCUUUAAAGUCAGCGGACACUCUGUGUGCCUAAGGAUUUCAGAAGUAAAUUUGGAGUCAUAAAACAAGGAGAAAUGUAUCCAAUCUAGUUGGAUUGUCUUCUUGUCUUCUGGAGUUCAAGGAUGCCAUUAGGACUGAACGCUGUAGAGGCAUUACAUAAAGAAAUAUAAGGAGACACCUGCAGCUGCACUACUUGCAGGAGAGGAGACACAUUUUAAACCUCACCAGCUCCUGUUAUUUUGGAUGAAGCUGUGGUAAAACCGGAACAAUCGUGUGAGAACAGCUCAGUACUUUUGACUUAUAGCUGUUUUAUUCAGUAAAUGUGUCAAUCAUGACCCACUUCCACUCACUUAUUUCCUGCUUUUCUCUAUCUCAUGCAGUGAACGAAUUCUCCAACAAAAGCAAUUUCAAGACACAAUUAGCAGCUUUUGGGACUUUUAAUGGGUUUUUCAUUGUUUACUGACGGUCUCAGACUUGGCCUUGUUUGUGUGUUGACAUUCUCAUUGUUAAAGGAAAGAGCUGACCUUGUAUUGAGUUUAAAUAAAGCUUUCGUUAACAAUCUACUUAAGUGAAGGAGAUGCUCUUGAUAACUAUGCUCAGUCUCAUAACAGUCCUUGAUAAAACACACUCUGAACUAUUGUGUUUUUCUUUAAAACGGGUACAAGGUCACAUCUAAAUCUGUGCAGUUUUGACAGCCAGUGAUGGAGCACAGAGUCCCCGUUACUUGUGUGGGCUUCAUUUUGAGUGAUGGAUCUACAGCGACUGUGUUGUUAGAUCAGCUGUUCACACUCAGGAUCUGUUCAUACAGUAAGAGGAGCGGCCACCAAUGCUAGAGCCAGACUCACUGAUGCUGCUGUGCAUCGGGUGGUGAAGAUAACAACAGUCUCUGCAGUUUUCAGCUCUCAUUUAUUAUUCAAUUUGACCAAAAUCUAAAACAUUAACUUAAAAUGUGUGAAAAAUUUAAAGCACAAUGACUCAAAGUGCUUGUGAGUUAACAACAAGAAAUUGUCUUCACAUAGUUGGCUUUGAUGAGUCUGAGCUGAGAAUAUACAUCAUACCUCCAAGCCAAAAAUUUGCUUUUUAUUCAAAAUAUUAAUUUAGACAGGGUGAUUAAAAGCAACAUUCAGAUUCAUUUUAGAAACUCCCUAAACUCUUAAAAAUGAGUUACUACAGGGUCCCUUUUCAUCUGAAUAUGCAUCUGAAUUUGAUAAGUAGCCUGUCAAGUAAAUGAGAGUGAAGGAAAACCAAUAGGGACGUGUUGGUAUGCCGCUAUGUUCCUCACAUGGUCACGUUUUAGGGGUCGUUGGGUUUCUUCUAGUUUACUCCCACAUUCCAGAGUGGUACAUACCAGGUGGACUGAAGGCUCACCCACAGGUGUGGAUCUGUGUGCGACCUGUCAGAGGGUCUCACUGACUUAAACCCUGGAAAAUGGUGCAAGUCUGUACCAACAUAUGACUUUGAUGAUAAAGUGGAGGGAAUCAUCAGAAAACUCCACUUGAGAAACCCUGUUUUUAACAUCACUGAUUAGGUUUUAAUUACAUGUUUUUAAGAAGUUAAAUCUGUUUCCAAGCAGUUAAUGUCAGUAUCUUUAUGUUGAAACCAUCCAGUGUAUCUGACUGCCUGUGACAGUUUAUUUUGUGUUUGUUUUUAUUCACUUGUUUAUGUCAGUAUUCAUGAAGCAUCUAUUUGGAGAAGAAUUGUCUUACUAUAAUCCACUGGCUUUUUAGAGCUCAUCUUUAAUUUAGACUUUAAUUAAAAGCAUAGUUUGUGUUAUUGUCUGGAUUGUGCUGCCCUGCUGUGAAAGAAAAUCAUUCUCCCUGCAAUAAUGUUCCUGUAGGAGACAAUUAAAAUAGUCAUAUUAUCAUCUGAGUGCCCCUCAACCUCAAGAAAGUGGUGUUACGAAUGAGGUAUGGCAUGCACAAUAGGGCAGUUUUGUUUUUGUGCUUUUGUUACGUCAAACUCUUAAAUAUGAAACCAGCUGGGAUUGAUUCUGUCAAACAAAAGGCCACUUGACCUGGACCUUGGAUCACUGUAAAGUAUUUGUUUAGCUGAACCUGCUGCUGUCUCUACAGUAUUAUACAUGUAAUCCUGUUUGGCUGACAUGCUCUAUUGUGUGCCAUCCUCCCUGUCUUGCAGCUACCUGAAGCGUUUCAAGGUGAUGAAAAUCAAGGUGCUGCGUUCCUGGUGCAGACAGAUCCUCAAAGGUCUCCACUUCCUUCACACCAGAGCCCCGCCUAUCAUACACAGGGACCUGAAGUGUGACAACAUCUUCAUCACAGGGCCCACGGGCUCGGUGAAGAUAGGAGACCUGGGUUUAGCCACGCUGAAGAGGGCCUCAUUUGCAAAGAGUGUCAUAGGUAAGAAAACUUUAGAGACAAAUACUUUUACAACAAAAAGGACUUUGUUUUGAUUGAACGUUGAAGAGCAACAUAACCGAAACUGGACUAAGGGGAUGAGGUGUAACUUUAGUUAACCCAUGUGUCUACUGAUUUGAACAUGUUGUAUGGUGCACAAUAAACUACAAAGUGCUGUCACACACACACAAGCAAAAAUACCAAAAAGACAUAAAAUCUCAAAAUACACUCAAGAACCAAAUCAGCAAAAAGAAUCGUAACAAAAUAAAAACCCGUAAAUCAAAGAACCCCCAAAACAAAGAAUCCUGAACAGUAAAGGAACCCAAACAUCAAAAGAUCCUCAGGAAGGAUGAACCCACAACAGUGAAACAGUGAAAAAAAACAACAGCAUUAAAUAAACAAAUGUCACAAACCAAAAUAAAACAAACAAUCCUGCCCAAAGACCCUGUCAUCAAAAGAAGUAAAACACAAACCCAAAGUCAAAAGAACCCAAAUAAACAUCAUAACAACCAAAAAAACAAAGAACAAAGAAAGUUUAAAAAACAGCAUGACCACAACAAAAAAACUUUUCCUCAUCAAAGGACAGAAAAUUACACCCCAAAGUAAAACAAAAAAACAAACAAACAAACAAAAAAACAGGAACAAGUUCCAAACAGUGAAAUGCAAAAAAACCCCACAAAACCAGAAGAACCCAUUAAAACAAAAGACCCCAAACAACAAAAUCAUGCAAAUCUGAAGUAACCUGAAACAUAAACACCUCACUGUAAAGAGAACCCAAACAUAAACACUUAAUCAAGACACAAAACAACAAAAGAACUCAAUGAAUCAAAACAUCUGAAGCAACACAAUAACCCACAAUGCUGCUGUAAUAAGCCAGGCAACAUGAAUAACUCUCCUGCAUGCCAACAAACCUGCCUGCAAAUUUCUGAAGGUGGUGAAAGACAAAAAAACAGUCAUAAUUUAUGUGUUUUUCCGAUAACAAUUUCCCAUAACAACAGUAUUGUUUGUACACAUACACGUCCGCACACGCUGUUUCAUGAGAGCAUAGACACGCACAUCCUGCACAACUACACACGCCUACUGUACAGUGAAUUUAUUUCUUCUUAAAUGUCUGGUCGUAAAAGCUAACCACAGGUAUUCUCUGGGUAAAACACACACUAUCCAGUCAGCUACUAAGCUAGGAUUAAGCUGUCUGGAGAUAUGAUGGAGAGCGCAGCCUGAAUACACACCCUGCACCUCCAGUAAUACACUCUAAGACUCAGACAUUCAGCUGUGCAACAUAUUUUAUUGUAGCUGACAUGCAGUAGACUAAUUACAAAGCUGACCGCAGAUAUUCUUGCGUUCACACAUUUUCUCAUACUCAUUUGCAUGGAAGAACGUCUUGAUGCAGAAUCAAAUGCUUAGUAUUUUGAACCCUUGCAGAAACACACAAACAAGCACACACACAUCACGAGGCUCAAACAGAAAUACUCGAAACAGUCAAUGUGCUGGUUGUCUCCGAGAUAAAAGACGUGAUCAAAGAGGCUCAGAAAUUCACAUCCUUUAAGGUAUUAAGUGUAAUAUAGUGACUGGAAUGGCUAAAUAUAGCGGUUUGUUGUUUUUCUUUCCCUUUUUAUCAGGAACCCCAGAGUUUAUGGCCCCAGAGAUGUACGAGGAGAAGUACGAUGAAUCUGUAGACGUCUAUGCCUUUGGGAUGUGCAUGCUGGAGAUGGCGACCUCAGAGUACCCCUACUCUGAAUGCCAGAACGCUGCUCAGAUCUACAGGAGGGUCACAAGUGUAAGUUUCCUGAAGUGCAUGGGUAUGGCAGAAGGAGUUUGGAUUGAAUCUCUGGAGUGUACUGCUUUAGAGACACCACACUGUGACAUUCUUGUGUUGUAAAUGACAGUUCUGUUCAUCACUCAAUCCUCGAACUCUCCGCCUCCACCCCUCCUCACUCGCUUGUUUACUGACUGUAUUAAUAAGUUUGGCAUGAGCUGCAGGAGAUCCAGUCAUAUGACUAUGUUUUUGCAGUGGUUAGCCGCUCUCCCUUACGUUCCCUCCCUCCCUUCCUCGCUCUCUCUCCUUCUCUCCUUUUUUCUCUGUCCCAGGAAUUAGGGAAUUAAGAUUUAAACAGUAGUAAUGCAGGACAAUUAUGUUAUUCCUGGCUGCACUUUUUUUUCUCCAUUCCUAGAGAGCAAACAUGUCUUAUUAGAGCCAAAGUUUUUGUGGCUAUAACCCUUAAUUUUUGAUGAUUGUUAUCCUGGAGGAAACUGGAGGUCAUUGACCGCAGUUAAAGCAAAGCAUGAAAUCAAGUUAAUCUGGUUUAAAAUGCAGGAAAUUAAGAAAAUAUGUGAUUUUUUUGGUGAUGGGCUAUUGACAACAACCCGUGUCUAAAAUUGUAUCACGAGCAAUCUAAUUUUCUUCAACCCUGUGUACUUGACAGAUGAAAAACAUCUUAAAGUGGAGCACCUCGUUGCACUUCUAGUUUGGGUGACAUUUGCAGCAUUUAGGAAAAACUUAUCUGACAGUUUGCUUGAAUUCCUGUGAGGCAGAGGGGGAGAAAAAGGCAGACACCAAAACACAGACAGAGAGAGAGGAUAACCGAUGCAAUCUGAGGCAGUUUUAAGAUGAGUGCUGCUGAGGUCAUCACCCCGACACACUCAUCACAAAUACACACACACACUUACACUCACAGAGGCAGAUGAGUGCUGUCUCCCUCUUCCCCUCACAGGACUGCACUCAGCUUUGUAGAGGCUGACAGUGAUGCUUAAUGGACCAGAGGAAUUUAUUAGAAAUCUCCCUUUUUUUCUCCUCUAUUCUCAUUUAUUCCCUAUUUUGUCGUUUUCCUCGCAUCAUCCAUCUCAUGUUUAUUUAAAUCCCAGUGCAAGAAGUGCUAGAAAUGCAAAAUAUUUAAGUUUUUAAGGCAAGCUUUAUCCUUCCUGAAUUGAAUGCAAUCUUUACAAAACAUCCUGUACAUUUCAGACUAAUGUGGAAUUAGCUUGAUCAUCUCUUAUUGAUUGGAUUUUGCUAUAAAGUACACAAGCAGUGUUAUUUGGAGCUUAUGAACAAGCACAACAUCCCCCUCAGCUAAAACAAGCGCGUCUGUUACCUCUGGUGAACAUCAAAAUGUAAUGAAAAUGUUAGACACACACUGGCAAAAAUGGAGGGUUUAGUCUGCUUUCUGUUGCACACUGAAAUUACAGUGUCAUCUGUCCCGUUGUCUAUUUUACGCACUAUAUUUCAAACCUGUAACCCUGAGAUUGUUUGGCUCUUUUUAGUCUUGGUUUCAGCUCAAUUUUUAGUCCCAGUCUUACCAGGAAAUUCAAAUGAAUAAGAUUUAGAUGAAGAUAAAGUCUCAUCGUCUAUUGACCACUGAGAAGGGGAAAAAGUUACUCAACUGUCUGUCUACUUUCAUCUGAAUCUCUUAAUUUGAUUUGAGAAGUUAAAGCAGAGGAUAAAUCCACAGUGUUUCUCUCCAUAUGUCCACCUAUGUCCCCUCCUUUCACAUCCUUACUUCGAGGAAUAUCUGAUUAAUGCUGUGUCCUCAGUCGUUCAGUUCACAUCUCUGCUUGUGUGUUUCUGAGUAGAACUUAAUCGCCAUAAUUUUAGAUGCCAACAGCAAGGAGUCAUUAAGCUGCUAUGUGACAGAAAAACAUGCAGUUAAACAACCAACUUCACUUGUCUGUAUUUGUUACUGUCACACAUGUACACACACACACACACACACACACACACACACACACACACACACACACACACACACACACACACACACACACACACAACAUUGUGACAACCCCAGGGUUCCCCCAUCACCUGCUCCCUUUUCAUUUGACUGACUAAUCCUUCCUCACAGCUCCAUUCAUGUGUCCCUCUGUGUCCUCACUGAGCUGGAGACCUCAGUUAACCCCACAAGUAUUAAAACUGCUGCUUUAUGAGAAAAUUUAAAACACUCCUGUCCCACACUCGGGUUCUACUGAGUUAUCAUGCAGACUGUAGCAAAUAGCUGAAACUGGGCUUCCUGCCUUUAUUUACAAGCAGUCAUUUGAUGAUCGUUACUUGAAUUACAGUGGACAUAUGAGAUGAUUAUAUUCAUAUUUUUGUCAUUAGUAUUCCAAUUACUAGUCCUAUUUCUAUUUAAGUCUGUGUUCCUACUCUUUUUCUUUUUCUCAGUCCUUUUUUUUCUUGUUUAUUUUUCUAUAUUUAUUUAUAUUCCUAUUUGUAUGUGCUGUUCUGUUUUUAUGUCUUUUUUUAUUCCUAUUAUUCUUUUAGUUUUCGCAUCUAUUUCUCUUUCUGUCAUUUUCUUAUCUGUAAUCAUGUUUCCAGUCCCAUUCCUGUCUUUUUUUUUUUCACUUUUUAUAUAUCUUUAUCUUUUUCUAUUCCUGAUCCUAUUUCUAUUUUUCUUUUUUUAUUCCUAUGUUUGUUUCUAUUUUAAUUUCUAUAUCUAUAUUCUCAUCCCUUUAAUUGUUCAUAUUCUAUUCCUAUUCCUUCCCUUUUUUCCAUCACUACGUUUUUUAUAUGUUUAUACCGUUCCCCACUCCCCACGCUUAUUUUGUUUGUUUUUCUAUUUCUGUUCUUAUCUCUUUUAUUUUCUCAUUUUCUGUUCCUGUUUCUGCUCUCGUCUCUUUCAUUACUGUUGCUGUUCCAAUUCUCAUUCCCAUUCAUAUUUGGCCAACAAGGAACCUUAGAAGGUAGAAAAGCCAAAAAUGGGAUUUAAAACUUUUCUUUUUCUUAAUAAUGUUGAAAAACAAGUUCCUUUAAUGUCUUGUGCCUUAAAGUCACAAGAAGGAAAAAUAGCACUAUUUUGUGUCAAUAAUUAAUACAUUUGUUGUAAAUCAGAGUUUGGGUUUAGUUUGAUUCAGUCGUUUCUAUGUCCUCAUGUCACCUGCUUUAUAGCUGUCAUAUCCAGUAUGUAUAAAGAUACAUGUCAGCAGUGUUAAUUAAUCCUGAACAGCUUUCUGAGUGAAGUUGUUUGUUGAACAAAGUUAUUGAUUUGUACUCUCUCAAUGUUUAUUCAUCUUCAUCCACAGAAGACUCAGAGCUCUCAUUAGCUUUUAUGGCUGAGGCUAAUAUGAAUUAUGGGGAUAUUCUUUAUGGCUCCUCUUAUAACACUUUGACAUAAUAUGCUGUUGACAUAUGGUCCGUCUCCUCCUGGAACAUUCCUAACCUCCAAUCAGCCUUGUUAAAACUGAAAUCUCAAACUCUCUGUCUCUCCUUCUCCUUCAUCCUCCCUUCUUCUGUCAGACUUAAUACCAUUACUUCCUUCAUCAGUGCUAACUUUGUUUGGCCCAGGAAUCUCUGAACAACUUUGUGUGCUUGUGUGUGCUUGUGUGUGCUUGUGUGUGUGUGUGUGUGUGUGUGUGUGUGUGUGUGUGUGUGUGUGUGUGUGUGUGUGUGUGUGUGUGUGUCAGAGAGAGAUGGGGGGUUGUUAUGUAAUUAUGAACCAGGGGAGCUACAGGAGAGAUACCAGCCAAGAAAGUUAGCAAAGAAAGAAAGAAAGAAAGAGGCGGAAAGAGGAGAGGACAGGGUUGAUGGAAAGGAACAGAAGGAGGUGGUCAUUUGAUGGAACAAACAUUUCUGACUGUUUGGCAAGCAGUCGGUCAGUCAGCCAGUGAGUAAAAAUUGACAACUUCUUAUUUAUCCGCUAGUUAAACCAACCUCAGUACUUUUUAGGUAAGUGACUUUGUCUCACAUACUUUUACUUUCAUUAUCCCUUACUCAUGUGUUUUUAAGUUUUUAAAUGCUUCCAAUUUGCAUCCAUCUAUGAAAGUAUGUUUGUGGUUUUGUAUUUGAGGUAAAGUGCUUUGAUUAUGAUGUCUGGUAUCUGUUUGAACAAGUAUGAGUCAUUUAUUUCACCUGCUUUGUAAAAACCGUAUUUCAUCUGGGAUUUGCCCAGAGACUCGAUGCUACAAAUAACUGAUCCCAUCAUUUACCAGUUUGUUGACAUUUCAUGCGUAGCAGUGUUGUCACAACAAGUCUGAGACAGGUGGUGAAAAUGAAAGAUUUUACGUGGGAUGAUGUCAUCUUUGGAUCAUUUGUGAAUCAGCGAUUACUUCAUUUGGACUCUUUGUUUCGGUCUGUUCUGUGCCUCCACUAACCAAAUUCGAUCAAGUGAGCUGGUCACUGAGAUGCCUUCUGUCGAGCUGCGUAGCUGAACUUCUGUUCAGUUUUGAACUUCUGAAAACUUUUUUACAAGCAUGUGAAUAUUUCUUACUUUUCUAUGCUACUUUAAAGUGGUUUUCCACACUAGCUGUUUCUUAACAAUAGGUCACAGGGGGAGUCUUCACUCAGUGCCAAACUUCAGAAUGGGUCCCUGCUGAUCCUUUAAAGUUGUUUUUGAUGUCUUAAUUGGUUCCAAUUGGCUAUAAUUUAUUAUUUAGUCCUGCAUGGUAUCUUGGCAUAUGUAGUUCAAUCCAUGGGUGGUGUCCCUAACUUAAGGCCAUGUGUUUCAAAUGAUGAGGCUUAACUUUAUUGAGGAAAAUUACUCUCUUGUGUGGGUGAAUAUUUAAUUUCACUUAAUCCUCUUUUUAAUGCUGUUAAUUUAUUGUAAGUAACAACAAGCUUUUUGUAAACCUGAAUCUGUUGUUAGAAAAUAAAAUGUUUGAGGAUGCAGACAUUCAGCGUUACAGCACAUGCAUAAAGUAUGUUAAUUGAAAAAUGGCAACAAGGGUGUUUUUCCCCCACAGUUGGAGUAGGAAGAAGACAAGUCUGUUAUAUUAUCGUCAAUCUUCAUCACCUAUAACCUUCACGUUUGGCGUAUGAGUGGUUUAGUGCAGUUUCUUUCUUUAAAAUCAUCACUCCUCUCUCUCUCUGUGUGUGUGUGUGUGUGUGUGUGUGUGCAGGGAGUGAAGCCGGGCAGUUUUGACAAGGUAGCCAUCCCUGAGGUGAAGGAAAUCAUAGAAGGCUGCAUCAGGACAAACAAGGAUGAGAGGUAAGACACAAACACACUCUUAGAUCGAACCAUGACCUGAUCAUUUAAAUUAUAUCUUGACUUUACUGGGUGUAUUAUGGUGCAUGAAAUCACUAACGUUAACUUAAUGUACUACAAAAUCUGAUUAAGUAUUAUGUAACAUCACAAAAGUAAACAAAGCAUAUCACAAAGAGUAUCUGUGUGACUUCACCAGGUCCUGUUCUGAUUCACAGCCUCUUGGUCAAAAAUAAAAAGUCCUCAGUUCUCUUUCUCCGCACUGUCGGAGCGCCAAAACAUUCACUGUACCCUCUCCUGCUUUAGAAACACACCAAGGCUGAACUAGCACCCUCUUUGUCCUCACGUCGUCUCCUUAUUGUCCAAACUCCUCGUCCCCUUGGUGAAGUAAAGUCAUCUAAUUGCAUAAGUCGGAUCAGAUUGGAUCUGGUCCAAGAGCACUCACAGCUGGAACAUCAAUUGUCCAAUUUUCCUAAUCUUUUUUGGUAUUUAGGAGCCAAGAGAAAACCCCAGAACAUUAUCUGAAAUCUGUGUAUAAAGCUGUUCCUCUAAAUGCUGUCAGCAUGUCGAUGCCUAUGAAACCAAUAAAAAACCAUGUCCAUCCUAUUAGCUUAUCAGCUGCAGGCCAGUUCACAAGGCUGUGAACAAAUUUUGGACAAAUUGGUAUCAAGCUGUUACAUGUAUGUUUGUUUUUUUGUCUCUUGUUCUGGUAGGUAUGCUAUCAAAGUCCUGCUGAACCACGCAUUUUUCCAGGAGGACACAGGGGUCAGGGUUGAACUGGCAGAGGAGGAUGAUGGGGAGAUGAUUGCCAUCAAACUGUGGCUCAGGAUAGAAGAUGUGAAGAAGCUCAAAGGCAAGAAAUAAUUACUUUUCUUUAUCUUCGGCUUAAAUGCUUUGAAGAAGGAUAUUUUCUGCACUGUUCAGACCGAGUUUUGCUGCUAAAAGAUUUGUAUUUAAAAACCAAAGCUCAUAUUUACACUUCUUUGCAGGCAAAUACAAAGACAACGAAGCUAUCGAAUUCUCCUUUGACCUAAACAAAGAUGUCCCUGAAGAUGUGGCGCAGGAAAUGGUAUGUACAGUUUAGAGGGGGGACUUGAGGACAGAAGUUGAGACAGGGACAUGGGGAAGUGUUGGAUUUUGUCAAAAGAGAGCAAACAAAAGGGAAGAACGUUUGAUAGAAAGACACAGAAAAUUAUGUUUGCCUUUUGUUUCUGAGCUUGUGUGAUCUGUGUGACUCCACUUAACCCCCCCACCCCUCCAGGUUGAAUCAGGCUACGUCGCAGAGGCCGACCACAAGACCAUGGCCAAGGCGAUCAAGGACCGUGUGUCUUUGAUCCGCAGGAAGAGAGAACAGAGGCAGCUGGUACGUGAGGAGCAGGAGAAGAGGAAACUGGAGAGUGAACAACAACAACUGCAGCAGCAGCAGCAGCAGCAACAACAACAACAAGAGGCAAUCAAGACGACACACGUGCAGGUUUGUAGAUCAGCAAGCGAAAAAAAAACUCUCUACGUGAUACUGACAGGAUGACAGAAGUCUCACCCAUUGGUGCAUCAUUUAGUCAUUGUCCUUUAAGUCCUUUAUCCCUCUUUAUAUAUCUAUACCCCCCCCAGUUUGAGCCUGUCUUGUGUUUGUUUGCAGGCAGAGGCAGCAGAGGAGGCUGAACUGGAACAACAGCAGCAUCAUUAUCAGCAAACAGGCAUCUCACACACAUGUAAGAAAAGCUUCAAACAGCAGAUACGUAUGAUAAUAUGGGCCACCUCAACAUCUAUCAUGGGAUUUAUCGGCAACAAGGGACUUUUUGUUGAUAGCAGCGUCCAUGUCAUGUUUGGGUUUCAGAUUAUUCGUAAAAGAAGGGAUAUUCCCAAAAGGUCUCUAUUAUCAACUGAUUUCUGCUCAUCUACCUUGUAAAAUGAAACCUUUACUGUACAGCUCUUAUGUAAUAUUUUCCGGGCAGACACCCAUCAACUUUAUCACGAGCCGGGAGGGUGCUUCGAGGAGAGCAUAUUGUCAUUGUUUUCCUGAAAAGCGGCAGCAAUCAUUGUUUAGUCAAAUCUAUCCUAUUGUUCUCCAAAAACACUGCCCUGGAACUAUUAAUUUUUCCUUCCUCUCAUUGUGUGCCAUUGGAGGUGUUGUCAUGCUUUUCAUAAACAAAGUGUCCUCCCUGGUGGCUCGUGCACUUUCUAAUGACUUAUAAAUAGUGCAGAUCUCCUGUUAUAUAAGGUUAUUCAAAUGCCAAAGAAAGACAAACUGUAAAUCAUGGUUUCACUGUCAGCUUCUCUUUAGAUCUGGAGUUUAACACACGCUCAAAAUCUCUCUUUUUUUCCUUCCUCUCUAGCUGAAGGUGGUUUGGAUAGUGGCCAGGGCUCCUCGGUUUUCUCAUCAGACUCCCCCCACCUGGCUCAGCUGACCAUGUCCUACAGCUGUCCCCCCUCUUCCCAGCCCCCUUCCCAGCCCCAAACCCCCUACCCUCCCACCCCUUCUGCAACCCCUCAGCAGCACCCCGGCUACGCCCAGCCACCGCAGCAAAUGGUGAGUGCUGAUGCCAUCCAAGUUACACAAAUGUAGGGUUUUUUCUGCACGUGUAAGGCCACGUUUGACACACCUGCGAGGAGUGCUGUGCUCAUAGGCAUGCUAAAAAAUGACCAGACAGUUUGAAGUGAGCACUGCUUUGGAGUGAAGUUUGCAGUGGGUCAGAGUUGUUGAACUAAAAAGAGAAAAGCAUGGUGUUUUUGGACUUGGAGAUGGCUUUGUUAUCCUGUAUGAGCAACAACAUACCACUGUCAGUAAAUACUACAUCUUGUACUAAUAGCCUCACAAGCUAAAUAGCUGUCCUGAAAAUCAUAAAGUCAAUCCACCUCCUUCUUUUAUAGAAAUCUAGCUCUUUGUUUCUCUUUGUUUCGUCUUAUAAAAGUCAAAGUUGUUUCAUCUAAAUCUAUGAGAUGACAAGCGCCUCUCUUUUCUAAAAUCCUGUUUUCGUUGUCUUUUCGUUACUCCUUCUUGGUGUUUGUUGAUAUACAUACAUUCUCCAGAGCGUCGUAAUUGUAUAUGCGUAUUUUUAUUUAAUUUCUUGUCUCCUAAUAGUAGCUGUUUUGCAGUAUUUAUCUUUGUAAGACUGGUUUUGAAACCUUAUUUUGUUGACUGCAUGGACAGUUUUACAUUUUUAAAGAGAAAACCACACUGUUGUCAUUCAGAAGUGUGAUAUUCAGGAAAGAAUGACAAAUAAUACAAAAUACAGUCUUCUUAAAAAGGACUUUUUAAUAGUUUCAUGAAGUAUUCCUCUGUUCUUUGUAGACAUUUGUUUCUUAACUGCAGGCAGCAUAUCACAUUUGAAUAUAAGUGAAAUAUUAACCACAUUCUUGUCCUUGUUUAUCUACACUAUAUUCCUAUUAUUAUUUAUCUAUUUUCAUUCAUGUAUUAGGCACAUUUAAAUCUUCAGUAGAGAUUUUAGAUGAAGUACUCAAGAAACAAAAAACCUAUAAGAACUUUUAUAAAUUGCUCUUAAAACACAUAUUUGCCAGAUUCAAAAUUUUCCAUCUUCAAUUUUAAAACUGCAUAUAUAUAUCAAACUCUCUCAAGGAGAGGCAAACAUUUACGAUUAGAUUUUUCACUUCAACUUUUCCAUCUGGUGCUCUCUUCACUACAAAUAAAGUCCAACUCCCAGGUUAGCAGAGCCUUAAUAAAUCAGCUCAGACUGAUGUAUUAUUUACUGGCUGAUUUUAUCAGUUUGUUUGUUAAUAUACAAAUCAAAUGAAAUUAUAGUUCUGAUUUAUUUUUACGUCUCUCUAUGAUGUAAUAUAAGAGGUUCAAAGAGGCUAAUGUCCUCUCCAAAGGUCAUGUUUUGAGCUGAAACACUACUUUAUCUUGUUGAACAACUUUGUAGUUAAAAAUCUACAUUUGCUUUUUUUUGUUCUUUGUCAUUUUUAAUUUCUAGACCUUUCCCCCAUUUUUGUCACUUUUCAGUUUGACUCUUGUUUUAUGUUUGCUGAAGAUUUUUGUUUGUUUAUAAAGUUUACUCAAGUUUUUUUCUUUAUUAUAUAUAUAUUUCUUUGGGUUAUUGUGUUGCUCAUGCUGUUUGUGUUGUUAUACAUCCCCUACUCCAUUGUUACACAUUUUCAUGCGUACUGGAAAAACAUUGAUUCUGUGAUUGAUAUGAAGCCAAUGGUGAUAUAACCCUUUUCUCUUUUAGGAGUUGCAGCCCAGUUUUCACUGUUGUGACUCUUUAUUGAAAUGCUUUAAUGUUUUUAUUUAACAUUUGAAUUCAAGGUUUUUAUGGUCACCUUUAUUUCUUUUACUUAUUUGAUUACGUUGAGUUUACUUAUUCUGUUAAGUUCUCAUGUGGGUCCAGUAGUUGUGUUUGUUAUUUUUGUGUUUGUUAAUUUCUUUGUGUUUGUAUUCCAUGUCGGUCCCACCCUCCUCCAUCACCCUACUCCCCGGCCCACAGCCUGCGUCCUGCCGUCGUCGCAAUCGUAGCAUGUCCGUAUGCGUCCCCCCUACUUCCUACUCCAUCUCCCACGCGCCUUUAUCCCUGGCUGUCCGUCCAAAGCCACCCUCCACCCCUCCUCCAGACCUAUCCUUCUCCUCAUCCUCCCCCUGCAUGCCUCUCUCAGCUGAGAGGGACACAUUCGCCGGGCGCCUCUCCAAGGCCCUGGAGACAGUUCUCCCCCUUCACUCUGCCUCCUCCGUACCCAGCAGGGCCAGGCAGCGGAGGGCCAGCCUGCCAGCCCUGUUCUCCAGCCCUGUAGGUUCAAAAAUCUUCAUCUUAAAGAUGUCACAUGGGUGGUGAGAACCAGAGAGGAGAAGAGAGAGUGAAAGAUGAGCCACAGUGGUGUCUGAAAGAAAAGAAGAAAAAAAAAUCCAGGGUUAUUUUUUAUGUGCAUGUGGUGAAGCUAACCCUGCAAUCAUGUUUAAAGUGUUUAAGUCUAAAUGUAUGUAUUAGAAACAUGCUGCUGCUGAAUGAAACAGGGAUGAUUGGGUCAUAAAACAGCUUGUAUUACUCAUGCUGAUGCAGCAGUUGUGUUCAUCACAGCUUUGUUCAGCACAAAAAAACAACUCAUGAUUCAACGCACAUGAUUCAGAAAAUUAGAUUUGCUGAAAAGUGAGUGUGCAGUAUGAGUUUUACAUCUCAGCAGCUUUUUCCUGCAGAGUUGAUAUUUAUGCAGGGUCUGUUCUCUUCAUUGUUAUAAUAGUUAUUACAUCUUCCAUGCUGAGAAGUGUGCUAUGACUUCAAAAUUGGUUGCACCAAAGUUGUAUGUUUCUGUCAAAUCUAAUAUGAGGCAUUAAUUAAAUAGAAAAAAGGCUGAAUCUGUCUUGAAUUGAAGCAGAUUGGUGUGACAUUAGUGUUUGUCAAACUUGGUUUGAUUUCAGACGCUGAUGUGAGCUCAUCCUUCUUCCCAAACAUCUCCUUUAACUCUCUCUGCCUCUUUUGGACCACAAUGUGAGAACAGAUCAACUAACUGAGCUGUAAGCUGUUCUAUAACACACAAAAUUCAAUAUCAUGUGCAUCUGCCAUCAGGAAAACUGUCUUUUGAUCAUCAGGUGGCAGUAGCGUGGCAGUAGCGUGGCAGUAGCGUGGCAGUAGCGUGGCAAUACCUGCGUCCAAAUAGACUUGAAGCACUCUUUGGCUCUUUUACUGAUCGUGUUUCUUUUUGUCUAGAUCUUUGCUUGUGUUUUUGCUAAAUGACUUUGUAACUUACUGAAGUGUCUGAGGGAAAAAGUACAAACAGAAGCUGAGACUCAAAGUGAAGGAUGAGUAUAACAUGGACUUACAGACUUCACUUGUUAGUUUCUUGAGAAUUACUCUAGAAACUUGCACAGAGGUGGAGAUGAUGCAGGUCAGUACAGCCUCUGAUUUUGGAGUGUCUGCUCUACAAACUAAGUUCACCUGAAACCCCAGGACAGUAAAAAGUCAGCGAUCAAGCCCAAACCUGACAUUUGUACCAGGCUUUGAACAUGUUUGAUUCUGCUGCCAAUACGGAUUUUAUUAUGCUGAUAUAAUAUUUUUUUUUGUUUUUUUUUUACUCUUGAAUUUGGCCUCAGGUGAAUAUUCAAGAAGUAAAAAGUCCUUCCCUGGCUGGUAAGAAAGUGCCCCUGAGAAAGAGCAAACUUAAGCCAGAAAGACUGUUUUCCUGAGUGCAGGUUCAUCUGGAUAUUAUUGAGCCCAGAGCCGUUUUCACUUUCCUCUCCUUGUAUUUACGACCCAACUUUCUACCUUUGACUGUUUUAUCUUUUGGUUGUCUGCAUGUCUGCGACAGUCUGUCACUUUGUUUGUCUUCUUGCCUCUCCUCACUUCAGCUUUUAACUCAUUUUUUACCCCUCUUUUUUUUCACGAUGAUUUUUUUAUUUCCUCUUGUAUCGUUUUGGAAUUGAUGCUCAUGUAUACACAAUUUUCUCCAUCUCGUGUUGGGCCGAUGCUGUGUUUCUCUCUCUUAUUUUCUGAGUCUCAUCCUUAAAUCCGUUGUAUCUCAUUGUCGCAGCAGCAUUCAGUGCCACACCCUUACAGUGGUGGAGCAGCAGCAGGAGGAGGGAGCAUCCCCCUGCCAAAUCUCCCAGACCCCUCCACUAUUUUCUUCCCCUCCAUCCCAGAGCGGCCCAUUUCUUUCUCUCCUCCGCCCACUGGGCCUCCGAAGGCCUACAACACCCAGAGACGCAAGAGCACCUCGAUUUUGGAGGCGCACACCAGACACUUCCAGCCUGCCUAUACUCGCUAUGGCAGCAGCCUGCAUCCUUUUUCUGGGAUGGAGGGAGUAGAGACCCCCUCUCUUUUCAUGAUGAACCCCAGUUUUGCCCAAAGACUCGGGGUUGGGGAGCCGCUGCAUCUCCCAGGACAGUCUGACCCAAGUUUGUACGGCUACAAAGACAUGAGAGCAGAGCACGAAGAAGCAGUGAGGAGGUUGAGUCUUAAUCAGGCGGCCUUAUUGGACCAUUAUGAAGCAAUGGCCUACGGAGGAUACCAAAUGACUGCACACCAGCUUUUCCAUCAGCAGAGGCAAGCAGCAGCUGCAGCCGCUGGUUUGGGAUAUGAACCUGUUCCUCCACCACAACCAGCAUUUUUGCACCCGCAUCUAAUACAAAGAAUGAGCGCCCACAGCCCCAUUCCUCAGCCUUUAACACCAAUGAGUGCUCCUGCAGGUGGCACUGCUCCUCCUUCUUCUUCUGAUGGAUGCUAUCCUCCACAACAGCAUGCUUCUCCAUCUCCUUUCUCCAUCUCUGCUCCUCCUGUGAUGGCUGAUGCUCCACCGCCGGGUGGAAGCAUGUUUGAGUUUCAUUUAGCCGCAGCAGCCGCCGCUGCUGCCGGGGAUCCAAGUGUCCUUGCGUCCAGACUCUUUAGAGCCCGGCGGAGCUCCAUGGACCUCCCUCUAGAGGACAACACUGGAACUGGAUCAGGAGGUUCAGGCACAUACAGCCGCCUCCAGCCUGUGACGGAAGAGCUGUACACAUACGCCAGUCCUGAGCUCCCCAUCCCUCCAGGAAGUCUUCUUCUCCACCACACAGGCAUAGCAGUAAAAGACAGAAGCCCUGAACCCUCUAGUGACUCUAUGGCCUCCUCUGACGCCGGGGAGUUCCAGUCGCCUCCCCCACCUCCUCUCCUCCAAUCAUAUGACUCCUCUGCUGCUCAGUCCAUCCCUCACACUUCAUCCGCCUCCCUAUACGACUCAUCUGUGGGAGUUUAUCCCGUAGACCCCCAGGGACAUCCGCCCUCUAUGCAGAGCUUUCUCCCCCCGACUCCGUCCUCUGAGCUCCCGCUGGGGGGAGCGUCAUCAACUCAGCUGGAGUCUCUGAUGCAGAGCACCUGGGCCCGACACGGAGGAGUGGUUCCAGCCCAGCCUGAUAUGACGUACCAUGAGUCAUUGCUGGCCAUGCAAGCCACUAACCCAGCUCUGGUACUAAGUUGAGACCUUAAAUUCCCCCGUUUACCCUUGGGUUGAUUACUAGUUAAAAUAAGAUCAGCUGCUUUUGAGCAAAGAUCCACAAACACCUGUUGAUUCAAGGUAACCUUGAUAGUUUGGAGUUCUGCGCCCUCUCUUUCUUAUGGUCGAAAACUAUUCUUUAAAGAAGCUAAUUGGCAAUGUGUGGAUCGUUCUUUGGAAAGUAGCUGAUUGAAUCCACAUUAGUACUUUGACCCAAAGGCUUUUAAAAUCCCAGUUUUUUGUUUACCCAGGAGCCCCCGCUGAAGCUUCCCUGUCGUUAUAUAGUCUGUGGUUGUGAUUUUAAUCUCCCCCAGAGUGAGUCUCAUGCUCUGCCCUCUGAAUGUCUCACAAACAUCAUCUGACUCUGUUUUUCCAUCCAAACAUGUCAGUCAGAUGCUUAGAUCCACUGCUGUACAGAUAUCAUACUGGGGAGGGAAUGACUCAGAACCGGGUUUUGUACAUUCAGAACCAGAAACCUUUUUAUGAGAUCAUUCAGGGGGUCAUCUUUGAGAUCCACUCUGGUGUUCAAGCUUUAUAUGCAAACAGUCUAAGCCCUCUUCUUUCUGUGUUUAUGUUGUGAUUUUAUUUAGUUUUAUUUUCUGUCAGUAUCAGUAAGUACUCUUUUGUUUGUAUGUUCAUAUAUGAAUGUAUAUGAGAAAUGUGUGUUUGUGGAGGUAUAUUGUACGUGUGUAUGAUAUACUUUCAUUUCCGCUCAUGCAAAUUCAAAGUCCAUUAAGUCCCGAGAAUUUCUUAGUUCCUUAAAUUCGCAGUCACUGGGCAUCUACAAACCUUUACACAUACUUUAACAUGAAAAUUAGAGAAAAUCAUAUGUAUACGAUAAGACUGUGAGACUUUGUUGAUUUGUAUGAACAAACACACAGAAACAUACAACAAAACAAAGAGGGCUCAGACAAACGCAGCAAUGUAACCACGCAGGCAGAGAUGUUUUCUGUAUAUUUCGACUGUUUUGUUUUAUAAUCGCUAAAGAUACUGAUGCUACGUCAGUUCUUUAUUAUGGCAUACUGUGUUGUCAUUUCCUGUCCAGACUGGAAAUCAUCCUCUUGCAAAAGGUUCAAAGGUCACAGUCCAAAAUCAUUAAACCCUUUGAAUGCUGAUAUUACCGAUCCCACCUUUACUUUCUUUAUUGUUUACUUUGAACCGCUCACAAUCACUGGUCUCCUCACUUUUUUUAUCUUAUCUGUUAGUACUUUCUUUUCUUUUACAUCACUUUAUUACUCUUUUUUUUUUAAAUCUUUAUAGACGUUUUAUUUGUGAGAAAUCAGUUUUGUAAACCCUGUGCUGUGUUUUCGUGAGUGCUUGUGAUGUUAGGAAAAAGGUAGGUGGCAGUGUGUCCGAUGUCAAAUCUACCACAUUAAAGUGAAGGCAGGAAUCAUGACAGGUUACUCAUAACAGUCUAGUUUUUAUUUAGAGAAAGCUGUACUGAUGCAAAGUAAAUAAUUCAGAUAGUUGUCAAUUCAAGCUUCGACUUGAUUGCUCAGUAGGAAUGUUUCUCAAAAGUAUUUCAAGAUACAAAAACCUGCUGAUUUUAAAACAUGAGGGUAAAAACUCAAAACUAGAUUAUCCAACUGAAAACAAAUCCUCCAACUAUCCAAAUUGCCCCAAAGUGAUUGUAUAACAAACUUCUAUGAAUCAAUCACAGCUCAAUAUGAUUCAGAUGGGCAGCAGCUUUUAUUUAAACAGGAAUGGGAAGAUCUGACGGCUUUAAAUCCUGAUGUAUUUACGACUCUUUACUUUGCCCUGCAUCUAAUUUCAUAGUUAGGAAGUGUUUGGAUUCUUGCAAAAAGGAGUUCAUUUUAAAUAGUUAAGUUUAAAUCCAAUAUUUCCAUUUCAACAGCAGAUAUUUCAGCUUCCACUUUUUGGUUUAUUGAUGUUUUAUCACUGCUGAUCACUUCGGAUUUGCAUGCAAAGAAACCCUGUACUUACACCCUGCCUAACCCCAGUACUGUGCCUGUACUGUUAUUUGAGCUCCACUAGCUGUGUUUAUGCAUAAAACUGUGUCUGUACAGAUAUUUGUGUAUCUGUGUUUGUGUGCAUGUGUGCAUACACAAGAAGACCGACUUUAGGAACCAAUCAGUAGACUAAACAUACCUUGUGUUUGCACUCAUGAGUGUUUUCUGACGGAGUAGCAACAAACCUUUUCUGAUUGUUUCUUGUUUUCUCUCUCUCUUGAUUUCUUCUCCAACGUUGCUCCUCUUCUUCCCUCUCUGUUUGUCUCUCUGUGAAUCUGUCUUCCAACAGCAGGUUCAGACCCCAACCCCGCAGCCCUCUCCAGGACCCCCUCUGGUCCCUGCCACCACCCAGCCUGCUCCUCUUGGGACCUCCCAACAGGUAGAGCAACAAACUCAACAGCUGAAGCAGCUGCUUCUCAUAAAAGCAGCUUCCUCAUAUCCUUAUUCAUCACUUUUCUAACUUUUUAUUAAUACUGUAUCCCCUCGAUGUACAAACCCCAUGAAGAUAACAACAAAAAUAACUCCACAGUAUUUUACUGUUAUACAGUAAUAAAUCCUAUGUCGGCUUUUUCUCUUUGAAGUUGUUGCCCUUGCUUGAAGGUUACCCCUCCCACAGAGCUGGCACUUCGCCCACAGUUAUACCACAGUAUCUCUGUGUUUGCCCCCAGCACAAAAACUCUGUGAUGGACUAAUUGCAGCCUUGAAAUGAUUUGAUUGAGCAUGAAAUUAAUCAUCGGAGAUCAAAUGUUUCUUGUCAUAAAAAGAUGAAAUAUAUUCAGUUCCCUUAUUUGAACUAUCCAUUCUCCUAUGAUUUCACUCACCCUGAUUUAUAUAGGGUGUGUUCCUGUGCUUAAAACUGUGUUCGAAUCUUAAAGGAGAUUUUAUGCUGACAGUCAUUUUGGAGAGUGCUGUCACAUGUUUUUGAACUUUCUGAAAGUUGUUUUUACUUGCUUCAAAACCACUCAGGAAAUUAACAAUAAAGGAGAUAACAUAUAACCAAAUUUAAUAAGGUAAAUAUGUCUUUCCCAGCUGGUGUUUUCCAUAUAACUCAGUUUUCUCAUAACUGGGAUUUGAGCUAAUCCUUGUUAUUAAGAGUCUGACAUGAUGGUGAACUGCUCUCGUAAAAAACAAGGAUCUUUGUAUGAAAAAUGUUUAUGUUCUAUAUAUUUGGUCAUUUCACCUCUUUUUUCUUCUCUUUUUUCACUCUCUUUCCCUCCUCUCUCCAGGUCAUUUCAUCCAGUCAGAGCAGCGCUUCAGUUCAGAGCCCCAUACAUGCAUCCCUGCCGCAGGCGUCAGCACAGGUACAGGAAAGCAGCAGCAUUAAGUCCAAUAUAUGUAACACAAUACUUCAUAAAUAUAUCCCUAAUGCACUCAGCUGUCAGUUGUUCUGGAUUCAAUUUAAGCUUCCCAUACAUUCCUUCAUUCGACUUUACCACACACACCUGCACACACACACCUGCACACACACACACACACACACACACACACACAGUAAUUACACACACUUGAACUUCUGCACCCAUAUUAAAACUGCUGCUAGUUUAUUACAGGCAAGAACUGAAUAAGUCAAGAAUACACCUCAGGGUUUUGUUCACCUUUACAGAGUCUGUCAGAGUUGUUUUACGCUUGACUGUAUUUUAUUCACACAUGAAUACACAAAUGCAAACAUGGACAGACACGUCUACUUCACAGAAAGAGAUCAACAUUCAGUAGAAUUGUGUCAACAAUUCCUUCAUGAUAUUUGAGUCAGUUGUGUUAAAUUCACUGAUGAUAUUAAAUCUUUAAUAGGUUAGUGUUGAGGUGGUUUAAAGAUCUCAUCGUUUGAAUUGAGAGUUUAAAAUGUGAUGUGAAAAUUGAAAGAGUCCACUCCUAUCUCAGCCAAUUCUGGUUAUUUGAUGAGUCAUGUGACUGAUAGGUUAUUAUUUAAUCUUUCUCAAGAACUCCAAAAGCUAAGUUGAUGAAGUAUUUGUGCCGAUUUUGUCUAUCCUAUCAUCAUAGCAUGUUUUACCGUUUGAUCCUGAAUGUGAGCUCAGUUUCUGUUGUUUUUCUGUCUGUUCUGUCUCUCUUAUCCGCAUGCUGCCUGUGCACAUCACCUGGUUUGAGUUCACGUGUGUUUUCCUGUGUGUGUUUUUUUGUGUGUUUGCCAAUAUGUUUAUCUUUUUGGUUAAAAAAAAACCUCUUUAGUUUUGUGACCUGAGUCCCUCCCCCAGUUUGGAGCAUCUGUUUUUUCUAUAUCAAGCUGCUCAGCUAGCUCUGGUCCAGGUAUCGUUAAAUUUUGUAGAGUUUUUAUGUAUGUCUGUCUUUCUGUGUGUGUUAUUGUUUGUGCGCACUUUUGAGAGUAACAUGUGUAAUCUGUGUUUUUGUACUUUGUGGAUAAAGUUUUGGCAGCAUUUCUACUCUGAUACAUCUUCUUUUAUGUUUCCAAGGCAUAAAUUGUGAGCACACUUUGGCAUAUUAUUGGCAUAGCUUAUUUUUUGGAGAUGCAGAUGGAGGAUAAUAUUACCUCAAUCAGACAGACAGCAGCUUUUAUUCAAACAGCAUCACCAGGACCACUUUCAUCAUGCUUGUGUCCUUCUUUCUAUUGUUACCUUGUUUACAAUCCGGUAGUUUGUGAGAAUAUUUUGAGAUCAGUAAUGUUUGUGUUUGCAUACAGCUGCUGCAGCUUAAGUGAUUCAAUGCAACCUUUUCUACUGUCUCUGAUUGUUUUUUUACAAUAACUGAAUGUAUAAUAGCAUUUAAGUUUGACGUGCAGCAGGAGGUUUCCGUGCAUUUUGUUAUCACAUUGAUGGAAAGCAGCUGACUUGAGUUGUAGCUCUUUGAAGCUGUUUAUUUGUUUGUAGCAUGCAGAAGCAAACUCUUCUUCUCUUCUUUGUCCCAGAAUCAGGACUUUGAAUGCAUCUGCUCUGAGUUAAUUUUCUCUAUGUGAUGUAUGAAAAAGUCUUGUUGUAAUUUAGCCAUCGCUCCUGACCGGUGUAGGAAAAAUACUUGCUCUUCUUCUACCAUAAUUACUGAACACUGUGGGGAUCCAGGUUUUUUAAGGUUGCAUGAUUUCUUUGAGGAGUCAUGUGUGUGUGUUUUUUAUUUAAACCACCAUCCCGUCACAGGGUUUGUGGUUUUAUUUUGUCCUCACUAAAAGGACUGAGUUGUCUUGCUCUGAAGGCUGUUUGUUGAGGGUCUUGCAGUUGAAGUCCACAGUCAUGGAUCAGUGAAGUUUUAGUGAAUUAAUAUAAAAAAAUAAUCACUGAAGUUAAUCAUAAUCAAGGCUGUUUAUUUUCUCACUUGAAGUCACGGUAUAGAUAACAAAAGAAGCUGUAGUUUACUGAUCCAUCACUGAGGCAGUGCUCAUCACAUCUGACCACUUGCCGGGUUGACCAACAUCCUUAUCCUCCCUAUAACUUUACCGCCUCCCUUUUUCUCACCUUUUCCUCCCACAUUUUCUGCUUCACCCACCCUCUUAUUUCUCUUUCUUUCUUAUCUGCCCUCCUUCUCUUCCUCUUCCUCUUCCUCUUCCUCUCCUUGGCCCUUCUCCUCUUCUCAGCCCAGUGUUACUCCAUCUGCUAUAUCCUCGGUGACCCCGCCCUCUCCGCCAUCCCUCCCCGUUACCAUGCCAACCACGGCCGUGGCCUCCCUCCCCCCUCCUCUUCCGGUCCCUGUAAGAGUGGUGCCCACUACCGUUGUUUCCCCUCCUUCUCCUCUUCCUCCUCCUCCUCCUCCUCCUACUGUGCCCACACCUGUGCCUCAGCCGUUGGCCACUGUGGUGCCAAUCAUCAGUGUAGUCACCGCCCCACCUGAUACCCCCAUGGAAGCCCCUCCCCAGGUACUGGACUGUCAAACCCAUCACGUGGAUUCCAGGUCCUGAGGCUGAAUGCUGUAGUGUUUGGUUCACAUCAGUUCUACAGUCUUUAAUUUCUAUCAGGGAUUCAAAGUGGUGGUUUUGUUUUUUUAAGUAGUCUUAUAAAUGAUGGAUGUCAGUUCUGGACGUGGACAAAGCUUCGAUUGGAAGGACAACAAGAACCAUAUGAAGAUUACUCAAAUUAUGGUAUUACCGUUUGGUAAAAUUCCUUGUAAGGGUAUAUUAUGUGUUUAUGGUGCUGGCAACUUUCUGUUCCUCACCAAACUUCCUGGGUCAAAUCACUGAUCCAAAACAUACAGCCAUAUUUCAUGAUUUGUCAUUUCAAGAAGAGAAACAUCAGUUUACUCAGUGAUGACAACUAUGUGGCAUGGCAACAGUGGACGAGGGUUAUUGAGUGUCGGUUCCAGAGUGCUCUCAAGUGUCUUAAAGAGACAAAAGGUGGAAUUAAGUGUUCCUGGAUGAGGCUGAAAUUAGUUUUCAAAGACACUCAUUUGGGAUAAGGGAAACGUCUUGAGCUCUAAAUUGUGUAAAGACACAAACAAAAGGAUUAAAAGGACUGCUUAUGGAACUUCAGGGUGUUUGAAUUUUAAUUCCAGCUGUCUGAAAUCAAUACGAGCAGUUUCCAGAGUGCUGAUAAAACAUCUGAAACAUUACAGACAAUAGAGGUAGACGUCCUCACUGCUGUGUCAUCAAAGCUACUUCAUACUUUCACACAAACAGAGAAGAAAUGAGUAAACAUAAAAGAGGUUUGAGAAUGUUUUACUUUUUGUAAGUGGUCAAAGAGUGUGAUGUGAGCCAGUACAGACCAAUACUGAGGCGUUAGUGAGUAACAGACUACAGCAGGUGAGUGAGGAAUCCUAGACUAAGCUCUAGACUAAGAUCUUGACUUUUUCAGUGAAGUUAAUUUUCCUGCGAUUCUCACUGUACCAAGAUAUGCAAACAAAGUUUACAAAAACUCAAACUACACUUUGUUAUAGCAGUGUGGUAGAUGAUAUGCCAAGUCUAUUGUAUGGACUAUUUUAUUGUAUUCCUUUGGAGUAGAAGUAGAGAUUUCACAAGGGAAACAACAUCUAAACAGCUAUUGUCUGUUUUCAUGUUUGUUGUAUUUGCAGAAUAUUAUUUUAAUGAUGGCUUUUGAUGACUGGACAGUUUUCAGACUUGGUUUAAGUCCUGCAGGAUAUACUUGUGAUGAAAUGCUUUCCUGAGCCAUUGACAGAUUCAAGUUUAAAAGUCAUGGAUCAGGCAUGUUUGCAGGUUCAUCCUUACCUGUGAGUGAACUGACUGCAAUGGUUAGCUUUUUGUUUUAUAGCACAUACUGACCAUUUUGGUCAAUAAUAACAUGUUUUAUCAGAAAUACUGGAUGUUUACAACGAAUAAGAUACACUUUUCUUCCUUCAUUCCCUAGUCGUAGUUGGUAUUUGACCUCAUUUAGAUUAUUUCCAAGAAAAAUAUUCUAGCGAGUCCUUGCUUCUCUUGAGUCUUGAAGAUUUAUUGCAAUCUGGUAAUUUAUUUUCUCUAACUCUCGUCUCCCCUUGGCUUGAAUUUCAUACUCUUCAUGUUUUUUUUUCCCUACAGUUCCCCUGCUGUUAAAUGCUGAUAGCAAUCACACUGCCUGUGUAUUUUUAAUGCAUUAUAAAUGUGCUUGUGUUUCAGUCUGCCUCUCAGUCUUCAGAACUGUCCCAGUCCCAACUACAGCCACCUCAAGUCCUUUCAUCAAUCGAAAGGUAAUCGGUGCUCACAAAACCAAACUCCUGCAUUCACUGAAUUUAUGUUGUACUCUAAGAAAAGCAAACGCUCUUCAAGUUUGACCUUUGUGCAGCUGUCCUUCCUUGUUAAAUCUGUCCUCUUUAUCCUCAGUGGUCACUCUGAGACUUCAGGCCUGAGUGACGGCAACGAAGGAGGGGGAGGCCGCCAUGAAGGCCGCUCCACCAAACGUCAUCAGAAGCGCUCCGUGCGGAGUCGAUCACGCCAUGAGAAGAUCUCCAAGGCCAAGCUGAAUGUUCUCAGUGUAAUGAUUUAUCCCAUAAAUCUAUUUAGCCAUAAUUGAACCAUAAAUCCUCUGAUGAAGCCUUCGUUUGUUGGUAUUUAUUGGGUCAUUACAGAGUUAUGAAGCGCAGUAAAAGUUAGAAAAUAGAAACAUCCAAUCAGGAAACUUAUCUGUUUGUAUUCUGGCAUCUUCUCUCUAAUUGUGCGUUUCUGUCCACCCCUUAAAUUUUCUUGGUGUCCUCAUGUAGAUUUCAAACCGAGGAGACAGGGUGGCGGAGUGUCAACUUGAGACACACAACAGGAAGAUGGUGACUUUCAGGUUUGAUCUGGAUGGAGACAACCCUGAGGAGAUCGCGCAGAUCAUGGUACACAUGCCAUCAAAUGAUUUAUUUUCCACACAACUGUUGAUUCAUUGACUUUGUCUCUCCGGUCAUAUUCAUUCCUCUGUGAAAAGGUCGGCGUUAACUGCAGAACAGCCUGUGUGCCGUCUCCGUGAACAGGUUUUCGCACAAGGCAAAAUAGCACUUCUCUGGCCUUGCUGCAGACCAUCGUAUUCAUCGCAUGUGACACACAAACUUACCCACAUUGUAAUCUGACUUCUUCCCCUUUGUGUCUGUGUGCAGGUCCAGAGUGAGUUCAUCCUGGAGAGUGAGCGGGAGUCAUUUAUUGAGCAGGUCAGAGAGGUGAUAGAGAACGCUGAUGAGAAAGGUCUGGAGAGAGACACGAGCAGCAAGGUCAAUUUAAGACUUUAAAUGUCUUCGUUUGAUUCUCUCUUUGUCCUCCUUUUUAAUUUUAGAUGUUAAAGAUGUUUAAGAGUUAAUUUGGUUUUAUAAACUGCUGCUUUUGAUGCCUCUGUUCAGUGCAUGUUCAUGAGUAUGUAUCUUGUCAAUCUACAGAUGGUCGGUGAUAUAGUGCAGCAGAUUCCUGCUAUAUCUGUCCCAAUGCAAGGUAAAUACAACAAUGUAGAAACACAACAACAGAGAAAUUUCUGAUUUUUCCUUUUUUAUUAUGAGCAUCUACUUUUCAUCCUGAUGCUAACCUAGAUAAACUGAUUAAAAAAUCACAGUUUUCAUAUUUUCUCCCACAUAUUUUAAUCCUGUAUGUGAUUUAUCUCCUCCCAGACAUCCCACCCAGUGCCACGGCUCAGGUGGUCCACUCAGCAGGUCGGCGGUUCAUCGUCAGCCCUGUACCAGAAGCCCGGCUGAAAGAGCAAAUGUUCCCACCUUCUCCUUCUCCCUCUCCUGCCCCUUCAGCUGCUCCUGUUCUAGCUCCUCCUGUUGAGUCAGGUAAGAAUGGAAAUAUCACUGAAGUGAUUACCAAACAAGGACAAACACAAUUAUGUACAAGGUUGAAACAGAUAAACUAGAAUCGUCGCACGCGCACACCAAAAGGGAGUGCACUCUGCCACACACACACACUUAUCAGAUUAGACUGCAAAGCUUUUAGAGGAAAUUGCAAAAAUGUUCUGUCCAAAUGCAAUAACACACUGACAUUCAUUUAAUUUGAUAACAUCCCAUCCUCUGGUGGAACACUGGAAUAUAAAAGCUGUUCCUGAUCUUGAUUUGGAUAAUGUGGAAUUGAGUAGCAGUCUGAAAAACACAAUUUGCAAAACACAAAGUUCAAAUAUUGUAGCGUAAUUUCAAGCACAAGCUCCAGCAGGGGUUUAAAAUCCUCCAUUAUUUUAUGAAUAUUGCAAAGAGGAUUCAGCGGCGUCAUUGUGUUUACUGGAUUAACAUACUCCUGUGGUAUAAAUCCAUCAAAUUUCUCGUGCGACGGUAACCCAAAUCACAGGCGCCUAACGACCGUGUCCUCAGUCUAACUUUGACACAUGAUGUGACUACUGAAGCAACCAUAACAAGACAGCCCUCUGUGACGGCCUAAAAUAGCACCUGAAGGAGGGCGCACUACUUUAAAAUUGUAGGAUACGCAUCAAACAAAUGAUUGCAGCAGAAUGAAAAACAUGAACUUUUUUAACUUUUUACCUUUGAAUAUUCACAUCGUCAUCUUCAAACUUUAAGUUUUCAUUCUCCAAAAAUGGAUCCAUAACUGAACUAAUCACUCAGACCCUUAAAAUUGGUUACUUUCUCCUUUGACUAAAGUUACCUCCUUUUUAUAUGUUGUCUUGUGUUAUGGAAUUUUUUAUGACAUCCAAAACAAAUACAUUUAGUCCAACUAUGUGUGCUUAAAAUACCUCUCCCCCUGCAUAACUUUGUGCCUCAGUUGGGCCAUCCUCUGACCCAUAAGCCUCUGGGAUUAAAACUGGGUGUCUGUUUAUUUUUCCAGUCCCUCCAGCGUCAGCUCCAGCUCAGUCUCAGCCUCCAGUCCAGGGUAUGCUGCUGUCCCAGUCUGCAGGAGCAAUCAGCCUACAACAAGCCUUCUCUGAGCUCAGACAGAACCAGACCCAGUUCGACACAGGGCCCAGCACAGCCCCCGCCACCAUCCACUCCACGCAUCCUCCUCUGCAGCCUGCAGCAGCUCCUGUCCCCUCACAGCCCAGCUCUGUCUCUCCUCCUGUGGAUGCUACUGUUCGACUUGUCUCCUCUAAUUUAACACAGGAGCAGGUCUUAGAAACCCCAUCCUCCGUCCCCUCUCCUGUGCCUGCUGUCUGUCUCAGCCCUCCUUGCUCUGCCUCCCCCCCUCCUCCUACUUUGGUAAAUCAGUCCGUCCUUCAGUCACAGGUACUUUCACAGCCGGGGAUCAUUCAACCUCAGGGACAGGCGCAGGUUCAGGCUCAAGCACAAACUUCCCAACCCCUCCCUCAAACUGUCCCUGCUGUCACUUUAGUCCCUUCAGUUAUACCACCAUCCAGCAUCCUCCCAACGAUGCUUACCUCCCCUCCUCCUUCGCAGAUUGCUCCCUUUGUUUCCUCACCUCCCUCCUCCACUUUCAUACCAAGUGAAGUCUCCUCUGAUCACCCGUCAGGCUCCCCCAUCUCCUCCUCCUCCACUCCUUUGCUCUCCUGCAAUGUCAUCCCCACAACUGCCAUCCCAGGCCCACAGCUCGCUCCUUCUGCUGUAAUAUCCUCUCCUCCUCCUUCCACCUCCUCAUCUGCUGCGGGGCUCCAGCCGGUGACCACCAAUGUUCCUGCAGUGCAACCAACUCUGGUGCACUCGCAGCCGCAGACAGCUGCGCUCCCAGGGCAAACGCAUACACACUGUGGAGAGUGUGACGCAAGGUGAGGAGUGGAUAACAUGUCGCUCUAUAGUCACUUUAUUUUUUACAGUGAGAUUGAGCAUUUUUAGCAGAUGUAUCGUAGAAGCUCUUGUGGAAGAAGAUUCAGGUAAAGGUGAAAGUUCUGUUUCACCUUUUUGUUAAAGUUGAAGGCUUGCUAAAUUAAGUCAUAGUGAAAAAGUAAAAAGCUGAUUUUCCCUCUUGUAGAGAAACAAAAUCAUUCAUUAAUGUCUUCAUCAGAUGUGAAUCAUCUACUGAGUCUCAGGGCAAACCCGAUGACAUCCAAGCCCUCGAGAAGAAGCUGCGCUCUCUCUUUAUGGACCUCGGCGGCGGGGUGUCUUCAGCAGACAUCCUAGCUUCUGACCCUGCUUCUGGAGCUCACGCGGCAGGUACUUCAUCUCCGAUAGGACCCUCUUCUACCUCCAGCACAUCUGUCGCCACCCCUGGCACCAGCCUGCCUGCCAAUCCUCCCCAGCCUCCCUCCAGCUUGGCACUGGGGUCUCUGGGAUCACCUGCUGCAAUCCAGGGACCUGGAACUCCGAUCUCCACCCCUGCACAGAUCGGUAUAUAGAUGAAUACAGUUACAUCAUCUGUAUGUGGCUUCCUUUAGCUUAUAUUUAGUCAUGCUCACCAACUUUUCGAUUUCAGUUUCUACAGUCAGCCCUGCCUCAACCUUUGGCCAGACUACUCCAUCCAAACCCCCUUUGUCCAGGGUACCGGUGAGUGACCCAGUGUCCUUCAUUUAUUAAGUUAAAAUCUUUGACUUGUUGUUAAUGCUUUGGUACGCUAGCAGACAAUAAUUUAACGUUAAGAGAACCUGCUCAGUUAAUUUUACAGUAUUUCACUUACAUGGUCUUGAUGUUUUUACUCACUUUUCUUGGCAUGAAAAUAUCUUUUAACAUCCUCUACAAUGACCACUCUUCCCACAACUUCCCUCCAAAUCUCCUCUGUCUCAUCUCUCCCUCUCUCUCUCAUCUUGUCACAUCUCUUCCUUUGGGAUUAGGCCAGUUCUCCUACUUCAGAACUCCUGCCAUCUUUCCCUGGACCUUGUCUAAUACAGGUGUUUUAGAAUUUUCUUUCCCUUUACUUCUGUUUAGAGAUUAUCCCUGGUACAUUGCCAUACGCAUGCUGUGUCUUUGAUGCUUAGGAUUACUGCUUCAUGUCCUACCUGUUGCUUUUAAGCACUGCUUUUGUCAUGCAAAAAAAAAAAAACCCUGUUAUGUAACUGAGAGGGGAAACUCAAGAUGUUCAGUCUCACUCCAAAAAAGGCUAUUUCAGUCUUUACGAGUCAAGAAAAGCAACAAAAGAACUCACAAGGGUGAAGGAUGCACCAUCAAACAGACACACUCAGAUACACACUCUUUGAAGUACAAUGAAGGGAAAAGAAAAACACAACUAGCUAGAAAGACAGAGGUGGUAGGAAGACAAGCUGAGGGGAUAAGGGGUCUGAUUUACCGUAGAUUGAGACAUUAAUAACUUCUGUCAAAGAAGUAUCCUGUCAUUUAAAGGUACAGUGUGUAGUUUACAGCGGUGUUUAAAAGAAUCGACUCGGUGAAACUGGAGGAUAAUAUAUGUUUAAAAAAACAUGCCUACAGUAUUUUACAACUACUUGAACUCUUUAUGUUGACUCUGAGUGAGCCGACAUAAUUAGUUAUGAACCAGAGAACUUAAGAAAAAGGAAGAUCACACUUAGCAUCACAGGAGCUUCUUUCCUUUAGGCCGCUGUAGCUUCACCAGUGUGAGGGACGAGCAAGCGGGCAUUUCAAUCCAGAAUCUGAAUAUUGCUGAAUAUCUACAAAGUCCUGUAGGUGACUUUUUUUUAAUUCACACGUACAAUUUAGUAUCUUGGACGUGCGUUUUAGUAUACCGCAGGUGCGAUUUAACUGUUCGUUAAUAAACAAAAUCACUUCUGUAAGUCCGAAUAUCGCAGAUGGCAAAGCCGCUGUGCUUUAAGGAUCCUGAUGAGGCGUCUCCUACUCAAAACAAUACCAAAUGUGGCUAAGCUAUUAAGUAUCUCUUAUACCUAAAUGAAAGGAAAUAUUGAUAAUAUGCUCUUUGUCCAUAACACCGUCCUUCUUCUCUCACAAAUGAGACACGCAGAGGAUUAUUUACAAAUAUGCAUGCACAAGAUACAAAUAAAACGUAUAUACGAGAUACGAAUUAAAACGUACGUUUGAGAUACUAAAAUGCACAUACGAAUCAAAAAAAAAAAUUCAUGUCACCUCCCGGGCUCUCUGAGUAUCUACAUUUCUACACACUGUACCUUUAACCUCUAAUGGGUGAUACAUCAUCAGCGCCCCCUACAGGAAACCUGACCUACAGAGGUAACAUUUUACAACUUGGGCAAGACCAGUCCUGUUAUUUAGUCCUGCCGUCAUCAGAUGUGAUUUUGAUCAUUUAUUUAUUUUACAGUAAAAACACUGAGCUAGAGUACUUUGUGUGUGUGUGUGUGUGUGUGUGUGUGUGUGUGUGUUGCUUUUGUUUCACUUUACCUGUGUUUGUGCAAGUCCAUGCUUUUGGUCCAGUUUUGCUUGAGUCAAAAAAAGCUGAGUGGCUACUAGAGUUCAGCUUUAUUUAACCCUUGUGCACCCCUAAGGACCGUUUUGGUCCUUCGUAACUAUACUUUUGUGGAUAAUUUUGGCUGUGAUGAUGCAAAUGGCAUGAAAGUUUGUCAAAGUGUGCAAUUUUAGGUGCAAUUUAUUUUUUUUACUUUUUUCUUCCUUUGACCUUUUUUGCAUGUGAGCAAUUUUUAUACUUCAGUUAACACCCCUAAGGACCGAAACGGUCCCAUUGACUCCCAUUAAAACAUGUUUUCUUCAAUACGCUGCCAAUGCAGUAUAAUUUUUGGAAAUUUUUUUUUUCUCAUGUACACCUAUUCUUUGAGGGUCAAACUGUUUUUUUUUUUAUGUCGACCAGCAGAUGGCGCCAUUUUUCUUUUUUCCUGCCAUACCCUUUAGAACCAGAGGGGCACUGUUUUCCCUUUGUCACAGAGCUGGUUUAUUUCAUGCAUAUAGAUAGAUAGAUUGAUAGAUAUAUAAUUUAUUGACCCCAAACUGGAAAAUUCUCAUGUUACAGCAGCAAAAAAAUACAAAAUAGAAUUAAAUAUAAGAAGAAAUAUGUACAAUGCAGACUAAAAAUACUAAAUAUAUACAUUGAAUACAGGCUAAAUAUACUAAACAUCUUUAGAGAGAAAAUACAUUCAAUAAAAACUAUUUAGGUGUGAUUUAGGGACAUCAUGGAUUAUGUGCAUGUGUUUUCAUGAAUUACUUAUGUGUGUGUGUGUGUGUGUGUGCAUAUGCAGCCAUGAGAAUAGCCAAAAUCCUUCCAGAAACAGCGGCAGUUGUACAAUCUGCACCUGCAGUUUCCUUCUGUGUGUGUGUGUGUGUGUGUGUGUGUGUGUCUGAUUGUGUGUGUGUGAUUGUGUGUCUGAUUGUGUGUGUGUGCGCACGUGUGUGAGCAAGCUCAUGAGGUUCAUAGCGGGCACCUGAUCAAUGUGAGUGCGUAAAAGCAAGCAAGGAAGGGAUGGAGUGUGUGUGUGUGUUUGUGUGUUAGUGUGUGUGUGUGUGUGUGUGUGUGUGUGUGUGUGUGUGUGUGUGUGAGUGUGUGUGUGUCUGUGUGUGAGAUUGUGUGUGCGAGCGUGUGUGCGUGUGUAAGCGCACGCACGAGGUUCAUAGCUGGCACCUGAAGAGGGAGGGCUUCAUCAACUUGCUUGUGUAAAAGCAAGGGAUGGAUGGAUGGAUGGAUGGAUGGAUGGUGUGUGUGUGUGUGUCUGUGUGUGUGUGUGUGUGUGUGUGUGUGUGUGUGUGUGUGUGUCUGAUUGUUUGUGUGUGUGUGUGUGUGUGUGUUUGUGUGUCUGAUUGUUUGUGUUGUGUGUGUGAGCGAGCGCACGAGGUUCAUAGCAGGCACCUGAUCGAUGUGCGUGCGUAAAAGCAAGCAAGGGAUGGAUGGUGUGUGUGUGUGUGUGUGUGUGUGUGUGUGUGUGUUUGAGAUUGUGUGUGAGAUUGUGUGUGCGUGCAUGCAUGUGUGAGCGCACACACAAGGUUCAUAGCGGGCACCUGAAGAGGGAGGAUAUCAUCGAUGUGCGUGCAUAAAAGCAAGAGAUGGAUGGAUGGAUGGAAGGAUAGAUGGAUGGUGUGUGUGUGUGUGUGUGUGUGUGUGUGUGUGUGUGUGUGUUAUACACUACAGAAAAAAAAAAUCUUUUCAAAUCAAUUUUCUCAUCAAUGUUUACCAAUCCCAUGCUCUUAUAAUCAAAAGUUUAAAAAAACGAUUGAAUUGGAAAAUAAUUCAUCAAGUUUGUUUUUUGACUUAAAAUAAUAUCAGGUUUUUACAAAAAAGACUGACGUUUAUGGGGUUAAAAUACAAAACCUGAAUAAAGUUUUGCUAUUAAUGAUUAGGUUAUAAGUCAAUGAUGGCAGCCAAAAAAUAAAAUAAAUAAAUAUAUUUAUUUAGACAAUAUUUCUACUGCAGCAAAAUGGAGGGGACCGUUUCGGUCCUUAGGGGUGUUAAUCGAAGUUUUUGUUAUUAUUCAACACUACAGAAAAAAUACAAAUCCUUUCAAAUCAAUUUUCUCAUCAAUGUUUACCAAUCCCAUGCUCUUAUAAUCAAAACUUUAAAAAAACAAUUGAAUUGGAAAAUAAUUCAUCAAGUGUGUUUUUGGACUUAAAAUAAUAUCAGGUUUUUACAAAAAAGACUGGCAUUUAUGGGGUUAAAAUACAAAACCUGAAUAAAGUUUUGCUAUUUAUGAUUAGGUUAUAAGUCAAUGAUGGCAGCCAAAAAAAAAAAAAAUUAAAUAUAUUUAUUUAGACAAUAUUUCUACUGCAGCAAAAUGGAGGGGACCGUUUCGGUCCUUAGGGGUGUUAAUUGAAGUUUUUAUUAUUAUUCAACACUACAGAAAAAAUACAAAUCCUUUCAAAUCAAUUUUCUCAUCAAUGUUUACCAAUCCCAUGCUCUAAUAAUCAAAAGUUUAAAAAAUCAAUUUGCAUUUAUAGGAUGGAAAAUAAUUCACUAAUUGUGUUUUUGGACUUAAAAUAAUAUCAGGUUUUUACAAAAAAGACUGGCAUUUAUGGGGUUAAAAUACAAAACCUGAAUAAAGUUUUGCUAUUUAUGAUUAGGUUAUAAGUCAAUGAUGGCAGCCAAAAAAAAAAAAAAUUAAAUAUAUUUAUUUAGACAAUAUUUCUACUGCAGCAAAAUGGAGGGGACCGUUUCGGUCCUUAGGGGUGUUAAUUGAAGUUUUUCUUAGGGGUGCACAAGGGUUAAGCAUUAAAAUCAAGUAUUGCAAACUGACUGUUUCAGGAGUUAUCAAGCACAUGCUGUAUUUGCUGAGCAUCAUUAAGACAAUCUGAAGUCCUAGGAGCCGUACUUAUGAGCUUUGAGCUUACCUGCGCUUGAAUCUGUGCUUAUUAAGUCAUUUAGUGUGUGAAUCUAAAUUUGCAUCUUUUUCCUCUUCCAGUCCCAGCAGCCUCUGGAGGACCUAGAUGCUCAGUUAAGACGGGCACUAAGCCCUGAGACGGUUCCUGUCAGCACACACACACAGGUAAACACACACACAUACACACACACACACACGUUUGAUGUUCUACAAACUCCUUAAAUGUGACAACGCUGGUCUCACCGAUUUCCAUCUCUUUUAUAUCACCAAUUACAGGCGUCUCACAGUGGUGCACCUUCAGUGGGACAUCCAAGUAUGUACAUUCAUUUAUCGUUUUACCAAUCUGUGCGUGCCUGCAUGUGUGUGUGUGUCUCAGAUUAACAUUUAUUACUAUGAUAUUUUUUCAGUUCCCUUCCACCUGGAGGAAGAAACCACAUCCUCUCCAGCUCCUCCUCCUUCAGGUGGAAUUAAACUGGGGAGGUUUCAGGUCAGAUUUUCAUACUGUGCUCAGACUUUUUCUUAUUUUUUUAUUUUAUUUUUUUGUUUUAAUCAGUUUCCAACUCUAUUCAUACUAAGUUGAAAUAAUCUCUCCUGACUGAUUUCUUAAAUUGAGUUGGUUUAAUAUUUGGGUUAAUUUUGAAAACGGUGUGUGUCCUCAGGUCUCACUGGCUGCUGAGGAGCCUUCGGUCAAACACCCGGCCUGCACUGAAUCUUCCUCCACCACCUCGUCCUCCUCGUCCUCUUCUUCCUCAUCCUCUUCCAAUUUCUCCAGCCCGGAGAACACACUGCACAAAGACUCUGCGACUGCUCUGAGAACAGGAGGAGCGGGACAAGGAGGAGAUGUUGUUGAUGGGCUCCCCCAGAGGGUUCUAGUAGGGUCCCAUCAACCCUCCCCCAUAACUUCGCCUUGUCCCUCUCCUAAACCGCCCACCACCAUCGGACGCUUCCAGGUAUUUUUCCUGGUUUUCUGUUUUCUAUCUGAUUUUCCUGGUGCUCAGUUGUUUGCCAAAACCAUUCCUUUGAUGAUACACUGAAUGUUUGGUUUAAUUCAGGUUACAACCAGCACCGAGGCUCGUGUUGGUAGAUUCUCAGUCAGUCGUGCCAAGGAGCAGAGCCCUGAGUCCCGCCAGACACUCCCCCUACCUGCUGCAAAAGCUGCAAAUGGACCCAGUGAUCCUGGCCAGCUUUUAAGUCCAGAAUCCGCUCACAAAGCCUCGCUGCCGAGUCUGAACAAUAACUCCUUUAAUAACUCCUACAUGAGCAGUGACAACGACUCUGAAUUUGAGGAUGAGGACUUCAAACGGGAAGUCGGCCGCCUCAGAGAAAAGUAUGUUAUCACUUCCUUUUCUGUUUUCUGCUCUUUCUUUUUCCUCUUUCCUCACCCCUGAGAAUGAGGUCAACCACACUUUCCUCUUUUCCUGAAAAGCAACAUGCAGCUCUUCCUAGAAAACUAGGUCCUUCUCCUCUCUGGUUGCUUUCACACCUUUCUAAGUUUAAUUCUUUAUUUCACCUGUUUUUUUAUGCCAUGUAUUUUUAAAUCCUUUUAUCCACCAACAGGCACAUGCGUGAAAUCCAGGCACUCCACUCUCGCCAGAAAGAGGAAAUAGAGAGCCUCUUUACAAAGCUUGGAAAGGUAACUUAAGUUUGUUACAUCUGCACAGACAUGUAACGACACACACAGCACGAUGUGAAACCAUUUCAUUUCGGUCUCUGUGCAGGUUCCUCCAGCUGCAGUGCUCCCUCCAGUUAUCGCCCUGACUGGCAGGAGGAGACGACCUACGAAAAGCAAAUCAUCCAAAUCGUCCAGAACCAGCUCCACGCACGGCAGUAAGAGCCCCUUACAGCCAGGUGAGACCGUCGUUCAUACAUUUAUAACAAGAGUCAAUUCACCAAAAGUCCAGAACAACAUGAUUUUUUACUUGAAUUUAUCAGCGACAGCGCUUAUUUCAAUCUAUAAUGAAUAUAAGAGUUUCCCUCUACCUCCACCUGGGAAACAAAGUUCCUAAAUGAUAUGCAACAAAAUUUAAAAGCAACAUGUAAUUUUGUUAAAACUCAGUCCAGUUCAUUCACAAGAGCACUUGUCUAAGUUGUAUUGCUAACAGUUAUCCUUGGUGAUUCAUACACUGAUAUCCUGUGGGAACAUAAAAGUUGAAUAAUGUGAUUCAUGACCAAAAACCUGCUGAACUCACAGUUUUGUGCAUUUUAGCAAAUGCUCGCAGGCCAACAUAUGAAGCUAAUGCUGUAAAGACUUCUUGAUGAAUUCAGGUUAUGAGUGUUUAUAUUGUUUUUAGAAAAAUUCAGCUCGGCAACAUCAGCACAGCUCUACCUGCAAAAAUACUAUCUCACAGAGCUGCAGAUAACUCCAAUGAUCGUCCAUCUACUUCACCAAAAUGUUGACUCAUCAUACAAAAGUCAGCAAAGCUUUUGAUCCGUCAGCUCCACCCUGCAACUUUAAAUUAUAAGAAACCAAACUCAUGACUUCAAUCUCAGCCAGGAUGAUCAAAUCGAAAAUUAUCCCUAACAUCACAUCAUCUCUGUGUUUACGCAUCUGUGUGCACAUCGAUGUGCGUGUGCGUUGAUUGCUUUGUUACACGUGCAUGUUGGUGUGUGCUGGAGCAGGCUCAGAGCUUCAACAUUUCUGACUGCUUUCCCUGUCUGUCUCUCCCCGUGUGUGUCUGUGUGUGUGUCGGUGUGUCUGUGCAUUGUCCCGGGUGAGGGGUGUCUCAUCUCCCUGUUAUUUUUGUAUAUGUGUGUGUGUCCGUGUGUGUUUGUGGGUCUCGGCCUCUGCGCUGUGUCCUUCUUGCCCUGUCCCCUCCUGCCUAUGCCUUGUGCUAUCUCCAGGCAGCACUUUAUCCGCCCAGAGCGUCCCCACCAUGUACCCCGGCCAGCUGGCUCUGUUAACCCCGGGAGGAUUGGCCGAUUCAGGCGGCAGCACAAUGCUCCAGCCUCUCAAACCCUCUCCCUCCAGCAACAACCUGUGCUCUGCCUACACCAGCGAGGGGGCGCUGUCUGUGCCCAGCCUGUGUGCUCCCACCCCAGGUAGGCAUGUGGAUCCCAGUCUGCAGUAGGCCCCCCCUUAAACUUUGGAUGCAGACCAACACAAAAGCAUGCAGUCUGUUUGUCUUCACCUCCUCACAAAGAGACACUUCUCACAUCUCUUUCUGUCUUUUUUUGUCUGUUACUCUCUCUCUCGGUGUAAAGCAGUGUGAUGACUAACUGACUGUUACAUUCUUUCAUUCUUCACCUUCUCUGUCUUUCUCUUGUCUGACUCUAUUCCUGUCUUCAACGUCUCUGUUCCUCUCUCUCCCUUUGCCUCUCCUUCUCUCUUUCCUCAUCUUUUCUCUCCACCUUUUCCUCCCUCCUCCCUUUUUUCAGGCUGUGUAAAGUUCAGCUGGGGUUCGGAGCGUGUGGCCUUCAAGCCUGGCGGCAGGAGGACGCGCUUUCUGAGUACGCCCUGCUUGGCUCUUUGUGUGUAACGCUUUAUUUCUUCGCUCUUCUCUUUUCACUCCUCAUCUACUUACUUUUCUUAACCUUUUUUUUCUUUUCCUUUUUAAAUUUUUUUUAACUCUUAUAUCUGUCAAGUCACGGUCGCCCUGUCUUCCAAUGGGCUUUUACGCUUUUACUCAACAAAGUAAUCUCUGAUUGGUUUGAAAACGGUAGCAGCCAAGCUCAGUUUGACUAUGACUACAGCCUUCAACCUUUUUAGCAUCUUUAUUUGCUAAUGAAAGCUAAAAUGUUAAGGCUUAGCAGAAAAAAUUUAAAAAAUUGUAGUCUUUCUGUUCCUGUUAUGCUCUUCCAUGACAAAUACCCUGAAGUCUGGAUUAUAAGCAUAUACUGUAUAUACUUUGGACAACUUGGUUCCUGCCAGUAUAUGGAUUUGAAGCUGAAAGUCUCUCGGUAUUUCCACGUUUUUUCUCCACUUUCUGAAACCAAUAUUGCGCAGUAGCAUUGUGUGCAUUUGGGGUGAGAGUAGCAGAGAGUUGCUGUGAUGCGUAUUGGGUGAGCUAUGCAAUCUUUGCACGCCCAUAGGCUGUAUCACGUGUCAAUCAUAGAAAACAUGAACCCCCUGAUAACUUUUAAAAACGGAGCUUCACAGAAAAAAGAGGACUUGAGCACAAACCAGUCUGACAGUUACUACAUGUCAACAUUUAAAAAUUUAUAUCCUGUGUAGUAAAUUUCUAAAGUUUGUCCACUGCUCCAUGAGGAUGGCUGGAGGAGGUGGGAUUUAUCACCUAUACUGCAGCCUGUCACCAGAGGGUGCUGUUCUCGGAGUGGCGUCACCCAGUGAGGAGGCAGACGGCGUCCAUUCUAUAUACAGUCUAUGAUUAUAAGUCAAGAGAAACAGGUUGUGCAGCUGUGAAACUCUGUCUAGUCACAUCUUUGUAGCUAUCCGUACAACUGUUGAGCUCAGUGUACGGUCGCUUUGAGAUUUGUGAGGUACUAUAGACAGGCUCUCUGAGACUCGCCCCUCCUUUGUCUCACUGAGAAGUUUUUUCAAUCCAACAAGUGCUCCACAGGGCUUGAUAGUAUACCAUCAUUUUCUUUCAAAUGAAUAGGAGCUAAUGAGGGUGUUGUUAAAAGCUAGACUGGUCCACUUCACUAUACUUCAGACAUUUAAGUGCCCUCAUGCUUCAUCAGGCCUCAUUUUAAGAUAUCGUAACACAAUCACAAAUCUCUGCCUGCAUUCUUUACUGGUAUGUCGUUCCAACCCUGAUACAGGAUGCCGCUCACUUUUUCGGAUGAUAAAAACACUUCAAGUGCGUUGUAUACACUCAAUUUUGCAGUAAUUCAUCUCUUAAGUGCACAUUCAAUGCCAACCCCUGUGCACUUUUUGGCAGAUUGGUAAUAGCACAGCCAAAUAUGAAAAAAGAGCGUCAUCAAGAUGAUUGAGGGAACACUUAGACUGUCUGCAGUGGCACUUUAAAAGGCUGUAGACGGUAACACCACUGCCAUUUACUCUAUGUCUGAUACUCUAUAUGAAGUGUGGUGUCAGAAAUCUCCAACUGUGGCUCCAUCAAUCAACCAGCAGUCUGUGACAGGAAAACUUAGCUUCACCUCGAUGUUUAGGUUUCAAUCCUAUAGUUUGGAAACACCUGGAGUUACUUAAGUUAACAAGACCAGUUUAAUGCUGUUUAAGAUGUUUAAUGCUAUAUGUUUCAGUAUAGAGGGAAUGCUCUGUAUACAGUUGUUAAUUUGAUAACACUUUGUUUGACGUCUAUCUCUAUAACGCAUUAUAAAUAUAUGUAUAAAGCAUUAUAAUCACGUUAUAGCAAUGUAUAACUACAGUUAUAAACACUCAUAAAUGAUCAUAAUGCUUUAUAGCAAUAAUCACAACACAUUAUAAAGCAUUUUAUCAUGGCUUACAAGGUCAGGUAUUAUAAUGUGUUGACAACUCACUGAAAAUGACCACAUAGAUAAUUCAUUACGAAUAUUUUUGUGAUGUGUUAUAAUUUACUUAUAAACUUGUAUAACUAAAAUUAUAAAUGCUCAGUAAUUAUCAUAAGGCUUUAUAACAAUAAGCAUAACCCAUUAUAAUACCUGACCUUGUAAGUCAUGAUAAAAUGCUUUAUAAUGUGUUGUGAUUAUUGCUAUAAAGCAUUAUGAUCAUUUAUGAGCGUUUAUAACUAUAGUUAUACAGUGCUAUAACGUGAUUAUAAUGCAUUAUACAUACAUUUAUAAUACAUUAUAGAGAUAGGCGUCAAGUAAAUGAAUGUAGAAUAACUUUUGUAAAAAUUAAGUAUUGAAAAAGGGAGUUAGGCAUCAUGAAAAUCUCAGUUUCCUGACUAAUAACUAGGAAUAGCUGCAUGAACACAAGUCAGGGACCCCAAAGUUCCCGGAGGAAAAGACUCAUUCAGACAGCAGCUCCACAGAGAUGAACAUUAACUUAUUUAUUUAUUUUUUUUACCAUGAGGCUGAUAUAGAAACCUAUUAAAACAGACAGAAGUCCAUUAUGAGUAGCAUUGACAUUGUAGUGGGUGUCUUCUGUUUCUAAGCUUUGUUUUAAAGAAAUCAGAUGGACUAACAGAGGAAGACAAGAGGAGACCUGAUGCGAUUUCUUUUUAUUCGUUCUGUUUUUAUUUGGGAACAUGAAAUUCUCCUUCAUUUAACUCGGUUAAUGACAUUUACUCAUUCAUUUCAACACAGUUCUGUUCAGACACUGUUCAUUUACUCCAUUAUUCAUAACCAGAUACUUCUCGCAGAUCAUAUUAUAGCCAUACAGAUUAGUUAAUUGUUGGUGAAAUGUUCUGUGCCUGAUGAUGGGAUGUUUAUGAAUGCCUCUGAACCCUCUGCAGCUCGAAGCCUUUCUCUCCCUUCCUUCCCUCACUCCCUCUUUUCACCCCCUUGUCUCUCUCUCACCUGUGACCCCCCAAACACUGCACAGCAAGGAGGGGAGAGAGACAGACCUGGGUCUUGGUUAUCAGAGUAAAAGUUAUUUCCCAGUCUGAUAUGUGGUAUUGCAUCCAAACUCUAAAGCCAGAGCUGUUUUGGUUCCACUUGAUUCUGGUAAAGCUGCUGAACAAACUCAAGAAGAGUGCAGCAACUCAGAGUUUUGGGAAAUUAAUCCAAAUUGUGUUUGAAUCCUAAUUUGGACCCAGUUCUGGCGUAGCCCUGCGAGCUGUAGAGAGGACUCAGAACCCGGGGUUGGUUACCUAAAAGCGUCUUUAAGCUGCAGGACAGACGAGACUUUGAGGCAGUCUGAGGAUAAAGGAGUCUGUGGAGUCUCAAAUUUGGUGUUGGCAUGAAAGAUUUAGAUUUAUAGUCAUUUGUAUUGAGGAUUGAAAUAUUUUGUUGCCACUGCAGUAACUAAAUGUCUGACUUUGUGUCUUAUUACUUUGAACGACUAUAUUUGAAUCUCUUUUCAGUAAGUGACAGCGUCUCAUAUCCCUGCUUGGAUGUUAUUGGGCAACUGAACCCCAAAAUCUUGUUAAUGUUCACCUGAACUUCAAGUAAUGGUGCUUUGUGUUUGGUUGUCGAUGGUUUGUGGGUGGGGUUUAACUCUGACUCUCUCCCAAUCCUCCAAUCGUUGUCUUCCGGCCGCACAGGGAAGAUGGUGAAAAAAGUCUGCCCCUGCAACCAGCUCUGUAGUAAUUAUCGCUCUUUUUGGUCCUUCCUCCCUCUAUCCAUCCAUCCCCCUUCCUCCAUCCUAGCACUCGCUCUCCCACGCUUCCUCCUGCUCUCUGUUGGAUGUCCUACCUUGAUGUAAAAACUUUGAUCCUCUGUCAGAUUUAAGUUCAAGUCAGUUACUUCAGCUCAUAGAAACACUUUUUUUUGUAAUUUUUGAAAAUAAAGAAAAGAUUGUUGACAGUAAAUAAUGAAAGAAGAUUUUACUUCAGGUCUGAAAUGACUGACUUGAGCUGCUGUCACAAACUCACACUGCAUGCACUCACACAAACAAACAAACACACACUAACACACCUGAACCACUGAAGGCCACUCCGCCCCCUUCCUGUUUUAUUUUGUGCCCUGUCAUGGCUGCAUCCCCCAGAAUCCCAUGCUGCUGCAGUCAGUCAUGACUCAGCAUCUCCUCAUUCUUAAUUUCCUCCAUUUUAUUUGGCAUGACAUGACAGUUGUAAAAUAAUAGUUUACCAGCUUACUACUGUGUCUUUCCUUGUGUAAUAUCUGACGUAACAGAAUUUCAUUCAUAGAAUAAUGAAUAAAGAAUUAAAGAAAUGAGGAAAUAAAGGAAAUUAUUAUCAGUAACAGAUUUGAACAGUGCUGAUAUCCUCCUACAAUAAAUUAAAUGUGUCUAUUUUUAAGGGUGUGUCUGCAAUAUUUAGGGAUCCAGAUUUGACCGACGUGAAACAUUUGGAUUAAUUUGUUAAAUGAAACCAGCAGAGCGUGUCACAGAGAGCCAUGAGAUAUUAAACUGUCUUCUCCAGAGGGAUGAAUACAAACACACCAGCACAUUACAAGUACAAAGACAUAAAUUGACUACACACAGAUACAGAGCAAUAAGAGAUGGACACAUAAUGAGGACAAAUCGACAGUUUAAUUAGAGAAACUUGUUAAGGUCUUAAAAACAAAUACAGAACGACGAACAAGAGAAUUAAAAAAACAGGCUCACGAGAAAGUAAGGCUUGCAUCAAAAAGAGGAUUGGAACAAAGACUGAUCUGUUUUGCAAAAUGUCAGCAUUUAAUCCUGGCAUUAAUCUAAAGUACUCCAAAGUUAGCACAGCGUCUAGUUUGCUGUGUGUCUCAUUUGCUGUGAUGAUCAGGUUUGGCAAAAAGCAAAUCAAGAGCUUUAAUGGAGCUCCAGAGCCACCUACUGGUCGAACUUUGAACUAAACACAAGCUCAGUGAGAGCAACUGUGGUUUACAGCAGGCCUGGCUUCUUCAGUGAAGCAGCAUUUUGUGGGUGAAUGCUGGUGGGCAUGCCAAAUAGUCAUCAAAGUGCCCACUUUGUUUUGGAAGUUGCUUCAGUGUCAUAAUUUCUCAUCUUCCUGCUGGUCAUCUCCAUUAUUAAAACUAAACAGUAUAAUUCCCUAACCAUGUCAAACAUGCUGACCUGCCCUAAAACUCUGCCCUGACCAGCCUCUGUUACCAUGUAGUGGCCCUUCUUCAUGGUCAAGACAGGAAAUACAUUUCAUUAAUUCAGUCAAACACUAUAGUGAUUGUGAAGUGUGUUCAGUAUCUAAUGCUCUUUGCUCUUCUUCUUCUCUCCUCUCUCCUCUGUCUGCCUUCACAGGGACGAACAGCACCAACGCAGUUAGUGGCUCAGGGGGUCUGGGUCAGAGCCAAGGAGGUUCCCAGUGUCUUCCCUCUAACAUCACAGUCCCCCACCAGAGGAAAGGAACGUUCACUGAUGACCUCCAUAAACUGGUGGACAACUGGGCCAGAGAUGCCAUGAACCUCUCACAGGUUUACAUUCUCACAAUUUGUUUUCUUUGCAAUAGAGGAGGAGCUGUCUUAUAUGUUUUUUGUUUUGAUCUUCCACUCAAUCUCAAAGAUAAGAAAGGGAACAUAAAGUUACCAUGUGAAGUCUGGCAAAAAUUUCAAUUAGAUCUACUGGUGCAUAAAAUUAGUGCUUUGGAUCCUCCUGCUUUGUGAGAAGAGAAAAAAAAAUAAACUACAGGGGGGAGAUUUUUUAGAUUUCUAUUUUGAGAUCAAAGUCAAAAUUUCAGGAUUAAAGUCGAAAUUUAAAAAAGUCUAAAUGAAAUGCCGUAUGGCUUAAGUUUGUCGUAGUCAUCCAUGUGCCAGAGCGCAUUGGGUCCUCAGCUUUGGUAAUGCCUGCACCUCAGACGCCGAGCUCAUCUGUGCUCCAUCCCUUCAGGAUCAAUCAACUCAAUCGGUUGUCUCAUUGUAUCUUGAGGUACAACAUAGCCUCGCUGUAUAGCACGCAGGUAUAACCAUUGAUAACCCUGCAUCUGCAUCUUAUCUUCGGCACAGUCUUUUCAGAGUCUGAAUACUUAUGACCACACUGUGUUUGUGUGCUAAAAGAGCAAGGAUUACUAAAUCCAAUUCAGCAUACACCUUUAUAAACUCUUCUACAGAGGACAUGUUGUCAAGUGACCAGCGAUAAUGCUGUUGAUUGAUUAUCGUAAAUCUCAACAUUACGACUAUUCAUGAAAUUUCAUCUUUAUUUGCGUCUGCUUUAAUCUUGAAAUUUCUAUUUAAUUCACAAAAUGUCAACUUUAUUAAUUUCACUUUAACCUUGAAAUUUUGACUUUAAUGUCAGAAUUAAAAAUUUUUAAUCUCAAAAUUUUGACUUCAAUCUCGAAAUUUCAAUUUUAAUCUCAAAAUUUCAACUUCAUUGACAUAAUUUAAAUUUUUUAAUCUCAAAAAUUUCAACUUUAAUCUCAAAAUUUCGUCUGUAAUCUCCUUCCUUUAAUUAUUUAUUUUCUCUUCGUGUGGCCCUAAUCCUCUUUUGUACUUUUCAGUGUAUAAGUUAGAGAACUUUAUUCUUUUUUUCAGGGUAAGAGGAGUGCCAAACAGCUGCAGCAGGCCCCAUCACAAGGACACAGCUACGAGGUUAGUGUAGAAACACACCUCACCACAUGGCCAGGCUAACUUGUUAAGGUUGAGGCUACAGCAAACAGUAGCUUUGUCUGUACUUGCCUUCACUUCAAUAAGCUCCCACAGAGUAAUGUAUUGAAUAACUAAAUCUAUUCUCAAAGAUUUUAUGACUACAUCAAGAUUCAGACAGUCUGUCAGUUGUGGGUAUUUGUGUUAAAAUGCGGAACCGUGUUGGUGAGAAUAAAUCACUUCUUUUCCGUAAACUCUCAUCUCUCCAGGUGAUACAGUCUGCUAGCUUGGGCAGGAAGUACUCUGCUCCCAGCCAACUGUGUCCCAGCAGCAUCGGAGGCUCCGCCCACCUCCCCACAAACCCCACCACUGCUACCUCUCUGGCUGCCCGCAAGGGCUCCCUGUGCCACCCGCCCGCCUCCUCCACCUCCCCUCAACCCCAGCCUCCCCAGUUCAUCCACUACACCCCCACUGCCGCCUAUAGUGCACAAUGGUCUGGUCCCGCUCACGGGCUUUCCACCCCACACCAGGCACCUGCACAGCCCGGGCCCCUGCUGGUCAGCACCUCCCAGCCCCUCGGCCCCUACCCAGCUGUAUCAGUGGGAGGGCAGGGUCAGAUCCCAGGCCAGGGUCCGCUCCAGGCUUUUCAUCUCGCCAACGCUAUGCAGAAGUCUGUCAGCAACCCAGGAGGACCCAACCUAAGGACCACGUAGGGCUGGGGGAGAGGGCUGGUUUGAAUCACGGCCCGACUGGACUGGACCGGACCAGAGUGCAACAGAGAUUUACGUGCUCGAUCUGCUGGGGGAGGAUGGAAGAGCAGGAAGAGAGCGAGGAGUUUGACGUGACAGAAGGAGACAGAGCGCAGGGAGUGAAGAAGAAGAACCAGGAACACCUCUCUAUCCAUCCAUGAGUGAAAGCUGUCACAUGAUCUCCCUUUUCUGCUGUGCUGGACUGUUGGCUUGUGUGCCAAACGCUCAAAGAUAACGAAAAAAGACUUGAGUGCAAUGAAAAGAGGCCAAAGAGGUUUUGACAGGGUGUAGGAUUGGUGUUGGUACCUGUUGUGUUAUUAAGGCACUUAUCGCUCGGUCGCACUUGUGCUACUUUAGCUUUAAAUCAAGUGAACUAGUCUUUAGGAGGCGGGUCAAACAGUCAUACCUUUAAGAUGUUGCAAAAGGGGAUGUUACAUAAUUUAAAAGGAGGGAAGAGUGUGGCGGCCGGCUUUCAUGGAAACAAAAUUUAGUCCUUGUAUCCACUCAGCAACUCUUAAUAGCUUCUCAUGCUAAAGUUGCUAAAAAUAUUUACAUAAAAGAAACAAAAAUGAGGGUUUUUUUCCAAAUUUAAUAUUGAGAUGACAUGAGCCGUACCUUUCUGUUUGAGCGUGAGGCUUUAAGUCAAAGAUCACAGCUUUGAUUUAAGGUGAAAGCAGGACAGAAAGACGCAUGAGCAGCUUCUUAAAUUCAGGGAGCUGCUAAGAAUUGGAAAUUUCCCUCAACUUUUAAAAGCACAUAUAAUCCCACAAAAAUCAAACCAAAUUUACAGCAGGGAUUAAAAACAAAAUCUGGAUCUGAGCUGCCUGGUUUAGAGACGGUGUCAUUCAGCACCUGGUGGAGUAUUUGUUCUGUCAGCUUGAGGUUGAAUUGUGACGACUACUCCUUUGUUAUCCUCCGGGUCUUGCCUCCGCCCUGGUCGGACAAACUGCUCAAACAGAUGGAGAGAAAUGGAGGAAAGAAAGACGAGAGAGAGAAAAAAAGAGAGAGAGAGAGAGUGCUUGACUUAGAUAGCAAGCACUUCCUCUGUUCCUCUUUUCACUCUCAGCUGAAGUACUGAAUGGAAAAUGACAGAAGCUUCUGCGCAGCGAACGCCUCCUCACCCUCACCACUCCACCUCUCUCUCUCUCCAUCCAUCCCUCCCUCUAUCUCUCCACCUCUCCGUUGCCAUUCACAGCAAUAACAGCAGCAACCUUUUAGAGAAAAACCUGAGCGGACUCGGCGUGAAACAGUGGCCUUGUUAUCAGAAUAAUACGGAGUCCCUGUACAGUUUGUGUCUCGGUUUAUUUUUUAGGAUGUCGCUAUUAUGAUUCCAAUUUAAUGUUGAUUUUGUUCUGUUGGGUUGUGUUUGGUUUGCUGCACUCACACACACACACGCAUAUGUACACACACACACACACACAGACAUGUAAAUACACACACAUGGUUUGAGGCGUAGCAGCAGUUUAACAGAUUCACUCUUAAAUGCCUCAGUUCUCAUUAUCAUUAGUUUGCUUUCGACGUUUGUGUUGAAAUGACGGCAGUGUACAUUAAUGUCAUAAUUAUUGUUGUGAAUGAUUAUUAUUCUAUUUAAAAAGAAACAAAAACAAGAGUGUGUUCUGUCGACGGACCUGUUAUACAAGCACAUCGGUGUGCGAUGUGGAAACACUGUGAUUAUUGUCGUUUAUUCUUAGCCGAUGUUGUUGGACAACAUUAGUUUUAGGGUGAAAUGUCGCAAAUAAAGAAAAACAAAGAGCAAACGGGGGACGGCUUUGGGGUGCUUUCGCUUUCAGUUCACGGCGAAUUCAACAGGAAAUGUGAAAAAAAAAAUUGAAUUCAGUUGUUGUCCUUACAUCCAGUUCAGAGGGACUGUAUUCCAAACGAAUGCCUUACAGUAACUUUUCACCUGCAGCUUCAGUUUUACUCAAAUCUGACCGGAUUGAAAGUGGAAACUCACCCCAAUGCCUGCUCACAAAGAAAUCCUUGGUGGACGGCAGGAUAGUAAAUAUUUAGAUAUAAAGUAAUGCUAGCUAUUUUUUUCUUAAUACAGUACUUAUAUAUCAGACACUUUAAAUAGCCCUCCUCUUCCCUUUCUCCCUGUUCUGUUAGAUGAAUGUGAAUGUAUAAACCAAUGGUGUCCAUUUUAAUGUACUUGAAGACUGUCUAUUGUUUUUUUUUUCUUCCUUUUGCUUCCCUCAGACCCCCAAACUCCACCUAGAGCCUCUGGUGAAAAACUGGAGGUGCUCACUAGUGCCUUGCAUCAUUGUUGCUUGUUUUGUUGGGGGUGGAGGACUUUGGGUUACGGUAAGCACACUUUGGCAGCAUGUGUGGGAAGUUUUCAGGAGUUUCACUUUGGUGUCAGUGGUGAUUGGGUUGCAGGUAUGCAGUAGAUUGAUGGAGAUGCGGUUCGAUGGAUGUUGUUGGCUGCUACUGUGUGGUUUGUGGUUAAUAAUCAAUGUGUGGGGAGUGUAAACUGAGAAUGGCCCCACAUGUUGAGAUCAAAGCAAAGAAAAUCCUUUAUAUUAACCAAAACAAAGCCUGUUUUCUGCUGCCAUUGAAGUCAAUAAGACUGACCACUGAAAAUUUGAUAAAGGUUAACCCUAAAGAGGCCUGACUGUGACUUUGACCCAGUUACAACCCAGAUGUGAUGAUUAUUGGAGGGAACAUGAGAGUUUAUCAGUGCCAUUUUUUGUUUUUCAGGGUUUUAAAUGUAGAUAUUGGACGUGGGAAGGAGGUGGAAAGAGGUUUUUUUUUUCAGGAGAGAGUUGUUGAAGAUUGUAUUUGAAGCUUGGACCACUCUGUACUUUAGAGGCACUGGUUUACAGGAGCUGGUGCUGGAUACAGUCAGCAGAGGGCGUGUCGGUAAAGUGAUCAAAAGUACACUUCAUUUUUAGUAACGGAUGUUUUUCCUCUGUUUGUGUUUUUACCAAAAAGUGGCCUCUGGAUUUGAAAGUCUUGAACAGAAUUGUUAGAAAUCAGUGAAGUGGGAGAGCAGGAAAAAAGCUCUGAAGAUUUUUUGUUUGUUGUUUUUUUUUAAGGGUCUACUAUGGGAGUCACAUCUAUCAUACACGUUAUGGCAAAUUAAAAAAAACAGCAUAGUAGCCUCAAAGUGAUUGAAAAAAAACCUGAAAACUUUGCUUGAAAUAGAAUUGCUUUUGCACGUUUGUAGCUGAAUAAGAAUCGCUCGACAUUUUUCUGAUGUCAAAAACAACCAAAACUUUCUUUUCAGCAUUCUUACCACCCGCCUGUGGUCUGAAGUUGAUGAAGAAAAUACGUAAAGUUUUCAGGGUUUUUCUUUUUUCUAUCAAAAGCAGUAUAAAAAAUACCAACGACGGAGUUGUAAGAGCUAUCCUGCUCCUUCCCUGUUUUCAUCUCAAUGGAAAAGAUGUCGGCUGUCUUGUAUUUGAUCAUCAAAAAGCAUUUAAAAAGCCAGCAGAGUGUUUCUGUCUUUGUAACAGAUUUCAUAGGGAGUGCCGCCUCAUCAGAGAUCUGCAGCUUUAGGGUCUUUCAAAGGUAUGAAAACUGUCUCAUUUUUAUCAUCUGAUUCUGCAGCUACACCAUUUGGUUUUAAUUCACAGAGCAAAUAUAAGGAAGUAUUUGAAGAUAUCAGGCAGUGGUAUAGGUGGUGUUGGUGGUGGUUAUGAUUGUACUGACAUUGAUGAUGGUGGUUAAAAUGAUGGAAGUAAUAAUGGAUUUAAGGCUUUUAACACUUGGUCCUCCUCUUUCUUUUCUUAUUUUUCAGAGCAAAUGACUCAUAUCUGGUACACUUUGACAUUCACUUUUCUGUUUUUGUGGUUUUGCUGGGAAUAGGUGUUACUCUGUGCAACAAAAAAGAAAAAAAAACAACAACAAUGCUUUUUGCGUCUUUCUUUCCAUUCGUCGUGAAUAAUAAUGCAACGUUUUUACUACUAGGCAAGUUUGGUUGAAGCUGUGAAUAAUCAUUUGGGCCACUUUGCUUUAGUUCUUGUUGAAAGUAUUCUGUUUAUUAUGAUCUGUUGAAGAAGAAGUCAAACUUUUACGUGUGUCUCCAACUCAGUGCCAUUUGACUUCAGUGGAGCGCUAGCAUCAGCUAACAUGAGUGUUUCUUUCUUCUUCUGUCUCACUGGAGCUGCUUUGGUUGCCAUUUCACCACCUGGAUUUUUUUCAAUUUGCAUCUGCUCAAACCUCUAAUGAUUUCCACAGUAGGAGUUUGAUGUCCUUUUGCAGUGUGUGUAAGUUAUUACUUCAAACAGAAAAAAAAAAAUAAAGCAAUGCAAUUCUAUUUAAAGUAACAGUUUGCUUUGGGUUCUGCACCUGGUGGAGACUCUUAUUUUGAAAGCUCUAUCAGUCAUAGCAGUUGUGGUGUUGUUCUAGAGUUGUAGCGGGCUCUUACUGUGAAAGGGUUAUCCAGAUAGGGCGCUCUUAUUGUGAAGUAUCCUGAAGUUACAGUAGGAUAGUAGGAGUCUUUCUUUUCUGGUGACACAUGUGGAGUGUAGCAAUAGUUGUUUUAAACUUACACACAUUACAUUCACUUUUUGUUUGACAGUUUAUGCCUGCUCAAGACGUGUUUAUGUUUUCUGCUUGAACUGUAAAGUGCCCAUGUGUACAAAAUGCCUUUCAGAUCAACACACACACACACACACACACACACAGGUCCAUCCUGUGCAUAUGUUUGCUUGCUGCUGUGGAAUGACGUCGAGUCUUGAGCAUAGCGACAGUUUCUCCUUCAGACUGUUACUGACAUGUUGAUUAUGUUUCUGCUCUCACUGAUGUUUUAAUUUCUUAUUCCUCACAUGUUUUAUCAGCAGUUUUAAUGUCUCUAGCAGCACCUAACUUAAUUCAGUGGUUUCUUUUUUUUUUCUGUAACGUGUUUGACAUUGUACAAAGUGGUUGAAUUUAAAAAUACACAUGGAUAAAUGAAUGAAAGAAAAUCAAAAGAUACAUGUAGGGAGUCAUCGGCAGCCUUUAAAGGUAUGUUUUGCACUAAGUAUAGAGUGUUCAAGCUUCAUAUUAAAAAAAAAAACUUUGCGCUUUGCGCUACAAUACAAUGAAAUUUGUUACUUUAUUUGUAAAAACUUAAUAAAUAAAAGUUGUUUAAAUGAU